AUGAUCGUGUCAAACGUGAGCCUGAGCGGCUGCGCGGGGGUCAACAGCGCUCUGUGUGCCGGAGCCGGGGAAGGGCACCUGGGGGGCGGCUCGUACCGAAACACCCUCACCCCGACGGGGAACGUGGUGGUGGCCGUGUGCCUGGGCUUCAUCGGCACGUUCGGACUUCUGAACAACCUGCUGGUGCUCGUGCUCUUCUGCCGUUACAAGAUGCUGCGGUCUCCCAUCAACCUGCUGCUGAUUAACAUUUCCAUCAGCGACCUGCUGGUGUGCGUACUGGGGACUCCGUUCAGCUUCGCGGCCAGCACACAGGGAAGGUGGCUCAUUGGAGAAGGAGGCUGCGUGUGGUACGGAUUCGCAAACUCGCUCUUUGGUGAGUACAGAUGCAAAAAACCGUGAAGCGAUCAUGUUUGAACUGGUGUUGUUUUUUAAGAAAUCUGUGGGACUGAGUAUGCUUUUUUUAAGAUUUGGUUCACAGUGAUGCUGUGUUUGAUACACUGGGUUCGUUGAACUAAAUGUUCACCAAAUGUUAGAGGGAUCAUUUUGAAAAACUAGGUACAUAUUUGGCUGUCUCACCCUUCUUGAAUGCUGUGAUUUGCACUUGUGUCUUUGAUUUCAUGCAACUCUCAUAGAACAUCCCUGAAACCCUGCGUAGCACAUGCAUGUAAAAGACUGGAAAAAAAGGCUUUUGCACCUUGACAAUGUGAGACCUUUUAAAUUCAGCAGAUAUGUCAUACGCACCGAAAAUGUCUUUCUUUUUUUCAUCCUUGUGAUCUUUUUGUCAUGAGAAUUUUGGGUUGUAGGCUAUCCUGCAGUCUUUUAUGCAGAGAGCGUUCCUGGGAAAAGUGCAGGACGUCCAAAAACCAUGACAUGUACAGAGUAGUAGUAGGCUGGUUCUCGUGCAUCUUUACUAUCACUAUCCCUGAGUAUGCCUUCACGUGCAGGUAGAAGCGUUGUGGCCAGGCAAUUAGUUGUUAAAAGCAGUCUUUAUUGGCUGCAUCCCAUAACCUCCAAAUAUGCACACGCAUGCAUUUCCACGGCAUUGGUGUAUUUAGUGGAGCAUAUGUGGUGCUUGGCGCUGCAUUCCUGUCUCAUUUGUCCAAAUGUCAUCACAAAACCUGAAACCUGUCACACAGGAUGUCAGAGGGUGAUUGGAAAGCUGCACGCGCUGGAUCUGCUGCAUGAUGAGCAGCAUGCAGCCUGCUAUUAAGUGGUCGUUAAACGCCUGUUAGUGUACAGUGUCGUUUCUGCGCCUGAGGCGAGAGGAGCCUCAUCACUGUUCGUUUAGCUGCUAAAAGAGCAAGUAUGCGCGAGGCUGUGCGCGAGGACACGGUCUCAGGUCCGCGUGCAGGCUGUGGCAGAUGCAUCACCCGAAUUUAUGCCAGAGUAAAGUCACCCGUGGGAAAUCUGUUCCGUGAAAGUGUAACGCUGGUUUAGCUUUGCUCAAGGGUGCUCAUAUUGAUGCAAAUGUGCCACAAUGAUGCAACUGAGGAUAAGGCAGUUACUCACUCACCUGGAACUCAGCCAGGCAGGAGGCUGAGCCAAAAGAAAGCCUAGUGUUCAUGCCUCUAUAAGCCAGGAGGGCUGUGGAAAAGUUACAAAGAAGGAGUUUUGUUUUAAACUAUCAGAGCGCACUGUAUCAACUUAUCCUGACUGAAGUACCUCAUUUUUGUCAAAUUCAAGAGCAGGGUUGCUCUUUUGUCAUCAGUUGUGACUAUGAUGUCUGAUUUACAGGUCUUAAAUGAACAGGCUUUCUUGUCAACAGUCCCACUAAUUGCUCUAAAAGCUUUUCAAGCCAUCCAAACGACCUUUGAAGACCACACAGCAGCAGUUAUUGGGUAUGAAAACUCUAAUUUCUCUGCACUUUGACAUGAACAUUGUUAGUCCUCUACUGGUCCUCUCACAGUGUCCAAUCAAAGCAUAGUUUGAAGAAAACUUGCAGGAUUUUGAUUCAUAACAACCUCUUUGAAUACAUUUUGGAGAACUUGAGUGCAGAAAAUGAGUACAAGGCAAUAAGGAGGCAUUUUAAGAUCCCAAAACACAAUUUUCUUUCCAUUCUGGCUCAGGAGUCCUCAGAAUACCAAACAUCAUGCUUGACCUGACAAUCUAAUGUGAGAAACCUCUAUCUAUAUGCAUAUGAAUUUCAUUGCAUGACAAGUAGAUCAAUUUGUCAAAAUAUAUACAAUAACUGUCACUCCCCUCAUCAUGUUUAAAUAAUUGAUCAUGUUUUCAUUACUUUUUCCCAUCAAUACAACCUCAUCAAUAAAUCAUAGCCACUUAAAUUCAUUCAUGGUCAGCUUCUUUUAGAAACAAACUCCCAAAGUUCAUUGGUCAGUAGAUUCAGAGAAUGCAAACACAGUGGAAGACUUUUUAUCGGUGGAGAAAAAAAGUGAUUUGAAAUAUUGAGUUUUCUAGAAAAUAGACCUCAACCAACCUUCACGCUUGCUUCAUAAGGCAUGUUGAAUGUUCACAGUCCGAGUCUGAUAAGGUUUGUAAAACAGCUCAUAAAUCUUUCAAAAAGAGUCCCCGCUUCUUCACUUCGGUGUAUCUAAUCUCCUGAUGUAGAGUAUUCUUAAAGAGAUGUUUCUAUCAGUAUCCUUCCACAAUCUGACAAACACUCUGAAAAUCAGAGCAUCUAUUUCUCCUUUGGUGAAAGACUUUUUUUCCUGUUUCUCUAUUGGGAUAUUCAUCUGCUCAGCCACCUGCUUGACAGUCACAUUAAUGUAACACAACAAAAAGGUAUAGCCAUAAAUCAUCUGAGACUGAAAUGUGGCUGAAUUCAUGUUAUUGUUAAUUGUCUGUACCCCUGCGACUCCUGGGACUCUGUAUUUGCACACUGUGGAUCGAGCAGCCGAUGGAUUGUGUGACAACAAUAGUGUCCUAGACAAAGGCAUGUAAAUGUACCACCACGACCGACUCAUGGGAGGGUUCUUUUGAAUUAGCAUAACCACCUGCUCAGUAUACAUUAUCCUGUUUAUUACCCAGCUACCACCUGAAGAAUAUACAAUAUCCAUUUAAGGAUGAGUCUGUAAACUUUUAAAUUACUCAUCUAUAAAACCUAAAAAAUAGUUGCUCUCUAAGGCCACCUUGGGGCUGAAUGUUUCAAAUCACGAUUUGGUUUUUCUAUUAAAGCUCUUGUGAGGUGUUUUUUACAUCAAUGAAACUGUCUGAAAUCAACAAUAAUGUUUUUUUUAAUGAUUUUCAAACACAAAUAAAACCAUCAGCAACAACAAAACAACUUGAACAUCCUCAUUUGGAAAUCUUGACACCACUGUGAGGGGGUAGAUGCCACCUGAGCAGCUGAAGAAACAGCUAUGUGUUUGUGAUUUCCACCUAAAAUAUUAACAACAAAUGGCACAUUUGACUGUCAGGAGUCAGCAGCAAGAGAUUUAUUUUGUCAAAAAUUCUUUCUCAAACAUGCCAAUUUAAGAAAAACUGCCACAAAGCCAAAGUUCCUUACAGGAGCUUUAAAUUAUUAUGAGGCAUCGGAAUUUCACAUUUUAAUAAGAUGCCAGUAUGAAUUAUAAAUUUGAAACCUGAUACCCUAACAAGAAAAAAUGAACACUUGGGCACCCAAAAUUCCCUUCUGUUGACAGUGAUGGUACAGAAAAAGUCUCAUAACACUGACCAACUUCUGACAAAUGGUUAAUAGUAAUGCCGCUGGAGUAAACAAGCCUUGGCUAUGUGUGGGCUCAUGUAGGUUGCCCCGCUCAGGAUAAGCCAUGGUUGGUAAAAACCUGACAAAACGGAGUACUGUAGUUAGGUGUAAAAUAUUGAAUUAAAUGUUGUGCUGCAUGACUGGCUCUAUUUUCAUUCUUUGAGUUAACUUUACGAUGUGAAAAUGUCCAAGUUAAUUGCUGAUAUUGUCACCAAGCAUAUUCUGGGUAAAAUAGUCACCGACCGUCCAUCAACAUCAUGUCAUUAUCGUGGUGAUAAUGAUACAAUAGAACUUAAAAACAAACCAACUGUGAGUUGCCUCUUAACGCUGCAUGACAACACUUUGUCCAGCUGGACUUGAAGCAGUUUGUUGCGCUUACUCAGGCUGUUUUCCUUUGUCUAGAUCUCUGCUUGUGUUAUCUUAGUUUUAAUGAGAAAUUACUCUGAACAGAAGCAUCUGCUAAAUAACACUGUAACACACCACAUCAUUGGCCUGGUUUAUUAAAAACACACCAGCAGACAGGGGAAGUAAAACUGUCUGUGAACAAACUAAAUCCAGCACCUUUCCACACUUUUAAAGUACGUAAGAGCUAAACUGCUGGGAAACUAUCCCAAAAAUAACUUGUUUUCUGGUAUUGCUGUAUUAUUUACUUUACAGGCUCGCUCUCUUCACAUUAUCUCCAUGCCAAUCAACCACUGCUGCCUGUUCGCUAACAUUUCUAUUUCCUCAGCACAACUUCUGGUUAAAGUUAUGAUUGUGAAACCUUUUCUUUCACCGGAUUUGGUGCCUUUCUAGACUACUGGAUGUAAAGCUGACAGAUAUUAUAUGAUUUCAAGCAUGUGGCAUUGAAUGAGUUAAGUAAUGAUUAUUUUGACAACCAUAUUUUGUAUUGAUCAGCAACAUAGUUAUCUACUCACCAGCUCUGCUGUCACUGCCAGGAUUGUAGGACAUCGCUCUACUUUUCCAGUCAGAGGUGGUUUGGUUCCUAGCAUACAGCACUGUUUCCCAACUCAUGUCAUGAUCCUUUCAACUAAGGAUUUAGGCAAUUUUACCAGAGACAGCCAGCAUUAUCAAGAGAUGAUUUAGGCCAAAGAGUCAAAGAAUGACUCAGAAUUAAAAAAAUGACUUAGGCCAUGAUUUUAAUAGGGUGAAGAUAUGCAUGUGCUAUCAGGUUGUUUAAGGGGCUGCUUAUGUUGUUUAAAUUAACGGAAACACAGAGAGAUGGGGGAAGAGAAAGAGAACAAGAAAUAUGGCCAAUAUGGCUACUGCUGCCAAAAGAUGGGUGACAUCACUGACACUGUGUCCAGUAAUUGUACAGUCUAUGGUGCUAACACAUUGGGCAGAUGGCAUUUAAACCGAUAUGAAACCUGUGCACAGAGGAAGCCAGACUUUCUGAAGAUGUAAUAAGACAAAUUUGAUCAAAAUCCAGUCUUGAUGCAUUUGCAACAGGCUUGCCUCGAUGCAGAAAACUUGUUUUAAUCAAGUUUGUAUUGCCAUAUUGUGUUGAAAAUUGUGCUUUCUUGGCCAGAUGCAGAGAUGUAGAAAGAACAACAACAGAAGAGAACUUGGUCUGUAUGCUCUUAUGAAUUCAACUACUCUUCAUUAUAUUGAGAAAUAUUGAAUCAAUCUGAUUCAUAAUUGUUGUAUUGCUGGGGACUCGGGGAGAUUGCAGAGUCACAUGUGAAAGUAAUUGAAUAGUUUCUAAGACAGCUGCAAGCAGCACUUCCAGGACUGAGGACUCAUGCUCCAAGUAUGAACCUACUUUGGAAAGAGCCACACUUGUAACACUCAAUAAGUUCGGUCGCUACUGCACAAAAGAUCCAGCAGGCUCUUCCCUUCUAUCCAGGCUAUUGUCACCAUGUGGCCUUUAAACUUCCCUAGAUCUACUUCUUAAAGUUUGCCACACUUAACUAAAUUGAAUCUUGCUUUGCUUAAGAGACUCUUGAAUCUGUCAAACUUUUAAAUUGAAAAUAGACUUUUGAACACUGCUUCCACUUUCUCUGGGAUAAAAGUGACUUCAUUCCAGUCAUAUUAUGGGGAAUGAAGAGAGCCUGCCAGGCUUCUCCGUAUGUGGAUGUACUCUGAUUGUAUUCACUGUCUCAAUAACAUGAGUGUUAUGCUGAGAUUAAGCACCAUGUGAAGAUGUGUAACACUGACAUCCACAAGGAGCCAAUUUAUUAAAAUCUGCCUGACAGGAGUUUGGCUUCAACAAGCUAAAACAGAGCAGGGAGGAAGACGGUCUUUGGGUGUGUGUGUGUGCGUGUGCGUGUGUGUGUGUGUGUGUGUGUGUGUGCGUGUGUGUGUGUGUGUGAGGGAUGGCUUGCAGACAUCAUUAGAGCUCCAUUGGUUAUGGAUGAGUGAUUCCUCAAUGGCCUCAUAAAAACAGUGAGACGGAAAGAGUGAGGGAGGGUCAGAGAGAGGAAAAGUGAAAUUGAUUGUUUGGAUGAAUAAUACUGCGUGCUGCUUUGACAAAGUGACUGUGUCUGUCUCCACCACAUCUCUGUGAAGCUCCUAUGAGGGAUCGAUGCUCCUUCAAAUUGGAUGGCGUUACUACCACAGACUGAGAUACUGUCAGCUCGGCGUUAUCAUGUUAAAUUCCUCGCCGCUGCCUUUUUUGCGUAGAUAUCAUCUUUUCACACACUUGUUUUUAAGCCUGACAUCUCUGAGUGACUGCACAGCUGAAGUUCCCGUGCUUUGACUUUACGCCAAGAGCACCAAGUGAAGACAAUUUGUGGAGACGCAUGCAUGUGUGUGCUCAGAAACCCACUCAUACUCUGUACUUUGUCCUUUGCCAUCAGCCUCCUGGCAUCCAUUUAGCCGCUUCACCUCCUUUGCCCAACUCUUCUCCUCUUUAGUGAACUUUCAUUGUCUUCUGUGAUUGCUCUGGAGGAAGAGGAGUGAGUCCUUUUCGCCAGGUGUGCAUGUCCCUGCAUACUGCUUCUGCCAUAAGUGGACUGCAUGCAGUCAGUGGAUUAACCUUGCACUCCAGUAUACUUGAGUUAGACAGGCUUCCUGCAGACACACACACAAAGCAGCAGCUAUGUGUUAGGGCAGAGAAAUGGAUGGAGGUACGACAAAGGCAACACCUGACCUGAGUGAAGUUAAUUUGAGCAGAAGGUAAGAGGAAAGUCUCAGCAGGGAGAAAAUAAAACAGAACAAUGCUGCUCUACUAAAGGUCACAAGGAGAGAGAAAGAGACAGCUAAUGAGCAAAGGUAAUAAAUAGUGAAUAGAUAAUAUGAAAGCAGACAGAAAAGUGGGAAUUUUGGGUGACUGAUGGUUGGUUUGAAGCUGACAUGAGUGUGAACAGCAGUGAUGAGAGCAGGCAUUCUCUUUAUUGAAAUAGAAGUUUGAAUACUUCUAAAAAAGACUAGUAAAAAUGAGGUACUUUUUCAAUUUCAUAAAUAAAGAGUAUGGGCUCUGAGAGGUAAAAUGCAACCCUCUAGAUGUAUUUUAGUUGACUGUUUCUGGGCAUAGCCAGCUGAUCCUCAUGAGAUGUUUAAAAGUUAAUGUGCAUUUAUGUACAUCGUGCCACUCAGAAAAGGUCCGUCAUUUUAACUUCACAUGGUGAAUCUGAAAAUCACUAUGGACAAGAGUUUGAACAAAGCUGACAUAAUCUUUUUACUUUUCAAUGCACAGUAAAAACUUCAAAAUACUUACACAUCACGCUUUCUAGAUGUUAUGGUGUUGUGAUUGUUUGCUCAGUGCUGCUUUGCUUAACCAUGUCCUCCACUUUUGUAGAACAAAAUUACUGUAUUAUUUUACUUAGGUCAAGGGGACAUGGAUUGGUCAGGUUACAAUGAGAGCGCCCCCUGCUGGAUCAUACAGCAAGUUACUUCAGCUGCCUGAUGCACUGGUAUACUCUAUAAUCAUGAGUUUGAGCGGUUUAUUACAGUUUGAUUAUGAAUUUUCCCGCAGAGUUCAAAUAAAGGUUUUCAUCUCAGAUAGACAGUGACAGCCCACAGGCCACAUACAACUUUAUCUCCACUUUUAAAAGAUAAUAUGAUUCUUUGCUACAAAGUGCUUUAGUCAUCUGUGCUUGUUGACAUACAGGUAGUAGAGUAUUAUAGUUUAAUGGUGUAGGUGGAAGCUGGGAUUUCUGAGCUCCAAGUUGGAACUUGGUCAGAUAUCCGACUUGGAAAGUCUGAUGAUCCACACAACCCCCGAGUUGACAUUUAAAGAUGGCAGCUCCAGUUGUAAACAGUAAGUAAAAGUAAGUAAAAAAAAAUAGGCUUUCAUCGGCAUCCUUGUGUUUCCUCUUUAUCCACUGUGAUUGCAGGUUGCAAAAGGACUGCAUAUUUGUCCAGAAGUUGUUUAUAUUCAGCCAAGGCAAGUGGGAGAAUAACUUUCGUAUAUGUAGCCACCUUUUUUUUUUCUUCCAUUUUUGGCCGUUGGCUACUUUUUUCCGACUUUGAAACUGAAAUUCUAAUAACGCUGAAGUGACGUCGUUCUCAGCUCUGAUUUCUGACUUCUGAGGUAAAUGGAAUGUACCAUUAGUAUAGCAGCCAUUAACCAAGGCUGCUGCCCAAGCUAGUAGUGGGUUGCUGCACUUCAGCUUAGACAUGACAUAUAAGAGGUGUUUUGAUAAAAAUAAAUUGACUUGAGUUUGCCUUGGCUAAGUUGAGUUGAGUAGAGUUGUUUCAGUUUAGUUUGGUUAAGUUGGUUUAGUUAAGUUUGGAUAAGCUUGGUUUUAUUGGUUUACUUUAGUUUAGUUUGGUUUUGUUGGUUAGUUUAGUUUAAUUUGGUGUAGCUUAUUUAAGUCAAGUUUGGCAAAGUUGAGUUUGGUUUGGUAAAGUUUAGUUUUGAUUGGUUAAGUAUAAUUUGGUUUCUUUUAAUUAAGUAAAGUUUAGUUAGGUGUUAGUCAAGUUAGUCAAGCUUUUUUGAUCUGAAAAUAAUGUAAAGCUAUUAAAGGGGUAUCGGAAAAGAAAUAGAGUUUGAAAAAAAUGCAUAAUACUCCCCACCAAAAGAAGAAAAAAAAUCAAGAGAAGAUGAAGAAAGACUCAAGUAAACAACAAAUAACCUAAAAGCUCUUCUUAAGUACAGUCACAAAGUGUUUGUUUCUAGUAAUUGCUCACCUUUCAGCGUCAAUAAUCAUUUGUUCACUGAGUGACAUUUGCAUUCUGAUGUUCUUUUACUUCUUGUUCCUCCUAAAAUGUGUCACAGUAGAUCUGUGUUCCUGGGAUGACUGAGAGAAAAGACACAAGGACGAGAUUUAUGAGGAAACAACAUUUUUAUCCAUCCCUGUGUUUUCCAUUCAAACUGUCUUUUGCUGGAUAUUCAGUAACAGACAGGUGAGACUGAUUCAGAUACUUCUAACAGACUAACAAGACAGAUGCCGUGAGGGUGAGGCACACAGACAGCAGCAGCAGAGAUUUGUUUUAUUACAGACAUUAUCAGAUCAGGGGAUGUUUCAUCCUGGAAUAUUAGAUUCUGCUGCUGCCAUUGAUCCUGACAGAGAACAAGGAGAUGGAUGAGGGGGAGUCUGAUUUCAGAUGUUAAGAAGUAACAAAGAUGUUUGGGUGUCUGUAAAUGUGACUUUCCAGGGAAAUGAAUUAAGAUCCCCCUUCACUCAUAAACUGUGUGAUGAGAUGGAGAGCUACUCUCAUGUGACAGGAUCUACUGAUCUCAUCCCAUAACAGUAACACAGUUAACUACAACUGUUUUAUAGGUAUUAGUUUUAAAGAAGGUGCUGUGUCUUUGCUAAUCUUAAAACCUCUGAACGUGAGUCAAACAUGAAUCAGGCUUUUCUGCUCUUUUUACCUUUUACUUAUUUUACCAUCAGGAAAUCUGUCAUCAAAACUACGUGUUUUUUCUCUUGUUUAUACCAAAAGCUUAGACCCAAUAAACUUUUUCUGGUGAUUUUUGAUAGGCCUUAAAUACUGUUUGAGCUGAUCUAUUGGCUGUGGCAGUGUCAAAAGUCAUAAAGGGAUUGACAUGGUCAGCAGCAAUGCCCAGGUAGGCUGUAGCAGUUAAAUGAUGCUAACAAUGGUACUAAGGGGCCCAAAGUGUGCCAAAAAUACCCCCCACGCUAUUACACCAGCAGCAGCCUGAACCACUGAUGCAAAGCAGGAUGGAUCCAUGCUUUCAUGUUGUUUACUCCAAAUUCUGACCCACCAUCUGAAAUUCUGACUUAUCAGACCAGGCAGCGUUUUUCCAAUCUUGUAUUGUCCAGUUUUGGUGAGUCUUGUAGCCUCAGUUUCCUGUUCUCAGCUGUAAGGAAUGGUACCUGGUCUGGUUUUCUGCUGCUGUAUCACAUCUGCUUUAAGGUUUGAUAUUUUAUGUGUUCAGAGAUGUAUUCUACAUACCUUGGCUGUAGUUAUUUGACUUGCUUUGCCUUUCUAUCAUGUCAAACUAGUUGGCCCAUUCUCCUCUGACCUCUAACAUCAACAAGGCAUUUUCACCCACAAACGGCCACACACUUUCCUUUUUUUUCUCAGACCAUUCUCAGUAAACCCCGGAGAUGGUUGUGUGUAAUCACAGUAGAUCAGCAGUUGCUGCAAUAAUCAGACCAGCAUGGUCUGGCACCAACAACUUUGCCACUUCAAAGUUACAGUGCAUCCGGAAAGUAUUCAUACCACUUCACUUUUUCCACAUUUUGUUAUGUUACAGCCUUAUUCCAAAAUGGAUUAAAUUCCCCUUUUCCCUCAAAAAUUCUACACAAAAUACCCCAUAAUGACAAAGCCAAAAACUUUUUUUCAGAGCAUUUUGCAAAUUUAUUAAAAAUAAGAACACUCAAAUGUUGCAUAUACAUAAGUAUUCACACCCUUUACUGGAAAAAGUGAAGUGGUAUGAUUACUGUCCAGAUGCACUGUACUUAAAUCCCAUUUCUUCCCCAUUCUGAUACACGGUUUGAACUUCAGCAGGUUGUCUUGACCAUGUCUAUAUGCCUAAAUACUUCGAGCUGCUGCCAUGUGAUUGGGUGAUUAGCUAUUUGUGUCAACAAGCAAUUGAACAGACAUACCUAAUAAAGUUGCCAGUGAGUGUAUGUUGGCUGCAGCUCACAACAGACACUGUAUCCCUUCUCGUUUUAACAAACACUCUCAAAUCCAUGGCAUCCACUGCAAAGAUCUCAGCCUCUUGACAAGCUUUGUUAGCCCAGCUUUAACAUUGCCUCUGUGCACAUUAUUGAACUUGGCACUUGAUAUUCUUCAUUGUCAACCAUGCAGUUCUUUAAUGAUGCACUUGUAUUGACUUUGCUCAAUGUUUAUUGUGUGCUGUCCUGCAUGGUUUUUGCUGGCUUUGUCUUUUAUGUUUUGAUGCUGUGGGUAUAAAUUAAAAUCCUCUGAGAGCAAUAAAAGUUUCAUACAUUCAUUUCAAUACUGGAUCAGGACGUCUGAUGAUGAGAUUCUGCUAUCAGCAAAAACUAAUGACCCAAGUCAGAUAGAGUUUUCUUAGAUACAAUCAAUGUCCUUUUCAAAUGCAAGUUCUUUGGUUUGUUAAGUAACUUUCCUGCAGUCAUGUCAUGCUGACGGCCAAAAGUAAGACUCAUACCACUUAACAUUAUGAAAGAUCCCACUGAGAUGAAAAAUAAAAACAUUGUAUUUGGCAAAGGGCACUCAUAUCAGACAGCCUGGUGUGGUAUUUAUCCACGUAGAGGGUGAGGUAUCUGCAUCUCUAUUCAAUGAGAAACUUUCUCUUUAAAAACAGCAUAUAAAUUCUAAUAUCAGAUAUUCCUGUCAGAUGAAAGACAUCUUUUGUCAGUACAAAUAGCAAACCAUACAAAUGACUGCAAAUACAGAACUGUACUUUAUGGCCCUUUUACUCAACUGCAGUCACGACUGUGAAGGGCUGAUAAGUUUAAAACUACAUUUGGUUGAUAAAUGACAGUUGUUUUUGUCAAGAGGGAGUAUGCGGGAGAAAGUUUGGACAGUUUUAAAGGCUCAUAAAUGACAGGGGCCCAAAAAUAUGUGAGCGUUGGUGAUAGUGAGGUGGUGGGGCACAGAGUAAUAAACUUUCAUCCAGUCCAAAAUCCUCGUCAAUACUCCAGGUUUCUGACAGGAAAAAAAUGAUAAGAUGACAGUCGCAACUUAAGGAUCACAUACUUUUUUUGUACCGCAGCUUUUGAUCAUGUCACACGGUAACGCAGUAUCAGGAGAUGUAGCAUUUUUGGCUAGCACGCUCACGUGUAUUUAAAAAAAAAAAGGUUGGUUUUCGCCAAGUUGAACUGAGUGAAUUACACCUUUAGAUUAAGUCCAGUAUGUUGACUUUGACCAAUGGCCCUUUUUUUUUUGGUCUUGAACAGCUAUUUUCUCGCACUAACCUCAACCUUUACAAUAACAAUGCAGUUAGGUCAUUUUACUUUUCGGGGUUGAAAGUCGAGAGUCAACUGUUCAGCUGAAACUCCAGGUCAUGUCUGAAAGCAUAAAUAUUUGGCUGAUAGGACAUGGGGCACUAACACCAUUUCCAUGUACCCACUUCUCGGGCUUUCUUGACCCUUCAUUGACAUAAACCUCCUCUUCAAGGUGUCCCAGAGAAGCAAAAUUUAUCCCACUUAAACUUUUGCUAAAAGAGGAUGAAAGUUGUUAAUCUCCUUUUAAGUCUGUCUUUAAAACUGUGUUUUGUGUUAGAUGAUCCACUUCUUUGGUCCACUUAAUUUGGGUAAUAUAUACCUAAAAUGCCCGCAGUGUUUAGCUGGUUGUCAUUUACAAAGUGAGACACACACUAAACUAAACUUGCAAUGAAGUUUUUCAUACAAUGACUCAAGCUCGUCCACCAGUGGUAAACAGAAAGUACUCUUGUUACUCUUUUUGACACAGUUUUAAAAAUAAUUGGGAAUGAGUCUAGAAAAAAGGGGUAUCUGAAAUAAAUCAGCUCUGCCUCCUACAAAGUUUUCAAUUGCUAGUCUGUUAGGAAAAAAACAGACUAAAAUAUCAGUUCACUCCUAAAACUUUCCCUCCCAAACUACCCAAAUGUGUAUGUUUACAGGUUACCAGAUGUCCUAUUUUAAUUAAGAUAUAACAGACUUAACCAGUGAUUAUGACAAGCAAAAUGAGAUAGGGUAGAAAUGAGCCAUGUUUAAAGCCUCUUUUGUCAGAAUAUACCAUAAAUCUGUUUGGGAUUUGUUGCCAUGAGUUAUGAGCUUCAAUCAAACAGAAACAGGAGUGGGUUGUUGUAAAACUGUGUUGACUUUGUAAUAUUGCAGUUACAGAGCUGAUAAAAGUGCAGGAAAAGCAACAUGAGCGCUGUAUCUGUGGCGAGCAGACGCGCAUUAUGCCUGACUUUGCCAAAGAGACUCUGCAGGCAGAGGUAUAUGCAGUUCAGUCAGUGUACUCACACACAGAUAGACACAAACACAUUUUGCCAAACUAUCAUCCUCAAUCACAGAGCCAAAAUGAGUUUCUGUAACUUUUCUUCCCCUCCUCGCUUUUUCCUUCGUUUAUUCUCCUCGCUGCUCUCAGAGAACUUUGAAAGGCCUGGACCGCCUUCAGAAGAAGAGGCGACAAGGAAAGGUCUGCUUCACUGCUAGUGAAAAUCAAUGGGCAUGAAGGAUGGGCUCGUGGAUUAUAGUGGCUUAAAAACAAAUACCGAACAGGAUAAAAAGGCUAAGGGGUCAGGCUUGAAUACUGAGCUCCAAACUCCUGCUGCUCAGCCUGAAAAGCUGACAGAAAGAUGUAGAAAUAUUAAGAUGAAGCGUAGGUGAGUGUUCAUCUCAAGGUUAAAGAAGCAUAAGAAAGCCUCUUAAACUCUUUUGUGUUGUGUUUUACUGCAGAGACACCACAGGUAGUGUGGGUGUUCCUGAUGUACAGCGGUGUGGAUCUGCUGCAGCACCCAGCAUGAGAGCUAUAAAUUAGCUGAUUCCACAACCAUGUAGUUUUUAUUAUGCUGCACUUUUCACUCUGGCAAUUAUUUUUUAAAGGGAGAAGCUGCUGUCCCUCUGAGGCUGUAAACCAUGAAGCUCAUUUAAGCUGCACUUUUGAUUUCCAAGAGAGCUGUGAAGCUUUAAAUCACAGUCACUCUGGAUGUUUUCCUCCCUCGAGUAGACCAGGUUUGGACAGGCGCUGUGUUUCUGUCUCUGUAUGAUGGCCCCAUUAAAUUUGAAGUACAAUAACUAGGUAGUGAAAAUGAACAACACACCUGUGCAUUCUGUCUGCAGUGUUAUUUUGCGUUUAUGUUGGAUGUAACUCCUUUAACUCUGAUUUGUUCUCUAUCCUAUUUCUGUGAAUCAAAUGGUCACCCGUCUAUUUAUGUGCCCCAUCUCUCCACAGGCAUCGUCUCCCUGAUCUCCCUGGCUGUCCUCUCCUAUGAGCGCUACAGCACCAUGAUGACCCCCACUGAGGCAGACUCCUCCAACUACUGCAAGAUCUCCCUGGGCAUCACCCUGUCAUGGGUCUACUCCCUCAUCUGGACCAUGCCGCCGCUUUUUGGUUGGAGCAGCUACGGCCCCGAGGGUCCCGGGACCACCUGCUCUGUUGACUGGUCAGCCAAGUCGGCAAACAACGUCUCAUACAUAAUCUGCCUGUUUGUCUUCUGCCUCAUCGUGCCCUUCCUGGUGAUCGUUUUCUGCUAUGGGAAGCUGCUGUGCGCCAUCAGACAGGUGAGUGAAUAUGGGGACUGGGGAGAACCUGUAGAUCCAGCAAGAAAGACCUUGGCUGCUCCUUUAGCCUAUCCACAGCCUGUAAACUCUGAUAUUUAAGGGGAUGAUAGAAUGAUAAGUUACUGCCGUUGCCAGCUCAUACAGAUUCUAUCAAGGUAAGUAGCCAGAUAGGAGAUUAGGGAUGAAAAUGUAUUCCCUGUUUUUACUUUCACAGCCUCAUGAAAAACAGUGGCCUCCUUUUUUGAAGAAUAUCUUCCUUUUGUUAUGAGGAAACUCAGAGUGAUGAAUUACUGAAAGAUAUUUUAUAUAAAGGACUGAAAGCACCAGAUUUACUUUAGCCUGACUGUGAACCCAAGGACACUCUAACAUGUGGACAACAGAUGGUCUUGAUUAAACCAACAACACUGUGAACAACACUGACCUAAGGAAACACUUCAUGAUGAAAUAUGUCUUUGUUUAUGAUAAUGAUACACAACACAGACCCAAUGACCGUGUUGUGAACGAUUUUGCUACCCAAGAGAUCGAUGACUCAGAUGAUACAUUGUUUCAGUUUGCGAGUGAAGAUGCAUGAUAUGGUAUUUAUAUCUCUAUCUCGAAUUAAGGAUACCAAUAAAUAUGCACACCUGAAGGUAAGAUAGAUCAAGAUUAAGGAAGCAAAAUGUUAGCGCUGAAACAAUUUCCAAAAUGACUGGAGUAAUUGAAAUGUGACAAAGCCUCAAGGCAAAUGUCGUGCCUCGAUCUUAAGUUUUAAAUCCAGACUUCAAGUACUCUGUAUUUUGCAUAUGUUUAUAUAAUUCUGUUAACCAUUGUACAAACCUGACACAAAACCAGACAUCACUUAGGUUCAGCUAUUUUUUUACUGUGCCACUAUCCAGGGUUAUGUCAUGACUUUUUGACUGGAGUGGCUUAAAUGGAGCACUGAUGUAGAUCGGGGUGGUCGAGGUAUCUGUGCACACCAUGGACUGUAUAUAAAAUGGACAGAGUUUGCCUCCUUGCUUGGUGAAGCCACUCCGAGAACAGCACCCUCUGUUGAUGGGCUGCAGUAUAGGUCAUAAAUCCCGCCUCCGCCAGCAAAGCUUAUGGAGCUGUGGACAAAAUUCUGAAAUUUAUUACACAGAACAGAUUUUUUUCUCCCCCCUGGUUGUCGAUUGACAUGUAGUUAUUGUAAGACUGGUUUGUGCUCAAGUCCUCUUUUUUCUGUGAAGCUCCGUUUUUAAAAGUUAGUAGGGGGUUCAUGUUUUCUUUGAUUGACACCUAAUACAGCCUAUUGGCAUUCAGGGAUUGCAUAGUUCACCCAGGGGAUAAGCUGUUUGAGCCGAGCAUCAUCACAGCAACUCUCGGCGACUCUCCUGCCGAAUGCGCUACUGCGCAGCGCUGGUUUCAGAAAAUGAAAAAAAAUCCUGGAAAUACUGAGAGCUUUUUGGCUUCAAAUCCGUAUACAGGCGGGAGGCAGAACCAAGUUGUCCCUAGUAUAUACAGUCUAUGGUGCACACACAUAUUAUUAACAUUAACCCACUCUGUCUUCACUAUCUGCUUUUACAAUUAUCACAAAAGUGUUUGCCAGUUUACUAACAUAAAGUCCAGUAGUUUUUAGGCCCAGUAAUAAGACAAGAUAAUCCUUUAUUGUUACUACAAGGGGAAAAAUUGCAUUGUUCCAGUAGUUAUGGCAAGAAUACAUUUAAUGAAAAUACGUUUGAAUAAUUAAUAAAUUGGCAAAAUAAAUAGUCGAUACAUUACUUACAUUAGCAGAAUGGCGGAGAGAUAAGGAGGAGAGCUGGAGGACUAAUAGACUGUGUAAAACAAAACACUUUCACUUUAUAAGUAACAAAAUGACCCACUUCCUCUCUGCCAUACCUGUGAGCAAGAGCUAAAGUCUGCCACUACCAUUUCAUGAAUACUUUUCCAGCUGGUUGAAAAAUUAAUUUCACAGUUUUAAUGAGCCUCUGCUCCAGCGACCAUUGUAAAACAGGGAUAAUUUGAAAUAAUAAAAUUUGGCUAUAUAACACUAUAAAUACUGAAGUUAUAUCACUAUUAGUCCAUAAAGUCAAUCUCAGGGUCUUUUUUAAGUGGAGUUGCAUUUCAUUGACUUACACAUCAGUUGGUUUACACAUUGAUAUACACUUCAUCUUCUUGAGGAGAACUGAUAGGACUGAUGUGAUAAAUAUGCUGGUUCCCAACCUCAGGAUGAGUUUAGCAGAGUAUAUAGAAAGCCUCUGCACAGGAAAUCAGAUUAACUGCUCAAACUGACAUAUUGAUGGUUCUACUUUAUGAGUGUGUAGUAAAAGCUUUUAUAAUUUGGUAAACCAGUCUCAGAUAAGCCAAUAAUGAAGAGAACUCUGGAGGUUGGCUGGUGUUAGAAGACACCAGCAAACAAAGACAAGGCAGAGACAUGUCGAGGCUAUAGAGUUGCUCAUUAUGAACUCAAACUAAGUUUCUGUAAAAUUUAAAAUGUUUUUGGCAGACCUCAAAAUCUUGUGGCAACACACAAAAAAAAAAGUAAAUUAAAAGAAGUAAUGAUUUGAGUCUGUUAUACUGGACAGUUUCUGCCAUUAUACAUCAAAUACGCGUGAAACCUUUGUAUAACAUUACAUAACAUAAAAUAACAUAUCACAUAAUUGGCUUUGCAUUUUUCGGUGUAAAGUUUUGAGGGGAAAGUUGCAUUACUGUGAACAGAGUUUUUAGACACCGUUUCAUUGCAAAGAACUGGGAUUACAUUAGAGAUUCCAAUUAUUUUUCAAGACAUUUGGAAAAAUAGAAAGUUGAGUAGAAGCCACUUGAUACAGCCCAGGUUCACAGUGACAGCCUAGUGAGUAGUCAGUAAAAAUAAAAAAUUUAGAUAUUUUAGAUACCAAACUUAGGGCCUGAUAUAGAAAAUUGCAUGUGUAAUUAGUGGGCAUGUUGCAGCUGCUCUACUAUCAUUGCGCAAUUGAUAACAGGUGCAAAAGUGGUGUGGACCGCCCUCUUUUAGCGUGGGAUUUUGCGUGGGUUAUCGGCUGUCACCAUGGAGAGUUUGUGAGAGCAGAGUGACUGUCAAUGAAAAAUUAAGUUUGAAGCCAUGGAGUUGCCCAUAUGGUUUUGGGGAACUGCAUAGGGGGAAGCAAGGCAAGUUUAUUUGUAUACCAUCAUUCAUACACAAGGCAAUUUAAAGUGCUUCACAGAUGCAAGAAAAAUAAAGUAAAAAUCAAAAAAGGGAUUAAAACAAUUUAAAAUCAGUAACACGAACAGAGAAAUUUUCUCGUGUGUGCCGUGUUUGACCUUGUUAUUUAUAAAAACCAUUAGACGCAGGAAAAUGCUGUGUUACAAAGAGUUUUUCAAUAGGAGAUAUGGCACAGGUCAUAUUUGUGUCUGGCUUCCAAUCAGCCCAUAGGUCACUCAGCAUUACUUUACGAUUACUCUUCUAUUUUUUUUUAUUUCUGACAGUCCAAAUAUGUUGACAAACGCAUGGAGACUCUCUCUCUGUCAUCUAUCAUUGCACUUCUGCAUCCUUCCCAUCACAAUGACCGUGUGUAAUGUUGUGCCAGUUUGCAUGUGCCUUUCAAACAUACAAAAUAUAGACGCAAAACAGUGACUGCAAUCGGCUUACGGGUUUGAUAAAUCACAUUGCAGGUGCUAAAUGAUUUCAUUUGCAUCUGCUCCUCCCAGUAUUAAGUGCGUUCUGAUGAUCUACAUAUAUUCUGCAUAUUCAUGAAGGCAAACACGCUAAAUGGAUUGCUUGUGCUAUUUUGCUCAUUUGACAGACGCAAUCCUCAGUGCACCCAGUUAGUCGAUCAGGUUUGCGUGCACUAUCAAGUUUGCACGUGUUUUUGCACACAAACCUUUAGUAGAUUAGGCCGUGGAGUGUGGUAUCCACAAACUGCCCUAUUGCUUACUGUUCUGAUGUGAAAAUGCAGUAAGGUGAUUUAGUAUCAAGCGCAAAGGUCCACUUGGUUUCACCUUUAUGCUCACUGCAUGCAUGUUGAAGUAUUAUGGCAUCCUCUUGCAGCCAGAAAGUCUGCUUGAAGUGGUGGCCCUGAAUUGCAUGAAUGGCUUCUUGUCUUUAGGCUAUGUAUAUUAGCCUUCUGAUUGGCUGGUGACCACUAGAACAGGUUGUACCUCGCCUUCUGCCCAGUGAGAACAGGAAUAGAUAACCCUGCAUUUAAUAAACUGAACCUGAAGCUGCACAAUUUCGUGUCUCUGCCACUGCUUUGCAACUGUCACAGCUGCCAUGCAUAAGUGUUGCUCUCACAUUUUCAGCCUUACCAUCACCCCAGCAUCUAUCUGCAGGCUCCAAAUAGAGGCUCUGACACAUUGUCUUGUCACUCCUUAAUUUCUGCGUGUAAAAGUAAACUGUCAAAUGUAAUGAGGUUGGGACCUAAACCCUCAAUAACUCAAUAAUCUGCUUUCUCAAUUGGCAGUCCAAAGCUGUUGUCUGAGAAAAGUAACUAAGAUAAUUUAGUUGUUUUUAUGAUAAUUUGAUGCUGUUCUGUUUUGUUUUUUCUAUAGUUUCAAAUUUUCCAGAGAUCUAGCUGUAAAGGAACAACAACACAUCACAAUAAGAACUCAGUCACAGAGUAGUCUGUGUGUCCUUUUAAACCAGACACAUCACCUUCAUUAUGUAUUCAGCUGGAGAUGUCAGCAGUGAGGCGAGGAGGACGGCUGAUCAUCAGGAGUAUUUUUUAGCCUGUGGCUGUGAACUGUGACAUGAUGUAACCUGUGUUUGGGCUUUCACACACUGUCCCACACUGACUGACUAGAGGGAUAUUGGAGGAGACAGCGUGGAAGACAGUGCUUGCUCUCUUCAAGGAGGCUUCACACUUACAAACACACACACACACACACACACACACACACACACACACACACACAGUAAUACUCAGUUGCAUAGUUUGCUAGGACAGAUCCCAGAGCAAUUUUCUAGCGCUACAACUCACUUGGGCUGUGUAAGCAUCAUGACUUCUCAGGUAAACAAUGAGUAAUCUGUGUGUGGCUGAGUGUGUUUGUGUGUGUGUGUGUGUGUGUUUGCAGGAUUUUGCUUGUGCUCUAUCUGUGCUCUAUGGUCUGUUUGCAACAUUUAUGAAACAAAAGAUACCAAAAAUGCAUGACAAUAUAGUGACACAGUGGCCCUUUUGUUUCCUGGAGUUUUCCUCCCAAAACUCUGUGUGCAUUCCUUCUCCCUUUGUUCUGAUCUAUUCAUCCCUUCAACACAUCUGCACACCAUCUUUCCUCAUCAGAAAACACACACACAGCUUUGUAUAGAUGAUAAGGAAGGAGGGAAAGUGAUACUGUUUUGUUCCAAUUCUCUCUUUGUCUUUGUCAGCUAUUCACUGGUCUCAAAGAGACUUGUGAAAUUACCUCAAGCUCAUUACACAGCACAAUGCUAGCAUGGAAUUAGUAAAGAAAUUGUCUGCCAGCAACACAGAAGCCAUGCCAGUGGAAAUUCGAUUAGGGCUCCUUUUCGUGUUGCCUCCUUCUCCCUAAAUUCAACAAUAACCAUGUUUACAUGUGCAAAAUUUCUUGAUCCAAUUAAAUAUUUAAGGGAACGGAAAAUGUGAAUCCACUGUUUAGAUGGGCAUGAAAUUAAAUAAUCCAAUCAUGACAUGCUUGUACAUGCAACAAGCUUUAUUUAGACAUGCACAGAGUUAUGUGAAAACAACGGCAGAAGAAGAGUUGGAUUUACGUCUGUGUUGUCAACAAACCAACAACCACUGUAGUGGCUCACUUUGUCUGAUUCAGGCCUUUUCCCUCCACUCAGAAUGGACCUGAACCAGGUUCUGGAUCGCUCUUAGCAUACAUGAUCAUCAAGCGGAUCCAGCAGCACAUACUGAUCCUGCGCUGCAUGAGGGAAAAUGUAUCCAGCAAGAAAGUAGUGUCAGACACACAUCAAUUGCUCUUGGAUCUCACCAUGUUUACGUCUUGCCACUAACAGCAGAAAUGUGUCAUGUCAGCAUAGGGCACACAGGGCAGUCAGGUUAGUUUAGUCCCAACAGAGAGACAUGAUCGGAAUAAGUGUUUUUAUGGACGCGUUUCAGAAUAACGAUCGGCAUAAACCACCCCUCUCGAUCUGAAUACUAUUUUUCUCCAAUUGAGCCAAAUUGGAUCAGAAUUUUCUUAUUGACAUUAUUACAUGACGCAUUUUUAUUGACAUCAUGGCAAUGGUGGAAAUAAUGAGAAAAUAUAAUCAACAUGUACAUUUCCUGUGUCUGAGCAUGUCAAGAAGAAACAUUCCCUGGAAUAAAUUUGAAUAAGAAGCACCUUUUGUGCCUGCAGCAAGCUUCAACAAAACAGAAAAGCUUUCAAGAAGAUAGUUGACUUAGUGUGGAAAGUCGUGAUGAGUCGUAGUGACAAAGUGGAAAGAUGGUUCAGGCAAACAUUAGACUUUAAGCCUGUAAUGGAAAUCUGAGAGCUGCUCAUCUCCUUAUUGGAGAAGUUUCUUGAGAUGGGGAUUUUUAAAUUCAGAAGUUUUUGUUCAAGCCGGAAGAACAUUUAUAUAGAGUCUGGGGUACAACUGUGUAAAAAUGUCAUAGAGGAUUUACAACUCACAAUUUACAAGUGAAUCAUUUACAUAGUUCAUGUAUUAUAAACCCACAUUUUAUUGUCAAGUCAUGAACAACCUGGGUGCUCACGCUGUACAUGUCAACACUGUCCUAACAAUAAAAGUGUAUACAGCUUGAGCAUUACAUUAUACACUGAAUUUCCCAUUUGGAGAAAAAUAAAGUUUUUCUCAUCUUAUCUUAUCUUACAGCCAUCAGCUUUGUGAGGUGUCAAAAACUCCAGUGUAGAAGCUUUUGUAAGACUGUGAUCAAAUACUCAAGCUGAUGUGUUGGAUUGCACAAGAUGGUACAGAUGGUCCUGGUCGUAUGCCUUACUGAUAUGGACAUGAGUAUUUCAGCAGUCCACAUUACAUGACACACUUAGUGCUCCUGAAAAUGAUGGACUAUUUUGCUCGGGCACAUCUUUAAGAUGUCGAUAAAGAAAUUCAUAUGCCUGGUUGGGGGCAGCUGAUUGGGCUGAGAAUGAACAGCUUUACACUGCUUAGGAAAUGAUGAGCAAUCAAGUUGACAUUCAACCUAUUUUAAAAUCAAUUGUGCAACUAAAAAAUCAGGUCAGAACUAUUUAUUCACACAGCGUUUGCAGGGCUUAACCAGAAGCCUGAAAUCCCCCUAGCUGCCACCCUGAGAGACUAAAUCAUGACUAGCUAUUUGCCUUGUCACUGGUGGCACUGAUUUUGAAAUCAACUACUCUGGGUCAUGUUCAGCAGGCUGUCAGAAGCUAAAUAAGUGCGAAAUUGCAUUUCUGAGUAUUUCUUAAUUUAAAUUGCAGUGAAUCUCUGGCAGACCCAAACAGCAGGCUCAGACACAGUGGGGUUUCCUAUGUCACAAUUCCAAGCCCCCUCCGAGCCCCGUUAUGCAGGCCUGACUCAGAAAAAUGGAGAUGACAGUCGCAGAACAAGCAUAUGCGUUUGCGGAUUGCGAUGCUAGUAAGAAAGCUAAUUAUGAUAUUAGCUUUCAUCAUUCCGCUAAAGACAUUAUUGUCCGAGAGCUGAAUAGCUCCUAUGUUACCUGCUUCUUCUACUACACCGGCAAUGUUAGGCUGCAAGCUAGCGUGGAGAGGAGUGUGCAGAGCAGCACUGUCUCAGCCCAUGACCCAGAGGCGAAUCACAAAUGAGCUACUGAAGCUCUGCAGAAGAAAAGCCCUUAAAAAUGACCCAGGUAAUAUGAUUUUGGCAAAAAACAUAAUAAUUACAAUUUAAAGACCACUGAUAACACUUUAAGUAGUAAAAUAACAAAAACGAUCCGAGUGGGACUUUAAAGAAUUAAAUGUAGCAUAUUUUACUGCUGCCUGUGUGUUGAGUAACCUUUUAAAGUUAGUAGUUAUACACAAAACCAUGCAUCCUUUAUAUGGUCAAAACACUUUUUUCUAAAGACUUAAAGGUUACAAGUUUUUCAUGAUAGGGCAUAAUCAAGGAUGUGGCUCAAACUAAAAGUUAGGUUGACUCAGCAAAUCUCUACUUUAGAAACUGAUAAAUCACCUCACCGAGACAAUUUAUGUCCCAUUUAUGUUACAGUCGUCCUGUCCAGAACAGCACUGUGAAGGCGCUGAGAUUAUGAGAUCAGAGACUUCUUCUAGGCCAAAAAUCCAGGAUUAAGCUUUCUAAGGGCAGAUUUUCUUUGUUUCAAACACCACCAAACCAGCUAUUGAGGUUUUCAGGAGUUAUCUCAAAGAGGACUUUAUCAAAUAGACUGCAGCUGCACCUGAACUAAACAGCUUAGGAUUUUCCUGAAAGCGUAUAGUUCUGUUUUUUUAUGGGGACUUUUUGUCACAAAAAGCUUCAACUUGUUAUUUUUAAAAAAAUAUACUUUAAAGGUUCUACAGAGUCAUGGGAGUUAAUACAUUCAAUCAACAAGUGUUAGCAGGACUUAAUCAAGCCUGUGUCUGGGCCCCCUCAGGAAUUUAGUUAGGAAAGUUAGUGUUUGUCUCUGCUCAAAACUUUGAAGAUUGCUGCACUUUUAAAUAACGCCUUUUUUACUUAGCUGAAGAUGAGCGAAUAUUAUAUUGGAUAUUAGUUUUGAAUCUGAUACCCACCAUAGUUGUCAAGUUGUUUGUCUCCAUGUCACACAAGAGCAUGUCUGAGAAGAGACAGUUGAAGUAGUGUGGAGUCUGGGAUUGAGUGCAGCCUAUCUAUUGCAGACGUUGGUUUCCUGGGUGACAGAGCGAGUCCAGUGCUAUCAGGGCAGCUGUGGAUGCUUAAUAGUAAAGCCUUCGGAGCCAGAGAGCUGAUCUACUGCUCUGAAAGAAACAGACUGUGACCUUCUGCUACUGGAUCUGAGGCUGACCUUAACUGUACCUCAAUAAUCCCUGUGGUCAAUAAUCUGAAACGAUUCUAUGAGAAAAUGUAUUUGUCCACAAGACCAAAGAAAAUAACCAAUCUCAAACUUCUUUGCAACCAAAAUGACAUGUUAACAGGAGUGUGUCCAAAGGAGAGGCAAGGGGUGGCACCGCCCCCUUUUUGGCAAUCUCAGUUUUUACAUAAAAAUUCUUAACUGGGUCUGAUGUGAGACUCACAUCAAACUGCAACAUUUUUAUACAUUUUAAUGUUACUCAUUUUCUUUUAUUUGGACACAUAUCUUCUUUUAUAGUCUUACAGACAAAAAGGUUUCGGAUUCAAAUGUUGACACUGAUGUGUCACUAUUUGUAAUUGAAGAUGUUUUAAACAGAGAUAUUACUCUAUCAAGAUGUGGGGAAAAAGAGUUAUAUCUGGGCUGAACAAUAAACAGAAACAACUGCUAGGACAAAGGAGACACCAGACUGUGUUAAAGCGGUAGUGUAACUUAAAGCAGAUCAGAAGUGUGUGAAUAUGUUGAUACCGUUUUACUGUAAUGCAUGCAAUAGAUGGAUGGAUGGAUGGAUGGAUGGAUGGAUGGAUGGGUGGAUAGAUAGAUAGAUAGAUAGAUAGAUAGAUAGAUAGAUAGAUAGAUAGAUAGAUAGAUAGAUAGAUUAUGUAUAUGUAAGUUAUAAAUGUUGAACUGUGAGAGGAGGUUAUACUACCUUAGUCUCAGUGAUUUAAGCUUAAAAAAAAAAAGAUUAGUGGGGUCAGCAUGUUUAGAUGAAUACUGUUUUUCCUGUGCACAUCAUGCCACCUCUUUAAAUUGGGCCAUCCCGGUCAAAAAGUCUGUGCUCAUUUCUGUAUGUUUAAAAGUUUCUUCACUUUCUUUCCUUUUUCCUUCUGCUACUUUCAACCUUUUAGCUUCUUUCUGUAAUCCCAGAUGGUGCCCGUCACCACGGUGUUUUGUGGUGUGGAGAUGCAGAGUUCAUUUCACGCAUAUCUGUGGGACUCUGCUCACUUUAUCUUACAUAUCUAUAUUAUGUCAGCUGAGCUUCUUGAGUCCCUUUUGGACCCUUUUUUUGUGCAGGACUACAUCUGCACUCUUUAUCUCUGUUCUCUGUGCUGUUUCUGGGUUAUUCUUCCUCCUCUUGAGAUACUGUGUAAAGUAAAGGCUUUAGUCCUUCUGUCAGGUCAUAUUGGGUAACAUUGGCCAGGGCAGAUAAAAGUUGUUCAGCACUUUGUCAACUUAAAAGCUGAAAGAGUUGAAUUCCCCUAUCUAAUAAUGGGGUGCUCAAUAGAGUGGUCCAUAUGGAAAGACUAAAUCAAGAUUGGACUCCUUCCAAGACUGAUAUGGAUUCACUGCCUCAGGCCCAUUCCCUGUCAGACCUAAAACCUGAGUGAGGCAAUGUAGGUGUUCAUAUCAUAAGUGAAAUGACCUAGCUAUGCCAGCCCUGAAUCAGUGCAGUUUUGUGAACUUUAUUCAUCCUGAUGAAUAAACCAGGUGAGUUUAGAGUUCAAUGAAGAAGAGAAAGUGAGAUUAACAAGACAGCGAGUCAGUCAUGCUGAGGCAGGAAGUGUCUCUGCUGUUUGUCUCUCAUGAGAAAAUAAUGAAUUUCACUCUUCUACAGGAGCCAAAAGCUGUCUGAGUAAAUCAAAUCAGUAUGUAAGAUAAUAUAAUAAUGAUUUACAUAGAUUAUAUGGCAAAUAUAAGAGAUCAAAUUGUUGUGACUGACAACAUGAAUGUGCGUUCUCAGCAAACUGCCUCAUGUUUGAGUCAAAACACUGACAAAGCACUUUAGUUUUAAUGUUGUCAAGAAACUCAGAGUGAAAAAAUGGACAUUAAGACAUGAAUAUUAUCCCGUGCAUAAAUAUCAAUGACAGCAUCUUUAUGUUAUAUAGUAGUGGCAGGCAACUGUGACUUUCCCCUCAGAUUUUGGCUUUGGCUUGAUUGCUCCUGCAGAAAAACACAAAAUCAGUCAUUUCAAGUCUGUCAAUAUAUUAUGGCUUAAAGGCACAAUUACCACAAACUGAGUUUACAAUGGCAGCAGUUGAGCAUCUGUGUUUUAAUCUGCAUUAAUUUGACUGAGAUUCGAAGUCCAAGUUCUGCUAUAACCCCCUUAUCAACAUUAUGAGAUGCAUGCCUGUUGUUGGGGUACUUCUGUGGCUUUAUUUUGGCAUUCAAACUGCAACAUGCUAAUUCAGGAGGAGAACUGGACUCCCAACAGUGACUGAUGGACAGACAUUUUUAAUCAGCCAAAAACACAAUCAAAUCUACAAGUAUUGAGGACUGUGCAGUUUGCUGGAGCAACAAGUUAUCUUGCUAAUUAAAGAUACAUUAAUUAAAGGGGUUAUCUCCUGUGUCCCUCACAGAAUAAGUAAAAUUGACUUGACCUUGAUUGCUUUCUGCCCUGUAUUUUGAACUGCGCCCAAGCUAGAUUUUGUGUUUUUCAGUCUGACAGAGCGCCUCAUUAAAAAGGAAAUAUUUGAGCUCCUGGACCAGGUCACUCUAUCAAUUAUCCCAGAGGAAAGCAGCAGUUUGCCUGUUUUUCACUACAAUUGCUUGUACCUCCCAACCAAUUAUUAUUUUUCUUUAUUUAAAUUUUAAAAUGUUAUUGGGACAUCAAUGUGAAAAGGUACUGUUUUUAGCUUAUUACUCAAAGCCUUACAAGUAGACCCUUCUUUCUCUCGCUCUUGGUUGACCAUCCUAAAGCUAAAGCACAGCACUGAAUCAUCCAUUCAUCCCCUAUCACUUUUCUUGUCUUUCAUUAGCAAAGUAUACCAGACUUCUCUAUUUAGAGUAAUUUCAAGCCAUUUCUCAGGGAGCUGAAGACAUUUUAAACAACCUCCAAAAGGCGGUCCAGAGGAGCCGUCCAAUUUACUGCCCAUAUCUCCUUAACUUUUUCCUUUUGACCCCAAGGAGCUUUGGCUGAGCACCUUUUGGGCAUGGAGACAGUGCCCACUACUUAGGGGUGGUUAUUUCUGCCACCAUUUUUGUGCCAAGGAUCUCAUACUUUGCUCUAACUCCAGUUUAUGACUAAAGAGUGGGAAGAGGUAUGGGCUGACCUUUUUAGUCACCAGUUAGGUGUCCUGUUCAGUAUUAAAAUGAUUGCUGAUUCUAAUACUGAUCUACCCCCCCAUCUUACACUCAGCUCUAUCCUUGCUAAAAGAUUUGGAGAAACCGGGAAGUGGUUUGCAAAUGGUGAAAAGUGUCUACUAUGUAACCCUUUUGCUUUACACAGUUGAAAACAGCCACCGUGGAGAAGCCACACUGUCUGACGGACACUACAUCAUCUGCAGAAAAACAGAGAUGCUACUCUCAGGUGUACUCCCUAGCUCUUCUUAUAUCCCAAAGAGGAUCAGUAACUAGAGACAGCUUGUCAAGUAAAUCCACCAGUAAUGUGUUUGACUUUGUUAGAUUGCAAUCAGACCUCUGACUUUGAUGAAAAAGAGUGCCAUGGUUGAACAUCAACUGCCCUGAAACCACCACAGGAUUCACCAGAGGACUUGUUGUCCACCUUCUCUGAGUCUCUGUGACUUCUCAAAAACCUGGCAAAGGCAGUGGACACUGUCAGUAUACAAUAAAAACCACAUUAAACUAACUUUAUGAGCUGCUGAUUGUGUGUAUCCCCUCCCCAUGUGGCCUAUUGAAAGAACCAAAAACCUGUUUCCAUAAGUUAGAACGCUGUGUAAAAUGUUGAUUUAAAUCACAAUUUAAUGGUUUGUGAAUAAUUUAAAGAACCACAUUUAAUUGAAAUAUGGUAAAGACAAUAUCAGUUGUUUCUGUGUAAGAAUGUUAUUGUUUUAUAAAAAAAAUAUAAAUACAUUUUUCAUAUUUAUUGACAGUAACACAUUUCAAAACAUAUGGCAGCACUGUAUGAAUGUAAGACCACCAAGGAGACCUGUCUUAGAAGUCCCACAUAUCAAAUCUUCUCUCAUUCUUGUCUGAUAUUGGGAUCUCCUUUGUUGUAUUUUGUGUAUUAUGAUGCUGCGUGUGGUUUUAAUGGGGAACAGUCAGGAUUGCAGACAGGCCAGUUCAGCACCAAGACUCUUCUACUACUGAGCCAUGCUGUUGGAUUACAUGCAAAACAACUUCUUGCUGUAUUAUGCAACAUCAAAAAAACUGCUUUAGCAUUAGUUCCUCCUCUGAUGUGUCAACUAUGCCAUGCCAUGAGUGUUUGUUGAUCCAUCAUGCUGGUUUUUGAACUCUGUGCUGAUAAGCUGAGUGGUCCUUCCCCUCUCUGGAGUAGAGGAUGCAGUGUCCAUGAUUUCCAAAAAGGAUGUUUAAUUUUGACAUAUCAGAUAAGAAAGUUUCCCGUUACACCACAGUCCACCUUGACUGGGUUCAGCUUAAGAAGAGGCUGGCAUUUUUGGAUCAUGUUCAUAGAUGAUUUAUCUUUGCAUAAUAAAAAUUUAACCUGCAUUACUUAAGUGCAGUAACAGACAUAUUGCACAGACUGUGGUUUGUUCUUUUUAUAAUCAGCCAUGUUGCUUACAAGUUUCAAAUAAUGUAAUUAGUUGGAAGAUGUCCCUCCAGUUGUUUUUUUAAGCAUUACACAACAUUUCUGUUUUGUUCCCUUGUCCCAACUAUUUUGUUAUCAUCAUCAUAAGUAAAAUGAGCUUAUACCCCUCAAUUAAAAAUUCACUUUUUAAGGACUUGUAAACCAUCAAAUCUGUUUGUAUUAUCUGUGCAGCUUCAGUCCAACUUUGAAACCACAAGAGUUAGGAUGCUGUGUAACAUGUUGAUACAAAGAGACCCACAAAAUGAUAUUGUGAGCUUUACAAACUGCUCUUCAUAUUGACCUAAACAAAAAAAAAAAAAAAAAGAAUGAAAGAAAAAAGAGAUAUAGUUUUGCAUAGUGAUUAUCCUUGAGUUACUUUGGCAUAAUUUGAUGACUCACUUCAUAUUUCAAAUGAUGGGAAGAUAAUUAUCAUCAAAUUAGAUCAUAUAACUUGAUUUAGUUAAACUUUUAUUCCACUGCUUUGUUGCCAGGAAAUUGUGAGCCUAGCUAAGUGAUUUAAUUGUUGACCCUUGGCUCUCAUUCACGAUUCAGCCCAUCCAAGUUUAUGGAGGCUAUUAGAUUCCCUGACUGAAAAUUACUGUCCAGUAUGUUCCUUUCAAUUAGUAUGGCAAUAACAAUGUCAAAAUAAUAGAGAGAGCUGCAUCCUCUAGAUCAGUUCAUCAACAGGAGGACUUGAACAUGAACUAUAAUCAUUGACACUUUAAAUUAUUCAGGGUAAAACACAAAGAAGCAGAAUAUGCACAUGAAUACGCACUUAGUCAUCCUUUUGGCUAUACUAAAAACCAAUGUGGUUUCAUCAACUUUACCUUGGUGUCUAAAUUCCUCAUGGGGCUCAUACAUCCCUGUGGAAAUAAAGUGAUGCUCUCAAGCGCUGUUGCCCAACAUGCAGCAAGUGACAGACUGUGACUGUAGAAGUCCUCAUUUUAUGCCAGCCUACAUCAGUUGUAGUGACCUUGCUCUGGUCAUGAGAUAAUUUCAUUGGAUGCAAGCAGACUCUUUUUUCCUUUGCCUGUGCCUGUUUUGUGACUUCGUGACCUGCAAACAUAUCAAACUGAAAUGGGCAGACAGUGCACCAGAGGGAAAUUUUAAUGCAAAUGGGGUGGUGCAGUUAGGAUUAAGAAAAUACACUCCUGCCUCUACUUAAUUUGCAGUUGGCACUGUAGAGAAAAGUGUUUCUCAUGGGCAGCUCUGCCUCAUUCACAGGAGAAGCAGGGCUUUCUACUUUGCAGUAGACAGUAGUAGUAGCUGAACUACAGACUGUUUGAGUACACUGUCAAGAGUAUGUUCAAGGGAUGGGUGAUAGAUUAUUGUUCACGAUAUAUCAUUAGAAAAAUCCUACAUGAUAAAUAUUUGCCAUCUCAUGAUAAAUACGAUAAAUGCAAGUUAUAGAUGUAAAAGCAAGAGAUGGACUCUCAGCCAUAGCCCACACAGAUCAGAAUUACAAACAAACAUGGCAGAAGGUAAUGAAGAAGACAUUUCUGAGCAGUGCGUAACUGAACUAGGCUCCACAUGAGGGAUUUCCUUCAAGAUUUGGGUUUAGAUGAAUGCAAUAAAGUAUACCUGACAUUGGACAGUGGAUCUGCUGCUGUUCACUCUGUGCAAAAUGUUUUCACAUUUGAGACUUGUUUGAUGUCAUUAGUUUUUUCCAUUACCUACCACUCAAACUUGUGGUUAAGUCUCUUAUUUGACAACUCUAAAUGGUGUUCUCAAGACAAAAUUAGUCAAAAAUAUGUAUUGGAAUUAUAAUCUUUUUUGAUAUGGACUGUUAUCAUUAUCGCCAAAAUGGCAAAUCCUAUUGUGAUAAAUUAUUUAGCCCAUAUCGCCCAUCCCUACUAAACACGAGUGGGUACGAACUGCAGAAAGAGAGAGCAAGUAUCACAGUACUGCUCAUAUGUUUUAGGACCAUGUCCAGGUUUUCUACGAGUUCAUGUUUUUGUUCAUUUAUUUGUUCACAACAAAACCACUGAUGUUCCCAGUCACAAAUACAACAGCACACUCCAUACAAACAUACAAAAACACUGUAACCUGGCAGAGACUGAGAGGUUGAGCAAAAGGGAUACAACUGUGAAAAUGCUGUUUGACAAAGUCAGAAAAUAACCAGCAUUUGUGUUUGAACAAACUUGGUGGGAAGUGGAGAUGCUCGAGGGCUCUGCUGCUUGGCUGCAGUGAAGGCUGCAUGCAUGAAUCAGUUCUUGGCCGUAUUGUCUGAAGGAUGAGGGAUUGUUCUUUUUGUUUGUACUCUAGUUCCUUGUCUUCCUUUAUUGUUUUUCUGGGUCCUCAAUUCUUUUUGUUUCGUUUUUCUUGUAGCUUCUAUAUCCAACCUCUUACUAUUUUCUGACACAUCCUAAGACAAGGAUAUCCAACCUUACAAAUGUGUUUUCCAUUCAAUUCACAUUCACACUCUGAUUGUCCCUGUCCAUGGCUUACUUCUCUGAAUCUGUGUGCACAAGUAGCUGCCAUGAUGGCUCAUUUCAUUCUCCGCAGUGACUGCUCCAAGCCCCUGCUUUCUCACUCUUUUCCAGCCCCUCUUUCUCCAUCCCCCAGCUCUCUGUGUGCCCUCUCCACAUAUUCUCUCUUUUUCACUGCUCCAUUAUCAUUCAUCUUUUUCACCUUGGCUGUCUUGGUUGCCAUUAUCACUUCCAUCCCAUCUCCACCCCUCAUCAUCUCUCCUGAAAGCAGCUUCAAAAUUUGCUCUUUAUGUGUCACAAUGAGGCAGAUGCUGACUUCUGAUGGCAUGUUGUGGCUAGUGCAUACAAAACAAGCAACACAAAAUGAGCUGGGUCUGCACAUGUUCAGGUGCUCUUUGCAACGUGUUCCUACUGUAUAACAAAGGCUGAAUUUGAGAACUCUGUCAACAAAGUCUGAAGUCAACUUAUCCUACAACAUUUCGCAGAUGGAGCAACAGAGUUAUUAGAAUAAUAGUUUCAAGUGUUCAACAUUGAGGGCCACAAUUUUAGUUAUCCUCUAACCUGAUUUCAUUUAAUCUGAAAAUGUAUGUACCUGAAUGGAUUAUGUUUUAAUAAACAUUUUUACUUACAUUAUGCCAUGCUUUUUAACAUUAUGGCUGCCAGGAGGUUAACAGGUGCUUGAAGCCACAGGGAGGAAUUUUUGACUGGUGAUGAAACAGGCUGAAGAUAACAGUGACCGCUCUUAGUGACUUGAAAACUCCUGUCAUUGCUCCUGUCAUUGCUGGUCUUGUUUACCAGCAACAUAAAAAUACUAAAUAUUUUCUGUGACCAGAUAUUAUGUAAUAACCAACAUGGCUUAGCUGAAGUCUGCAGACAACUUUUAUUGAAAGCAAACUUUAACUAAAGCUGCAACUAAAGAGUUUUGAAAGUUAUUUCCUUCACUGAACAACUGACCCAAACGCAACAUCAAGUACAACACUCGAACAUUUUUCAUUUGUUUGACAUAAACACAGCUGAUGUGGAACAUAAUAUAAGAUCUAGGCGAGUGAGAUCCACUGGCCUAGAUCCUAUCACUGAAAAAAAAAGGCGAGAUAGGCUUUUCACGCAAAAAUUAAGCUAUUUUGAGGCCGUCACACAACUGACAAGCUUCCUGCGUGGAGUGCCAUGGUCUGGCACUCACUGCUGUGGAAACCCAAACAAGAUCGUUAUUAAACUAUCCUGAACUUUACUGAACAAAGAAGGUCUGCAUGAUAGAAAUACAACGUAGGCUAGGGGUUUAAGUAUCACCAGAGCAGAGUGAAAGUUUGAAAUUGAGAGGUGUGUAAUUUUGUUGAUUUUUUUUCUGUGUGGACAAACUGCUUCCUACAAAAUAUGAUUUUAAAGUGACUUGAGUUAAAACUGACAUUAGUCUGCACCUGAGUCUGAGCUUUUAUGAGAUUUUUAUCUUGAUAAGUUUUUCUUAUCUUUUAUUAUCCUGAUUUGUGAAUUAUAAUCAGAAAAUAAGUUACUUGAUAGAGCCAUGACCAACACCAUGAAUUUGUGCCAAAAAAGGAGCGCUUGUGGAUGAAGGACUAAUUAAGUCUUCCAAAAGGACGCAGGUAGAAUUUCUGAUGUUCAGCAGUUUCAACAGCUGUUAGCAUCAGGGUCUCUCAUGCGCUUCAGCUCUGAGAUCCCUGACAUCUGCCAACCCUUCACUGCAAAUCUGUGGACAUAUGGAGAGCGCACACAUCCUGCACUUACAUCCAAGCUGUGUGACGCCAUUAACCCAACCCUGCUGCUGCUAAUGGAUAACAGAGGAACACUUCCAUCAAGAUCAUGGUCAGAAGUGCAGGGGGGUUCAAAAUCAAUUAGAGAGCCUGAACAACAGCCUCAAACCUCAUGUGAGCAGCUCGUGAUGGCUGUGGCACUGAACUCCAGCCUCGGCAGUAUGUGCUAAGGAGGCUGUGGGUCACUUUCUACCGAAGUUUCUUCCAAAGUUCUUAUUAAACUUAUGUCAAAUUAUUCUCACUUCUUGGCUCUAAUUUGCAAUUUCAGGAUUGUGAGCCACAGCUACCCUUUCAUAUACAGGUGCAAUUCAGAAAAUAAACAUGUCCCAAAAAACUUUUUUUUUUUCCCCCUCACAAUUUAAAUGAAAAAAAGAAAAAAAAAUUCCACAUACCCUAGAUUCAUCAAACACAAAGUGAAAUUAUUCGACAUUUUUUGUUUGACUCUUGAUUAUUACAGCUAACAAAAUAAAAAAUCCACCAAUGCAGAACAUUACAAUACUGUGGAAGAUUCUUCAGUCAAUAAUGACAGUCUUUAAAGGAGUUAGAAUGAGCCAAUAAACUGUGAUCACGAGGAAAAGAAUUGGUGGUCCAAAAGUUUUCAGAUGAAAGUAAAUUUUACAUCUUAUUUGAAAGCCAAGGUCCCAGAGUCUGGAGGAAGAUUAGGGACAUACAGAAUUCCAAGAGCUUGAAGUCCAGUGUGAAGUUUUUAAAUAAGGGUGCAAAUAAAGAGUUUUGAAGGUCAUGUUCAUCACUGAGUAACUGUCCCUGAAACAACCUCUGAAUAAAAGACAUGUGUGAAAAACAACAUGACAAUAAAACUAAUAACUCUUUUACUUUAAAAAGCAUUUUUUAAAAUACAAUGAUAGUACAUUUUUCAUUCAUGUGACUUUAACAUUGCCGAUACAGAACAUAAUAUACAGCCCUGAGAUUCACUGGCCUAUUCUGAAGUCAUUACACAACCUGAUUACACAAUAAGCUUCCUGCAUGGAGUGCCAAUGACAGUCUUGAAAGGAGUUAGAAUGAGCCAAUAAACUCUGAUCACCAGGAAAAGAAUUGGUGGUCCAAAGGUUGUUAGAUGAAAGUUAAUUUUACAUCUUAUUUGAAAGUCAAGGUUCCAGAGUCUGGAGGAAGAUUAGGGAGAUACAGAAUCCCAAGAGCUUGAAGUCCAGUGUGAAGUUCUCAUAGUCUGUGAUGAUUUGGGGUGUCAUAUCAUUUGCUGAUGUUGGUCUGCUGGGUUUUAUCAAGCCCAGAGUCAACACAGUUUAAAGUCUACCUGCAGAUUUUAGAACUUGUCAUGCAUCCAUCUACUGUAAAGCUUUUUGGGGAUACAGAUUUCCUUUUCAAGCAGGACCUGGCACCUGCCACUGCGCCAAAACUACCAGAAUUACAGCAUUACUGUACAUGCCUAACCUGAACCCCAAACAGGAGCUCUAGGGAAUCAUCAAAAGAAAGAUAUGAGACAAGCGAGCAACAAUGCACGAGCUGAAGGAACUAUCAAAGCAACCUGGGCUUCAGUCAUGUUGCAUUGAUGUAGUAUUUUGUGCAGAACGAGCCCUGAUUGAAUACUGAGAGCAUAAAUGAACAGGAUUUUCCAGAGGGUCGACAUUUCUGUACAAUAAACCCUUAUUUUGGAUUUUUUUUUUUUUUUCUUUGUGUGUGUUGUUCUAAUGUUUUUAGAUUUUGUUUGUAAGUCAGAUUUUUGGAUUUAAAAAUGUUUAAAAAAAAAAAAUACAGAUAUUUUUUCGAAUUUUAUGAGCUGUACCAGAACCAGUUUUACAGUCCAUUUGGACCUUAAACAAUGCACAACUUAUGGUAGAAAAAAUAAAAAAGUAUAAAAAUCAAAGUCAGCCUCCUCUCCUUGAAAUUUUGAGCAUAAGCCACACAGCUUACAAACAGGAAGGCCCUGCCCUGUUAUCAUGCACAAGGUUUCGCAGCCAUCAUCAGUAGCUGAUGCUUUACCCUAACUCAUGUGGAGCUGCUGUUAAAGAUAUUAAAUCAAAUGUCAGGAAGACCCGGUUUGGGUUGUAAACCACUAAUGUGUUGAUCAGCAGCUACUGUCCCAUUGAAACCAGUCCAGCGUGGUCUUCAUAUGUUGUGGCAGUUAAACAAGGAGAGAAAUUUGAGUAUCAGCAGAUGUUAAGUGACAUUCAAUGUCAGAGUCACCCUUAAAGGGUUGGUUUAGUUUCCCCAAAGACAAAACCAGCUGCAGGGUCAGACUCAAACAGCCCAGGUACACAGAGGUCACCAAGUUCAGGCCACAGGAACCAAAGCCUAAAGUCAGCAAAAAGUCUGUGUCCAUUUUUACCUCAGAGAGCCAAGUGAGCCUCUCAUGAGGAGCAUCUUAACAUUUACAUUGAAUGUACUAUCCCUCUAUACUGUUCUCAAUGAUCACUGUCGACAUUAUCAGUCAUGUUCUACUAAAGAUGCACAAAUAGAUGUCGAGCUGAGUGUUAGAUUUUAAACAACAGAAAAGAACUUAAAAAUGUACUUUAAACUUCGUACUAGCCUCAGUUGUGUAAAACUGAAGUUCCCUGUUUCUAGCUCCUCAACUGCAGUAUGCAGCGCCAUAUUCAGUGUAUUUCAGAGAUCAGAGCCAAUAUCAAUCCUCCCAUCUGUCUCUUUUCAAGUAAGUGAUUCUCAAAUUACUGUUUAGCUUCUAAACACACCAAUCUUUCAGCUACACUCACUUUCAAUUUAGUACACAACUGUAUAAACUCUCUGCACUCUCACCAAAUUACAUUCAUGAAGCUGGGUGUCUGUGUGUAACCAUGGCUGUAUAUAAACGUCAACUUUAGCCUUUAUCCACUCAGAUUAGCCACAAUAACCGAACAUAAUGGUGUAUUUUUGACUGUGAAAACGUGCUGAGAGCAGGUAAAACAACAGAUAUACUUUCAAGCUUUUCAAGUGUGUAAUACUGCUUGUAAAGCCUGCAGCUGGAUGUUUUGUUAGUGUGAUUCAGCUGGGAAGUGUUCAUGUGUGGGAAGUGCUUGAGGCAUCUUUGUUUGUCUUUUCCGGACCACAGAUAUUUAAAGUUUCAUUUUAAGGACAGUUUUUAACUCCGCUUUUUUGCAAAUCACCUUUAUUUUUUAACUUGAUGCAGAUUGGUCAAAUCCCCUUAACAAUAGUUGUUUGUUCUCAAAAGCAAAAGUGACACAAAAGACAACCACAAAUCACACACGUCCUACAAAUCAAAUCAGUCUACAAACAGCAUUCAUGGCAUAUCUAGCAUACUGUUUAUAAUUUCACCUCUAACUGUUGAAUAUGUGACCAAAACAAUACCUUUGAGUACAGUCAAUGGUAAGUUAGGGAAGUGUAUUGCAAUUACCAAAAAAAAAAUAAUAAUAAAUACAUUGAUAAAUUAAUUAAUAAUAAUAAAAGCUGUUUUUCAGAGUAAUUUUUUUCUGUUCUGCUCUGUUCUUUGGACUGAUUUUUUUAUCUGUUUUUCAGAGUAUUUUUUGUCUUUUCUGUUUUUCUCACUAUUUUUGUUUUGUUUUGUUUUUCAAACUCAUUGUUUUUGCUAUUCUCUGGGAUCAUGAUCAUUUAAAAACAGACUCUUUCAUCCCAUUCUGCUCGAUUUAUUGGAAGCAAACAUGGCCCACUUGAUUAGUUUAAUAAAGUUUUACUUUCUUUUGAGAUACUGGGAGAUAUUCCUUUUUUAACCCUCACAUACCGUUCGGGGUCAAAUUUGACCCGUUUUGACUUUUAACAGCAGUAAAAAUACCCUAAACAUCAUUCUUUAAGCCUGAAACUUGAUGACUUUUCCUGAAGUUGCCCAAAAUACAUUAAAUUAAUUUAAAAAUAUUCAUGUGUAUUUUUGUUUAUGUGCUACAAAUUUUUCCCCUCUAAGGCUGUUAUGGGUCAAAUUUGACCCGUAUCUAUAUUUAGAUGGAUUUUAGAUCUAGCAGUGUGGGACAAGUGACAAACAGUAACAACAGUGUUCAAUAUAAGGUUUGUUGUUCAAAAAGAUAUAUCCAAAUCAUUAUUAAACUAUCAUUACCUUGACAGAAACACACACACACACGCACGCACACAGACAUACGGUCACACAGACACACUUAGACAGAGGUCAAAAUGACCUAACUAGUCAAGAGAACUUUCUGUGACAGAAAGCUGCUCUUUGAACUCUUUGAAGGGGUAAUUUUGACCCGGAACAUACUGUGAGGGUACAGGAUUUGAACAGUAUGUGAGGGUUAAGUCAGAUAGAUUGAAUUGUCAUAGGAUUGUCUUCUUUACACAGACACCUAAGAAUUUGCAUACCCUAUGUUUAACUAAUAAUAAGCUUUUCUCUCAUUGACCCAAUAGUCGAAGUUAUCUAGGAGCCUGGAAUCCACUGAUUUGUAGCAGCCGCAGUGGUUCAUGUUAUUUGAUUGUAUGAGAUUCUCGCAGGAUUUUUAAGUAUCUCGCUCAGUUAGGGAGAAAAAACAUAGUCAGAAAAACAGCAAAGAUAUAUAUUUUUUUUAAAGUUACUAAAAAAAAAAAAACAGGUUCCUUUUUUAAGUAAGUGAAUGCAAUAGGCUUCCGUAGUAGACAACAUGGCGGAAAAGAUGGACAAGUGCAUUAUUGACCCCCGGGCAAGAUAUAAGCAUUGACAGACCAUCGACAUGUUCUUCACAAUGUCUGCUGCAAAAAUAUUGUGACGUGUCUGACGUUUAAGUGUCUUCUCUAGAGCUCAUCCCAGGAAACAAAACCGAUAUUUGGAGAACAAGUGAACAAUCAACAGUGAAUGAGCAGCUCUAAUCAAACAGCCUGAGUUUAGAAAUGAUCGAUUUACUGAGGAGAGUCGGCAUGUGUUUUAACAAAGCAAAGCUCUACCGCCACUUUGUGAAAGACAUGUAAACAGUGUCUUUCACACUUAUCUCUGUGGACAUGGGGUGAUGCCUGAAACCAUGGCAACUGUGCAAGACAAAGGUGGUGACAGCUUAAUGCUCAGGGAUAUGGAUAUGAAAAAUGUGCAGUAGAAAAGAGAGAAACAUGCCCACAUUUCAUCGAGACUAAUUCAGAAUUUUGAUGAAACUGACAAAAUAAAGACUACAGAUCAGUCUAUUGUAGGAGCUGUGAUUGUGAGUCUUGAUGAAUAGCUUGCAGGUCAUAAAGGUCUAUUGAUGUGCAGUUGCAGUUUUACCUUUUUUGAUCAAUAGCAGUUUGUAAGGAAAAAAUAAAUAAAACGGAAUUUUAAAAAAAAAGCUAAUAAAUGUGGAGAGCUUUUUAUGUGUAUGGGGUCAUCCAGUACAUAAUAUUGGUGUCUGCUGAAAGAGAUGGUGUUUACUGGAUUUGUUGGCAAAGGACAUGGGUAUCUGGAAGGACAUUUAAAAUAAAAGGACCUUGUCAAAUCAUUAAAAUCUGUUCUGUCAUGAAAAUGUGGUGUUUCAAUCAAAAGCUUGUUAAACUCAGAAGCCAAGCCCGCCUCACCACUCUGUUAGUCCUUCCAAAAGCACAGGAAGCUUUUGCAAUUCUGGCAUACACAGCUGUGUCUCUUCAUAGAGAUGUCUUUGGUCAAACCUAAAUGGUAAUUCAUGGACCCUUGUGUGCAGAGAAGUUUAAGGACCACAACCAUCUCUAGAGCAGACCUGAUUGGUGUCAUUUAGGCAAGUAUGUAGGUAUGUAUAAAUGAGUGUUUAAUCACCUGAAUACAAAAACUGUUUUUGGUUGUUUAUUUACUUGAAUGAGCCUUUUACAUCCACAAAGGAGAGGGUCCCUUUCCACGGUAGCCUAGAGGGGUCAAACUAAUCAUGCCCAUUCUUGUAUUUGGUGAGUGGACUGUUUGAAAUGCGCGAAAGAUGAAAAAGGAUGAGAGUAGUUAUGCUCAAAAUAAUUUGUAUUCAAUGAUAAAAACUGGGAAAAAAAGUCCUUGAAGGCCUCUGUUGCUUUACCAAUCGGAGGGGUGAGCAAGGGAGCAUUUCCCAUUUCUACAAACUAUAACACAGCUAACUGAAUUAUCAUUGGCUAUCUGUGUAUGGAAACCAGAAUCUCAUUGUGGGUUGUGUUCUGCCUGCUUUUGCUCUCUAUACAAACUGUUUUACUACGUACACCAAAGCAUGCUGGUUUGUGAUUGGUCAAUACAUCUGGUGCUAAAAUCACAAGACAUAUUGAAACCAGAACACUUCCCAAAGUGAACACUUAGAAAAGAUUUUCAUGCACUCAUCAAACCAAGAUAUUUGGUAAGAAAGUAACCAAACAACAUCUCAUCAACAAGUUGUCAAAAGUUGGCUUAAACUGAGAAGCUUCAAAGGAUUUAUUUAUCUUGUGUUUAUUUUGAGAACAGGCACUGGUCUGUCUGUAUGGUGGCCAUUAUUUCACUCUUUCCUCAUAUCUUGGGCUCCCUGCCUGCCUUGACCUAGUAAGCCAUGGCCUAAUUGGAGUAUCUAAAUGUAUUGCAGCCUCUCGUCUGGCACUGCCAGCCUCUGCAGCCAUCUGUCUGUAGGAUGUAGCAGCAUUUCUCUUUUGGCUGACACACCAACAGUUGCACCAAUUCAUUCAUUAAGGCAGUGAUGAACAGAGACCUGUUCCUCAAAAUAUAUCUGUACUGUAUUUUACAGGCUCUGGCUUUAUUGAGGAUGGCUGCCCACUGUUCAGACAGAGUGUGCUUGUCUCAGCUGCACCCUGCAUGUGCUUCUCCUGCAGAUAUAAAUCUAACGUACCUCUUGAGGAUUCUGUGCAGGAAUUGGAGCAGUGGUCACAGAUAUAUUAUCACUUUGAUUGGGUUCCUACUGACCUGUUUUCAUGUGUUCACUUGGUCCCUCACUCCCACUUAAAGGCACUCCGAUGUUGACUUUUGGUGAAAAUUCUGGUUCCCAAUUUAUUCAUUUCCAAUUAAAAGACCCAUAUGUGGAAGUUUUUAGAUUUUGCAGUUCCUGUUGAGCUGUUUUCUGUCUUUUAGGUCUCUUCUAGACUCUGGACAAAGUUUUUAUGCAGCUGGUUACCUUUAAUGUUUAACCAAGUUUAUCUUAAGAGGGAAUGCUUGGGAAUCUAAAUGUGACCUGUAAAAAAUGUGUAUUAUCAUGUUUAUGCAAACCCUACCAAGCUUUAACAUGAUUGAUGGUAAUCAAUAAGAGUACAGAGCCAGCCAUACUGGUAGCAUGAAUUUUCAACACUCCUUUGAAAAGACCCAACAUUGAAAAUCUUUUGCUACAUCUGAAAGUCUAAACCUCCUCAUCUUUGUUUUUGUACCUGAGCUAAUUACCUUUUCCUCCACCUAACUGGAUAAAAAAUUCAUGUGUAUAAUUAAUUUGUUGUUAGAAUUUAAUGCCCUCAGGAUGUAUUAGACUAGAGCCAUGCUGGGACGAUCAAUAAUAUUCACACUGAAUGUGUUUAAAAACAUACGGAAGGAAAUCCUCCUGGAAGGUGUUUGUGUGUGGAUCUGUGUGUAUGUGCUGGUGUUUUAGGCAGUUCCAGGACAAAGUGAGAAAUGAGCUUUUAGCCCCCUGUGUCUAAUUGAUGAAACACAAGAACAAAGGAAAAAGUCCUAUUUUGCAGCUGUGUGUAAGUGCAUGUAUACAGCUGGGUGAGUGUUUGAAGGAGUCACGACCAGAGUGUGGUGUGUGUAAGAGCUUCAUGGCUUGAAAAGGUUAAAAAGAGACAUCUUAUAUGAAGUUUUACUCCUGAUUAUGCAGUCAAAUACAUUACUCCUAUAAUAUCAGGAUUUAGUACUAUACCCUCUGUUUUAGGUUCCAGAGAAAUUAAGAACAAUAUGCUAUUGAUCUGAAUUAUGGGAUUUUACAGUAGGGGUGUGAGAAAAUAUUGAAACACUAAAAUACUAAUGUGAUACAAAGCACUGUAUCAAUACAGGUCCUCACAUGAAUGGCAAAACAGGAAACACCACAAACAGCCCAUGUAGUCCAUCCUAUCUGUUUUACAACAGUGGCUUUCAAGUAAAUCCCUUCAGUUUGAAUUAUUUCCAUUUUACCAGUGAUCAGCUAUAAACUCAAACUCAGUGACCGUGUGUGUGGGGAGAGGAAGGCUAUAGAGUGCACAGGAAAUGCACUCACUCCCAUCAUUUCUUUGGCUCAUGAAAAACCAAUUUUAAUGGCAGCCCUGUCAUAAAGUUUUGAUUCUGUAACCUUGGUUUCAGUGGGGUAGCCGACAUCAAUAAAAAAGCAGUGACAUGUGGCGUUCUUGUGUGUGUGUUUGUGGGCUUAUACAUGUUUGUGUGUAUGCAUCAUCCAACCCCUGUGUGGAUCUGACAUGCAGUCAGUAAGGAAGGAAGUAAGGAAGCUAUAGCGAGACCGUGGAGCUGAAUUCAGUAUUGAUAUUUUGAAAUUACUGGACUACUUUAGUGCAGAUAUUUGUGCAUUAUUUGUCAAACAGACUCCAGAAAUUUACUAUUACUUUACUCAUUUACUUUAGAAAAUGUGUUAAAUGCAAAGUCACUUAGGGCUGCAAAAAAUAAAUCUGUAGAUAAAAAAAAAUUAAAUAUAGAAGAUAAAUACAAGUAUAUUAAAACAAAGAAAAAAGCCAAGGAAGACUAACUUAACUGAUAACAAAAAGCUACCUCCCUGUAUGUAGUAAACUAAUGAGAAUACCUUGUUUUAAAAAAAAAAAUGUCUACAUCAUAACACACAUGGAAAAGUGUACCUGUAUGUGUUAAGUUUAAGUAUUGAACAGUGAAUACCUGACUGGUCCAAAUCCUGUAUAUGAAAAUAGAGUCUGAAUAAUGUUAACAUUCCUUAUGUAGAUCCACUAAGUUUUAGUCAUGCCUAAGUGAAAUUGUUGACCAGAUCACUGAAAAGUUUGCACAUGAAAUGUAUAUGGUACAGUUACUACCUGCUCUCAGGAGUCCAGACAUUUUUCUCCAGUAAAAAGACUGGAGAAAAAUGUUAGCUCUUUUUCACUUUUAGCUCUUUUUGAAUUAGCCAGUUUCUGUUUUUGUCUCAUUUGCCUUGAUAAAUUGUCCUUUAUAUCCAAAAAGUGCUUCUUAAUUGAUUUUUAACAACAUACACUUCCACCAGACAUGCAAAAAUGCAUACUGAGUGCACUGCAGAGCUUUAAAUGAUAAAGAUCUUUUCCUUACCUUGUCAUUUUAACCUACGAUAAGUGAAUUUGUCUGUAACUUGAUGCUUGAUUUUGCAUCUGCUGGUGCCUUCAUGUUGGAAAUCAUUUUCCUCUGUGUUAGUUAAUGUGUCCCCAUUUCCUAUAGAUGUUCAUGUUGUAUCUUGUCCUCAGAAUCUUUUGUUAAAUGUUGAUGGUAGGUCUCUAUUAAAAGGUUCAACUUUAGCAUGUGGGGAUAUUCAGGUAUUAAAAUUCUCCGUCGCUACAAUGGUUUUCCAUCAUUCGCAAAAAUAAGAGAGAAAAAAAUGUUUUGUCGUUGUCCCGUUAAGGCAUUCAAUCUAACUAUAGUACAAGGAUUAACUGACACUGCUUUCAGCAAAUAAAGCCAGCCAGAGCCAUAGUUUUAGCCAAUCAGAGGCAGAGAAGAGGGCGCCAUGCUUGCCAAUGCGUGGUGGUUAUGGGUACAAGAAUUGUUAUCAAAGUUUUGCCAGAUCAUCAGAAAGUGGCGAAAGUUAACACAGGAGAAAUGUUGGUCAAACGGUCAGUCAGUCAUCUUCAUCUGCUUGUCCAUUACAGGGUCAUGAGGUGCCUAGAGACAAGGUUGAUGGGCGAUACACACAUACGCACAGGUUGAUGGUCUGUUAACAUGAUUUAGAGUAGCAAAAAUUGUCAGUCCAAAGCUUUGUUUUUGCUUUAAUCCCUGGGUAUUGUACCUUAUGUUGUGGAUAGGCAUGCAUUCUCAGAAAGCACACUUGAAAGCUCUGACAUGACCUCAUCCUUGACUUUUCGCUCACAGCCAGCAGGUACACUCACUUUGUUCCCUCUGCUUGGCAAACUCUAUCAGAACCUGUGACAUUAGGACUGAACAUAGGUUUCCUGAUUAUCCCUCUCCCUCUCAAUCUACAGUAGAGUUUCUUCGGAGCUCCAAGGGGCACGAUAAGAGUCAGGAACUCUAGAUGGAGCAAAAGCAAUCUAACCACAGAGAAAAGUCCUUUACGUGCACAAUCCAACAAGUCAAUUUUCUUGUACAGUGCACUCCGGUGUUGUUAUCCCAAAUGAAAAUGAAUGCCCCAGCACAUUCACACACAUACUCCAUACAAUCACUACCCCUGCCCCCUGAAUUCCCCUGGCCAAGCCUCACCCUCAAUUUGAUUCUUGAUUCCCUCCCUUACAAGUUAUUUGUCUGAAGAAAGCAGCAGGUGAUGUUUAUUCCCCACUGUCCUGCUGAUUUACUUGACUCCCUGAUUCAAUAAAAGUUACAAUCAUGCUUCUCUUUCACUGCAACCUUGCAGACACCUCAGCAUGAUGGCAAAGGGGGAGAGAUGAAGUAGGUGGAAGUGAGGAAAACAGAAGGAGGGAGGACAGUGAGUGUUUGUAGACAGCCUCAGUGGAGCACUGAGUAUACUUGCAGAGGAAGGACCUUCAAUGGGCUCUGGGCAGCCACAGGAGGCUGCUGGUGUACAGGACUAAUGCAGCCAACACAAGUCCUGUGAUCAAUCAUGUUUAACUGCCGACGACUUCUCUAGCAGAGCAUCCAGGAGCUGGAAUGCUGAGGCAAACAAGCCAGAAAAACAAGCCUACAAAAGUGCAGCGACUGUCUUUUUCCCUCCUGGGUGGUGUGUAGGUGUGUUUGUGUUCUAGCUGAUCAUUUGUCUGGGCACCCAGGUGUGUGUUUAAACAUGAGAAAAAGUCAGAAGACUUGACUGCCUCAUGGUAGUGUUCUGUUUCUGGGAAUUCAUUUUUCUUGGACUCAAAGUUAUAAAAGUGACUCAGGCGUCGUACAAACCCUGAUUCCAGUGAAGUUUGGACGUUGUGUAAAACGUGAAUAAGAACAGAAAACAUAAAUCCUUUUCCACCCAUAUUUAAUUGAAUACUGUACAAAGACAAGAAUGAAUGUUAAAACUGAUAAACCUUAUUGUUUUCGGCAGAUAUUUGCCUUAAUUCCUUAAUUUACCUUAAUUCUGAUGCCUGUAGUGCUGUCCCCGCUGUUCUAUUAAGGUACUACAGAGGAAAAAUCUUCUCCAAGUCACACUAUCUUGUGGCCACGAUGGAUGUAUUCAGUUUCUUUGAUUUCUUUCUUUUUUGUGUGGGGUGGGUUUGGGGGGGUGGAGGCACAGCUCCUAGUAUCGUAAAGUCCAAGAACGCCCCUGGACAGGCACACUGUACAGAUGCUCAGUUUACUGCUCUCUCAACCUUUUCUUCAUCUUUAACUAUUCAAGUUUAUCAUAGCUGCAAAAUAUCUAGAUAAAUUCACUCUCAAACAAGUCUCUGAAUGAGGUUUAGACAUGGAGCUGUUAACAAUUCAAACAGAAAAAAAAAAACUCCAAACAUUCAAACUGGUGUGGCCCCAGAAGCUGGUUGUGUUUUUUUCUAUCAAGAUGCAGCUGGAAAAAGUCUAUAAAAAUGAGAAAGACACAGGGAGGCAGAGAGAAUUUAAGUGCACUUGUUACAGACAAGGGACAAAAUGAAAACUGCACACUUCAACCAACUCAGCCUGGUACAAGAAAGCUUUACUCAUAUUGAAGGAUUAGAUCUGCACUGGGUAAAAUAUGAUCGACUUUGAAUGUCUGACAUUCAAGGUUUCUGCCUGUUAAAGGAAGUUUUUCUGCUUCACUGUAACUUCCUAAAUGCUGCAAAGAGUUACACUCAUAUGGUGGAUGAUUGGAUGGGAGUGGGUCUAAUUACAUUUGUGAUGGCACUGAUAAUAAUAAGCUUUUGAAGCAACAUACCAUGCCAAGUACGCCUGUAUUUGAGUAAUAAGUUGCUCAUUUCUCAGGAAAAUGCCAAACAACAUUCUGUAUGUGACACAGGGUCUCAAACAUGACUCAUCUCAGCCCCCCUACGCCUCAGGAAAGUAACAUGAGAAGGGGAAUGUCACUCCAGUACGUGGUGAUGGCUGACAUGUUUUAAUAUGACUCUCGGCAUUAGUCGAGCAUCUUGUCUCAGUGACUGCACUUCCCCUCCCUCUGGCAGGAAGGAGGGAGAGAUGAUGGAAGGGUGAAAAGUGGGACCAGAUUGGUGAGGAUGUAGCUUUCCGAGGUCUUCAUGUUCUGAUGCCAAGAUAAGACUUAACUUUGGUGGCAUGCAACAGCUUGAGCCUCACCGAGAGGAGAAGAAUCACACACAACUCGUGACUUGCUUAUUGAAAAAUGCCAGCAAGGUUUUUACGCUGUAAAUGAUGAAUAUGACAGCAAUAGCUUAAACAAAAUGAGCAACUUUUGAUGGCUCUGCUCUUUGUCUUUUAAAAGUCACUGCUUUCAGUCAGACGCAGGGAGUUUGAAGCACUUUAAAAGCCAAAUGAGAAAUGCCGGUGCUAAAUAUAUAUUUUAACAAGCAGUAAUAAGGAAUUACAGUUUUUAUGAGUGCUAGUGGCAUCUGUGAAGUUUCUUCCUCAUUAAUUAGAUUUAAGGAGAGUGUUACUGUCAAGGAUCAUCUAUCUCCUCCAUGCUGUUCUUCUCCUCAUAACUUAAGUGUCACAGAAUAAGCUUUUCUCUGUCUGCUAUUCAAAGUCAGAUUAACCCUUUUUUUUAGAGCUACAGAUGUAAGAGGUUUCUGUUGAAGGUAACAGGAGAUAAAGAGUCAGACUUUACAGGUACUCAGAAAACUGUUUCUAAUCUUUCCUUCCUGGUUGAGAUGGUGUAGAGUUACAAAGCUGCUCCAGCUGACCUCCCUCUGGUUUGCAGUGUCAACCAUCAAGAAACCCCAAAGAAUGAUUCUGGCAUGGUGAACACUAAUUGUUCCAAAGGAUUCAUCUUGGGUCUACUUUCCCCUGAUAAGUCCCAUGAGCUAUGUGGUUUCAGGCAGACAAUUAGAGGGAUGUUUGUCUGGGCCUGGUUAGCACAAUUCCCUCACAUGAAAAUGUUCAUAUUAAGGCUGACACACGUGUUUGACUUGAGAGGGCACGGUGGCCCUGUAGGCCAAAAUAUUACAACAGCAGUUUAAAAUCUAACUUCAAAAAUACAAAUAUAUAUAUAUAUUUGAUGUCAUUGGAGAUAUCAUCUGUUUUUGUUUUUUGUGACCUGUCAUUGGAUUUUUGGAAAAGGAAAAAAAAGGGGGGGGGGGGGGGUUGAUGGGCGCCAGUUUGGCCAAAUGGUUUGAGUGCAAACCCCAUGUACAGAGGUAGUAACCCUCAUCUCAGCAGUUGUUGGCUCAAUUCACAGACUCUUUUCAGCAUGUUUAUAUGAUUGAUCACUGAUAUUUAGAACCAAUGUGCAUUGGCAGUAAAAAUGAAAACUGUCUUACUAUAGAAUUUGGAAAAUCACUAACUCUAACAAGACACUUGCUUUAAAGGCCUUCAGCAAAUAUCUAUACAAAACUGAAACCCUCUGAAUUCAUCCGCGGGUGCAUCACCUGUGUGGAUGUUUUCCACUGUUUUAGAGGACAGUAACAUGAUCACAGUAUAAAAAUAUGCUGAGAGGAGAAAAAAGUCUUUUUUACCUUCAAGCAGGCAUUCUGCUACUUUUAAAGAUAUCAAAUAGCAUAUUGCUUUAAAUCAGCUGAAAUCCUUCUUGCAGGAAAGUUUAUACACGUGUAUUAAUGUAAAGGCACUAUAAUGCACCGUUUCAUCUUUGCCUCACUGAACGAACCAGUGUUCAGCAGUCAGUGAACGAUGCUACACCACUCCCUCCUCUGCCUGCAUCAAGUCAUCUGGAAGUUGUUCAUUUCGUUCACCAUGUCAUUUAUUGACUGACUGAAUCAUUCCGUUCACAUACUGAUACAUGUUGUUCACAAACGUUUCAUUCACUGACUGUUACAUAUCGUUCAUUUGCUGUGAGUGAAUCACGAGACUCCACCCGCCCACCCACCGCUCACUGGCUGGCUGUGUGUCGUUCGGCAAAGAGUCAAAGGCGGCAGUUCCACUCCCAACCGGCAUGCCAGGCUCAACUGAAAUGAAAAAGGAACGAAUCAGGUCUGGAAGUGAUUCAGUUCACUUCCUUCAGUCAGCAGAUCUGUUCUUUUGAACGAAACGUUCAUGAACGACACAACACUAUGGUGGUUUUAGUUAGAGUUGGCAUGUAUGGAAUAAUAAUGCAUAUCUUUGCUUUAUUUUACUGCCAGAUGUGCAAAAACUUGAUAUUUUAAGAAAUGAAAAUAAAUAUUUACAAAAAUUAGUAAUCUUAUCAGUUGGAGCCAUCAGUGGAAUGCAGACAUAUUGUACAUUCCUGAUCCUUUUGUUUUCUCUUCAGUUUUGUGUUGCAAAAAGUUGAAGUGUUUUGACCCUCAGGGCCACUGUACAAAACUCAGCCCUUGUGAACAUUUGCAAUCGCUGGAAACCUCACUGUCUGAUUACUGCAUGGAUACCUACCAUAACUGCAAGCCAAGAUGAGGGUAGACGGAAAAAGUCACUGGAGGAAAUUCACGACAAAACACUUCAGUCUCUGCUGAUUUGCUAUUAACAAUCAGACUCACAGGAGCCUCCAUCAAGAGAAAUCACUUACAAAUCCACCUGCAUGCAGCUCUUCCCUCUGUGCUCCAUUUUCACCCUGUUUUCUUUGUUAUUUCUCUUGGCCGCACCAAUUCCACCACUUCCUCCUGUAUGCUUUUACCUUCCAAACAACCUCUCUCCACUCCCCCUCUCUCUCUUUCUCUCCACUCCCCUCUGUCUCACAUCAUGUCUGCUUCCUACCGCCUGCUUAGUGUCACACCGUCGCCACCACCAACCUCACAGUCUAAUGGCGUGUGUCUGCUGCUGCUGGGUGGGUGGGGAGGAGGGCAUGCAGCAGCUGGGGAAAGCACAGGAGGUACUGACUGCCAGACUCCCACAGCUGAGGUGAUACUCAGCAGACUGUAUGGGAGCCGCCCGCUUCAUCCAUACAAUCCAGUUACUAGACCUGUGGAUGCCAAAUUUAUCGAUAAUUUGGAUUCAUUGGAAACGCUUGAGGCGUGCUGAUGUUGUACAGUGUUGGAGGAGUUUGGGUGUCAUGAAGGAGCGAUUUUGUUUGUCUGUAAAGGUAAUUAUAAACAUGACCUUGUGUCCAUUGUGGGUUCAUACAAAAGAAUCUUUUCAGUGUUGAAUUUAUGAUUGUUUUGUUGAUGAUUCAUAGUGGUUGUUGAUAUCAAUUGGUAGGAAUAAAGGUGCACCUUUUUGUACCAAACUACAGUUUAAAACUAUGACCAGUGUUUCAGUACAGCAAAAGACACAAGUUGUAUUUAAGUGUCAUUACAUUAGUCAGUAUAACACUGACCCUUUUCGCAUCUACACUUCGUCGUCAACAGCUUUUUUUUUCUCCAGUUUUGUAUGUGUGCCUGGAAGUCCACUCACUGUGAUGAAAAACUCCCCCCCACUAGUAAAUAUCCAAUCAGUAUGUGCUCAACAUGUGACAUCAUGGUAGAGUCUCACAAGUCAUAUCCGAGGAGAGGUGAAUAUGGCACCAAGGGCUGAAAAUACAGAUUAGCACUGUUUGCCUUCAUAUUCAUUCAGGGUAUGGUGAAAAUGCAAACCAGAAACACCCAAACAGCCUUUACCUUUAACAUGCUUGUCUAUAAUUUUCUUUUUAAUCUCCUGAGACAACUCUUUCCUUCGCUUCCUCUGGUCCAUGUUGAGUGUGGUACACACCAUGUCACCAAAAACCACAGUGACUACCUGUAGCCCUUUAUAUAGGACCACUGACUGAUUACAAGAUUGUAGACACCUGUGAUGCUAAUUAGUGGACACACCUUGAAUUAGCAAUGUCUGACUUUCAUUGUUUUUUUUUUUGUUUGUUUGUUUUAGUUUUUCUUUCAUUAAGCGAAGGGUACCAACAAUUUUGUGCAUGUGUGUAAAUUAAAGCUGCAUGUAGUGAUGAACAGGACUUUGCAUCGUCCUCCAUGUAAGGGUGUGUUUCAUGUUGGUGUAAAUGGUUUCUUGUAGAAUUCUUAUUGAUAUUUCACCAUGAUGAUAAGAGACUUUUUUAGCAGGUCACAGGAAGCUAAAACUGAUUUUCUGGAUGACCCUGCUUUGAGGGGCUAUUUAGAAAGGAAGAAAAACUACAAGCUUGUUUAGCUUUUUGUUACUCAAGGUCUGUUGUGGGCUCUGUCGUGGCACCGGGUCAGAACUUCACUGAUGAUGGCAGAGACUUCACAACAUAACUUGGCUGCAGAGAGUGAUUUAGCUCCAAGUUUUUCCCCAGCUUCUGGCCAGCUUCAUGCACAUUUCUGGCAGAUAGAAAAUAACAUCUGCCCAAAUAUCCAGAAGGGAAAUACCAAAAAUAUAUUAGCAUAUUACCCCUUUUGGUCCUAACAUAAAACAUUUGGUCCCUUGAAGUAGAGAUGAAAAAAGUGGGAUCCUCUUAUAUUGGAGGUCUACACACUUUCAUGCUAGUAUACAGUUUAUACUGUAUUUAUUAACCACAGAUCUAUGAAAUCCCCCUUUUUUUUUCUUUUGCCCAAACAUCACUGACCAAGAGAAAAGCGUUGGACUCAACAAAAGCAACUACUUUAAAAGGAUUACAAGACACACGAUCAAGUUUUAAUCUCUGUUAAGGAAAGACAGUAAAGAAGUGACUCUCAUACUGGCAGAUGAAAGAGGAUUGACAGUUAACUGGUCCAUAAUCUGCAAAUUCACAGCCUGCAUGCUCAACAUUGAUCUUCAUUAAGGUGAUCAGGAUGAAGUCUAGAGAAACAUACACCACACUGGGUGACAGGAUGGUCUUGCUCUGCUUGUGUGGACCUCUUAGAUGAAAAUGAAGAAUAAAACAGACCAGAGCCAUUUUAAUCACAUCUUAAUCUAUGACAAGCAAAAGAGUUUGCAGCAUUCAUCAAGUUAAACUAAUAACCAAUGAAUUAAAAAAUACAUAUUUGAGUGGUUCCAACUUAUGUAUCAUUUUGAGUAAAUAUUCCAACAUUAUUUCUGGCCAAAUUUGACAAAUAGUUUUCACAGGUUGCUACUCACACACACUCAAGCUCCUUCUUUCAACCAGGAAGUUCAAUCUGGCUCACUAACGUGACCGCACUACUAACACAGUCAUAAAAAAUAUAGUGUGGUUUCUGUUUGAAGGAAUGCAACUUUGAAGCACCAGGGGACUAUAACCUGCCCUUUAACAGGGGAUCUUUAAUAAUGUGUGGGAGGGUGUUUUAUUUGUACUUUUCAGACUGAAAAGCAUAAAGGGAAUGAUUGGCUUUGUGGAUGCACUCCGCUGAACAGACUUUGUUUUCAGUGUUUCCUGUUUGUUUCAAAAAGGCUGAUGUCAGGAUAACUGUGUGCAUGGCAUGAAUUAUUGGUAAGAGAUGCUGCACAUUUUGAAUACACAAAUCUGUAAAGAUUAAUGUGCAUAAACCCAUAAGCUCUUUCUUUCUUUUUUUUUCUCUCUCUCUCCCUCCCUCCCUCCUUUCCUUCCUUCCUUCCUUCUUUUCUUUGUGUUAUGAGAUGUACCUUAUUGGGAGAUGUCCAUCAAUGCAUCAGUUUUGAUUAAGUUGCACCACAGCACAACUUCACAGAGCUGGUCAGAGUGUAUCACUAGCAGACAAGGGUAAAGGAUCUGCAAUGACCCGGAUGAUCCUCAUUACUGCAAAUGCAGAAAUGACUCAACUUAAAAAAGAAAAAAGAAAAAAAAAAUCAUAUACGUAUAUAUAUAUAUAUUUUUUCUUUCAAAAUGAGGCCUUUCUGACUGAUUUCCAAGAAUGAGUCUACAGUUGUGUUUGGAGGAGCAAAAGGAAACAAGGUUUUAUUCAAUUUGACGAAAUUACAGGCCUGAAGGUCUUGAAAACGGUUGGAAAGUUUUUUUUUUUUUUUUUUUUUUUACACAAUACUGUCAAACUGCAAAAGAUCUAACAAGGCCUGAGAAAACAAGACCACGAAAAAAGGGGAAAGACAUGGUUACAACGGAUUGAUCUAUGGUCCAAAGGCAUGUCUUAAGUAGGGGCAGAUUCUUAGGGUCCUGGUGACAAUUCACAUACAAGAAAACUGACCACGAAGCCAAGUUGGCUCCUAAAGUCGGGGAGUACUUGUCCCCCAACUGAUCCAUGCCUUUGGUCAGGUCAGAAAACUGGUAAACAUUUGGAAAAUGAUGGUUAACGUUAAAGUACACUUUAUAAUUGCUCUUUCUAUAGAAGCCUGUCUUAAUAAUUGAAAGAAAAAUGGGUAAAUCUAUAAAAGAUGAAGACUGUAAAGAUGAGUAGAAAAAAACACCUCAUCCUGUUCCAGGAUUAAUCUGAUACAGUUUAAAGUGGUCCAUCAAGCCAAAUAUUCCUUAUAUACAUUUUUUAAUUUGCAAAGCUGCAGACUUUUAUGUUUAUUUGGUGAAACACACUGAAAUUGGAUUUUCUGGCUUAGUAACUAAAUGCAUAUCAGGUCCACAAAAGAAUUCAAUAUUUCAUCUAAUCAAAGAAAUGUCAGUGUUAAGAUUUAAGCUUUAUGAGGCUCUGCUGACUGAGAAUUUGCAGCAGGAAAAAUUAAUGUAAAGCAGUUCAUGUAAAUUUGUGCGAACUAAACUUUAAGUCAAAGUGAAUUUGUCACUGAGUACAACUUAAACCUGCCUGUCCACCUGAGCUGUAUAUUAUAACUCAAAAAUAGGAACAUAGUCAGAAUCAUGUGGGUAUUUAUUUCUGUCUAACUUAUCGACUGUGUCCAUAUGGCUGUCAGUCUACCUCUUCCAUUCGCCUGCAGACCUGUGUGUGUGUGUUUGGAAGAUGCUGAAGGUGACUUAUUCUCCUCUGGGGAUCUCACACAUGUUUGCUGGACUGCCAUCAAACAGAUUUACGCUCUCUCCUGAUCUUUGCCUUAAAAAUAAACACCACAACAAAUCGGGUUGAGUUGAGAUGGGGGAAAAGAUUUGCUCUGAACCAAGGUUAGGUUUUGUUUUAAGAUGGUAAGGCAGACUAGAGUCCAUAUUUUGAGGGAUUUAAAGAUCUCCGCGACGACCUUUAGGAUUUCCUAAAAAAUUAUUAUGCAACUACAAGAGCAUAAAACCAUAAAAAAACUGAUCUAAAAUCCAUUGCGGUAGAUUUAAAACAAAAGUAAGGGGGGGGGGGGGGGGGCUGGCUCCACUUUAUGCGAAUCCCACAUGGCUCCUUGAAACUUUAACACUAAGCUAAAGUGAUGAUUUGAUUAUGAAGACAUACAACACUAAAGGGAUCAGCUGAUUUUUAUAAGACCACAGGAAGGGCAACCACAAGAAAACAAUUACACACUGAACUGACUGAAGUCCCACACUGCUUAUUAUAUCAAGUACCAUGAUUUAAGCUUUUCAUACAUGCUUUGAGUUUAACCGCUGUUGUUUUUCAUUCUGUCAAAACCUGUAUAUCAGGAUUAUGUCGUCUUCAAACCUGAAAAUUGGAUUUCUGAACCCAACAAAGGGGAUAUUGUGAAUCAAACACAAUAUCACAUUUGUAAGAGGGUCUGCCAUAAAAGAGGACAGUGUUUCUAAUCUUUCAAGUGGUGCACUGGAAAAGUGCAAAAUGUACUGUAAAUGUAUUCAUUUGAACCUGAUGCACUGAAAGAGUCACAGCACUGGUGUGAGUGUGACUGAUAACAAGCUUGAGGAGUCAGUUAAGGUGAAAAUCAAGAGAGGAGAAAGUGUUAGAUCAAGUGCUGAGAGCAAACUUUCAAGUGCAAAUGAAAGCAAACUUUCAUUAUUACUGUAGGCUGCAGUGAAAGGAGUGCACAGGGCGGAGGUGGAGGUGAUAGGUUAAUUUAGAAGUGUCUGAAAUUAAAGCCAGUGGUAGCCAAAAUCUAAAACAGCUUCACAACUUUCAGUGAAGGGUCUUAUUUUGUAAUGCUAUAGUAUAAUAAUAGUUCCAGUUCAGUUCUUUAACAUUAGGUUCGACUUGGGCCUAAUGUGGCCCAGUAAAAUAAGACGAGAUACUUCUUUGCCUCUCAUAACGAUACACAACACACAUUAACGUCAGUGCAGACAGAUCAACAGCAGGGUAGUUGAGAAGGAAUAUUUAUUUUUUUAAAAGGGUGUAUUUUACUCCUAGAUAAGACAGUUGAAGGGUAAAAAGGGAAAAAGAUAUCAUCGAAAGAUGUCAGCUGAGGUGAAAGGACUGAUUUGCAGUGGAAAAAAAACAAAAACUAUUUGCUUUUUUUUUUUUGGUAAAGAUUGGACAUAAGAGACUGAGUACCAAUUAGAGGGCAAGCACUUGGAUGCUAAUUGAAGAGAAGAACUUUAAGUAGUUUGAGGGAGAAUGUUGUGUCCUCUGAUAACAUCCAACCAGCCAAGAGUCAAUCACAGCUGACUUCAGAGAAACAGUUUCCUUAAGGACGUGUUUCCUAAUGACUUGUCCUAUCCUCCUGCCUAGUCUUCCUAAAUCAAAGUUUUAUGGUCGACUCACAACAGUGAUGAGCGAGCGCAGGCAAUUUACAUGGAGUUAACUCUUUCUGUUACAGAUUUAGCCUUAUUGGCAAAUUAUUUCCCUGUCCUUGUUCCUCUACUUCAAUCUCAUGAAUUGAAAAUAUUCAGAAAUUUUGGACAGAUGUGAACCUUCAGAAACUGCUAAAAACCUUUGAGCUUCGGUUCUUACGUCCAAGCAUUCAAAUCAUUUAAAGUUUAGUUUUCACCAGGGUUACAGUUGUACUAACCCCAUAAAAAAUCCUCGAAAAGGUUCAGAAUCUGCUGCACUUUUACUCUACAACGACACUUUUCCAUCACCACUGACAACAGCAAUGAUUCCUGCAGGAACUCUGACUUCAAUCUAGACAAGGACCUGUCAUAUAGAGUCCACAAUAAAGAGAGAACUCAACAGGGGUUUGCUUUUCAGAAAAAAAAAAAAAAAAAGAGCAAAAAAUCUUUCCACAGCUAGGACUCAGCUCAGUUUUUGGCUCAAACUUGAAUCAUCCCCUACUCUGGCUGCAGUCCUGCUGCUGAAGUAUUCCUUAACACUGAAUUUUAUCCAUAAAUCUACCACCUUAAACAUCCUUUCCAGUGAUUCCCACCCUGAGUAAACCUCAUAAUAAUGAUUGUGUGUGAAUAAUGUCCUUACCAUUGCAGCUCAUACUGCAAAUUCAGCUACGUUAGCCUGCAGACAUGACCUGGUCGUCACUUCUUUUGGCAUAUGUGUUCUGCCUCUUUGGUGUGAAAUACGUUUUAAGCUAAAUCAGCAAAGCCUCUCAUUUUAAAAAUGUCUUCAAAAAGUACAGCAUGUGCUUUUUCUGCGUUCUCAGUUUAUAGCUGCAAAGUGCUUGAUUUCAAAAGGCUAGUGCCGAAAGCAAAUUACAUUCUUUCAUUGUAAGAUCCUCUCUUAAAUAUGAAAUAUGAACAACUAAAUGCCUACAGGAAAGCUUAACUGUUGAAUUUCUCAAGUGACAUGCCACACUACCUAGUUUAUCCAUCUCUGUCGCUUCAUACACUGUUAUUCAUCCUCUUACGUGCUGCACACUGUGAUUAGAAUAGAUGGCUCUGCCUGCAGACAGGAAAUUUCUAAAGAAGAUGUCAGAGUGACAGCACCAGACCACAGAGUGACUCUCUCUCCCCUUAGAGGGACGACGUGCUCGACACAUAUUGAAAGCAGGUUCUUAAAGUCAACUUCAGUGGUGUCUAGAAGAGCGAAACAUCUUUUGAGCAGACACGUGUUUUGGCAGGCAGAGAGAAGUCAUUCAAAAACAUGCAAUCACUGUUUGACACAUCUUGCCUUUCAUGAAGGCAUACACAAGCAGCUUUACGGGGAUACAUAAAUAGAAGUAAAAAGGUUGGCAGGACACGUAAGCACUUUCCGUCCUUGGUCUGAAAUUUGAGUCAAUUUGUGUUCUUAAGUAGAAAUGCUAAUUCUGAUGACUGUUCAGCAGCCAACUCCUUAAUUGCAGGUCACGCAGGUUACUGGGUGUGAGAAAGAGUGCUGUAAAACUGCUGCAUCAUAAACAUUCAAAACCUACCAUUAAAGGGAUAUUCCGGCGUAAAUUGAAGUUAUGGUCCAACCACCUCGAGAGAUGAAUUGCUGACUGCUUGCUUCUCUAAUUAAACCAACUUCAGCAACGACAGCAAGAUAGCAAUACACAGCGGUUAACCACGCCAUGCGCAAACCUCAACCAAAACGUCACUCUAUAGCCACAAAUAAUGCUCAGAACAGCACCUAACUUCAUCAACAGUACAUAUACGGUCCCAGCCACAGCAUUAGCCACGGACAUCGCUUUAGCUUUGCCUAGUUUCUUCAGCAAAGAGACUAAACACAACUCACCCACCCUCCUCCAGCAGCUGCUUGUGGGGGAGCUCUGAUGAGUCGAUCACUGAGUGCAGUGGAGUUUCGCAGCUCAAGGGAGAACAUAAAUGAUCCUUACUUCGUGGAAAUGAAAUCAGACUGAAACGCUCAGGCAGAAGAACUACUGUGUCUGCUGUGCAAAAUGAUUACAAUGAUGAUUAUUACUUUAAGGAAAUGAUCCACUGCAUUUAUCGACUCGUCAGGGUUACAUAGGGAGACGUAACUGUUGUGUAUUGCUAUUGUGCAGUAGUAACUAAAGUUGGUAUAACUAGAGAAGCAAACGGUCAGCAACAUUCAGUGUAGCCCCCCUUUAUGUGAAGGCAAAACUCUUGGAGGUUUCUAAGUGACUGCAGUGUAAUGGAACAUGAGUCAAACUAAAAAUUCAUAAUACUAGUAAAAAUAAUUGUCUCCAAAAAUGGUUUAUUCCAAGUCCAACACUGUAUUACUUUACAUGUGACCAAAAUAAAAGCUAUAUCUGAAAAACUGAAGAUUUCUCCUGGUGUCCUUGGGCUGCCAACUAAAGAAUAAGGUUAACAAUCUAUCUGAAUAACGAAUAAUAAGAUGGCCUGCAGUCACAGAAGAAAAUUAACCAUAUGAUAUCAGCGAGAUAUGCUCUGUUCUACUUAAAUUUCCCAUCAUGACUGUUCUUAACAAAUUCUUUCCCACUUGUCAGUCCACUUUCAGUGAGUGUCAGUGCUGAAUUGGACCCCUGCCAAUAAUUCACAGCUCCAUUUCAGAACUGUCUUUAUGCUCAGUUGAAAAAUAAGAGGCUGCUGUUCUCAGUUCAUGGUGCACUCAAUUCAGCAUCAUGUCGUCCAUUUUAAAAGGUGUACUGUUCUUUUAAUGCUCAUUGGUAAGCAUGUAGUCCUCUCAGAUGUGACAGAUUUGUGAACAGAUUUGUGCCCUCACAAGACUGACAUAUAAAUAUUAAUUGUAGGGCUUUGGGGAUUGUUGUUUAGCAUAUGAAACAAUGUCUCUGUGAGGGCAGUCAAUGAGUAAGCCAACUCCUUUCAUCAGUCAACCAGCCUUUAAUUGCAAUCAUUCUACGCUUACUCCUCAUUUCCUCAACUUGUCAGUGAUCUCUGCCACAUAAUUUAUUUAAUUAAAGCCAAGAUUGAAGCUAUCACACAGCUAUUCUCCAGAGCUGAUAACACGAGGACGCCUGCAGCGUGGGGACAGAGCCAAACAGGAAGACGAUCUCAAACUUUUUAGAGCUAAAAAUUUUGUGACGGAGUGUCGUUUAACGCCCCAUCAUUUCCCGACUGUCGCUUGUCUGUCUCUCAUGGCCUGAGUGUGCUGGUGCCGGGAGUGCACAUGAAACGCACUCGUUCCCCGCAGAGCCAAGCUCCUCUAAACUGUUAAAUCGUUUCCCUGCAGGCCCGCACCUGUGUCCCGCGGUCCUGCACUCCAACCAACCGUUUCUUUUUUUACCUCAAACUCGUUUCUCCACGCUAUGGGUGUUUGUGGGUGCACACUCAAGACUACACGCCCAAUACAGACAAACACCGGCCCAAUGCCAAAACACCCCCUACACACUCACCCUAUACACUCUCCCUCCGUUUGCGCGUCCCCACGGAGGUUCCGCCAUAUUGAAGCAGGCACGUGUCAAAUAGUAAAAGGGUUUAAAGACGUGUGGACUUACUAACAAUCAGAAGUUUAAUUUAGCUCCUGUCACUGUGAUGGUUGCUGGAUGUAUAAUUUUACUGGGAGGAUGAAAAAAUGAGGCAGCCAGUGCGGCUCAGAACUGUACAUGAUGCUCGUUUACUAAGACAAUAAACGUUGCCAUGCACAGGACACGUCUCUGUGUUGCUAUGGCGAUGAAUCUUUCCGUUUUCCGGUGGAGUAAGGUAAGUAGAAUAAAGCAGAAUAAACUGAAAACAAACAAACAAACAAAAAAACCCACACGAGACCAUCAACAACAUUUUUUAACAACAACAUAAAUAUAGAUUGACACACGUUAUUUCUUUUCAGUACGUCCCUUAGGGACACGUACAUAAAUUUUCUUAACAUGUUACUAAAUGUAGCCUUUGUUAUACUUUUCUAAAGUCAGUCUGUCUAAGGGUAGAAAUGUGCUCAAGAAACAUCUUAAAAGUUGGGGGAAAUUCAUUUUUCCAAAAUGAAAGAAUUGGCAAAAUAUAUGAUUUUAAAUAAUCUGCAUUUUAUUUUUCAACAAAAUGAAAAACUGGUUUGUAAAUACACACUGGGUUUUUGAUAAAAUUCUAUUUUUGACACUUUUUUGUGGCUAAGGGCUAUUUAAAGAGCGCUUUGCGCACUCUAGAGGGAGCUCUUGGCCUAGUGGCAUCAUGGGUUACAAGGGAACAAAUGUAAGUCCUUCAGAAAACCUGCCGUAAAUACGUCAUUUAUUUGCUUGUCUUUUAUUUUUGUUUCCUGCACUGUAAACAUUUUUACCACUGUUUACUGGUUUUGAGGAAUUGGUGUAAAUAAAAACCCACCACGCUGGAUUUUCGACUGCGCCAUCAUUUUUAUCACGAACGAACCUGUGACAACUUUAAAGUGAUUACUGCAGCUUAUGAACAACAGUAUAUUCCCUUAAACAAAGUCUUAUUUGUUUUAAGACACAGCUUAAAGCCAAAUAUGUCUCGUUAUGAAGAUCCAGUGUGUCAGUGGAGGUGCAGUUUGAAUUUUUUGGCAGCAAGCCUCGCAGUGGUGUGACAUUUAAAGUUAUCUGGUACUGGUUUGUUUGACUUAACACAGGAAUAUUUGGAGCAAACCAGACCAAAUAUCAAAUUCUCUCCUCAGGGGAUUGUUUGCUAGACUUCUUCCAAUUUUGUCCUGCCAAGUUAGAUUUGAUAGCAGAGAGAGUCAAAGCAAAUCCACUCAGUACCAGUGGCUUUAGUGUGAUGGACCUUAAGCUGAAACAUUAUAUAUGAGAUUGUGAGAGAUACAAGAUAAAUACUCAGGUUAUGUAUUAUUUCCAACAGAAAAGCAAACAAUGCAAAAUUUUAAAUCUAAGGAAGUUUUUUUUUUUUUUUUUUUUUUUUUAAAUCUUAUUUUUACUUAAAAUAUCUUAUUUAGGCGGCCUUGUGGGAGGGGGUUGGAGCUCCCUUGCCUGAGUGAAAUGGACAGUGCAAAGUUGUGUCUGUGGCCUUAAACUAUUGUUAAAGUAUUGAAUCUUACUUAUUAUCUUGUCUUUAUUUGUCUAAAUCUUAUUUUAACCUUCUUUGUUGGUAUACUGCAUUUUAUAACUAAAGCUGAUAACUGCUUUGUUUUUUUAUUUUGAUUAAAUUUACAGUUUUUAAUUACUAAGCACUUUGCAACUUGUUUUUAAAAGCACAUAACACAGAAAAUGCUAAUGGCCGGCAGACAAUGCUAAUGCUUUGAGGAUGGACAGAGAGAGAAGGAUGUUCAGAAAAUGUGAAAAUCAAUAUCUCAAGUGGGGGUAGAGAAGGUAAAGAGAUAAAAUCUAAAGCAUAUUGUGUUGGAGCAAAAUUUUAACUUAAUGCAAAUGUUUGUCAAAGUUUCACUUCUGUUUGGUUUAUCAUCCCUGCAUGCGGAUUGCAGCAUUUCUUAAAAUAAAUGUUUGAAACAAAUGUCCACUCUUUUCACUUUAUAACUUUAUAACUGAGAACUAUUUUAAAAGACACUUUAAAAAACGAAAAAAGUUGCUAAAAUUAUAGCUAACUUUUUCAUAUUUCCUUAUUCAAUGUAACUUAAUAUAAACUGCAAAAAAAGUGAGUGGAAAAUGUUGGACCAAUUUUUUUGAGUUAGAUUCAAGUCACGUUUUCUUCAUUUCAGUCUCAAAUUUUCAUUUUUUUAUUCUUUUUUUAUGUACGUCAGUAUCUCAGCCCCUUUAAAAGGCUGUAUUCAAAUAUUUCUUAAGAGUUCAGUUCAAACUUUAAACAUUUAAAGAUACACUUUUAGCUUCCAUUGCUGACCACAGAUAAUAAAAUGAGCCACAAGAAGCUUGGUUUGAGUGCUUCUGUCUGAAUUUGAGACCAGCUGUCAGCACCUGACACAUUUUACCUGUAAAAAAUAAAGUCAGCUGAGACAGGAAGCACCUGGGAUUUCAAAUAAAAUGGUACCAUCAUGUUGAAGUCUGAGCACACCCUCAAGUCCCAUUAGCAGAGCAGUGGAAGCCUCUUGGGGGUAAAUGAGCUAAAUGUAAAGAGUCUGCCAAUCACCUGCACGACUUGAUUGGUCUGCUACAAUAGAAAAUCACUUAUUUGCUCUGUGUUUAUUCUGGCUGUAAUGCAAACUCUCUGCCAGUCUGGUGGAAACUGAGCUCUUUAUUAAUGUGUUCAUAUUAAUGCAAAUGCUGCAGAAUGAGUGGCAGCAUCGGAGUCUACGAGGAUACAUGGACUGUAUAAUGAGAGCUGAAAUAUGCAGAAGAAGAGUACUUAAACAUAAUGUGUCAUACAGUAUUCUAUAGGUCCUCACAGCAUACAUAAACAUACACACCACACAUGUACUGCAUGGAAAAUAGAAAUAUGGCUAUAUAGAGAGGAUUCCGGUUUCAUUAAGGAGCAUGCAGAGACCGGGAUAGAGCGAGGAAUAUAUUUUCUGCAUGAUGAGCUGUGAUGAUGGCUGAUCAGGACACUUGAAUGUUUUUUUUUUCUGUUCCUGUCAUGUCAUUUUCUGCUUUGAGUGAUUGACUUGUGUGUGUGCAACAGUGUGCUGUACUUUCCUAGAGUGCCUGCGCCUCACUUUUGCUUCCUUAUCACAACAUAUAAAAAAAGAAAACCUGCCACUGCUACUGUGAAUGCACCUCUGUGUUGGUGAGCGUCCUCAUGGCGAUGAAAAUGAGUGACAGCUGCUGACAUGUGGCUGUCAGGUAGAAGCCCAAAUGGAGACUGUGCAAGUUGGGAGAGAGUUGCAGGUGUCUCCAUGAGAUGGUGUUUAUGUUAAAGGUGUCAGCUUUUCUGUGUCUUUAUGUGUGUAAUUGUCAAAACACUACUGCAUGAGUGUGUAAGCAUAUGCAUCCACAAUUAUGUACGUUAGCAAUUUUUAAAAGUCAUUGUGCAAAAUUUUUAUAUAUUUUUCAUCACAAAUCAUGAUAUUUCUCAUUAUUUCCAUCAGAUAUAGUAUCAGACAAGAAACAAGAGCGGUCAGACAGUGUCACAGGUUUUAAAUGAGCUGACAGUUUGACCACAGAAUCUUACUUGUUUGACAGGAAAUGACAUUUCAGUGCACUAAACUUGUACAAUGAAGAUUCAAACCUCGGGGUCAUUAAUGAGAUAAAUGCUCAGAAGAGUUAUGGAAGCGCUGUGUAGACAUAGUCCUUUCACCAUAUACUGUUGACAUGCAUGCAAAAUGACUUCCCAUUCACCCUACUUCUUUUUACACUGUUGUGUUGAUAGAACUAAGAUGUCCAAGGUUAAGGCAAGACCAUAGACUGUAUAAAGAAUGGACAGAGUCUGCCUCCUCUCUGGGUGAAGCCACUCUGAGAACAGCACCUGUUGAAGGGCUGCAGUAUAGGUCAUAAAUCCCGCCUCCGCCAGUAAAGUUUAUGGAGCUGUGGACAAACUUUAGAAAUUAAUGGCACAGAAUAUACAUUUUUCCCCCCUGCUUGUGAUGUUGACAUGUAGUUACUGUAAGACUGGUUCGUGCUCAAGUCCUCUUUUUUCUGUGAAGCUCUGUUUUUAAAAGUUAUUAGGGGGUUCAUGUUUUUAUUUGGCUUCAAAUCCAUAUACAGGCGGGAGGCGGAACCAAGUUGUCCAUAGUAUAUACAGUCUAUGGGCAAGACACACCAGCCAGUGCUGAUUUGGGUUGCUAUUUCAGAUUUAGUCUUAGUGUCCAUCUUCAGACCAAAACGUCUUUCACUUUUAGACAAUUUUACUCAUAUACGACCAACUGUUGAUAACAAGUCAGAACAUUUAGUCAAAUUGUAAAUCUUUAAUAACACACAGCUGGGAAAGUUGGUUAAGAGGAGGAAGGUGUAAAGAGAAAAAGAUUAUCAUGAUGCGGUUGUUGCAGACAAGGGGCAAAAGUAAUACUGUGCCCUUUAACUAACUAACUCGGUCUGUUACAGGAAUCACUGCUCGUAUUUUAGGUGACGGAUCAGAUCUGCAGUUAGGGGAAAUAUGUUGGAUUUCAAAUGUCUGACAUUUCUCUGAGUUUUUGUUAUCAGUGAUGUAUUUUGGCUCAUCAUCGUCUCAUCUUCUUGGAAAAAGGGUUGUUUAUGAACAUUUAUAGUCAUAAUUUGUGUUAACAAAAGUAACAUUGACUCCAACUGUUGUGUUGCUAGUAUAGUAGUGAUUGCUAGUAUUAAUAGUGAUUCCAAUUUGUCUUUAUCUAUUUUUUUAUUCACAAAGUACCAUAAAACUGCAGGGUUUUUUUUAUUAUCAUUUGAAUUUUUUUACUCUUGUUCGGCUUCAUCUUCAAGUUGGGGUAGGCAGGGUCAGUUUUUGGGAGAAAUCUUGAAUGUAAACACUACCCCUCUCAACCAGUUUUCCCCUCAGCUCCUCUCCCUCCCUCUCUGCUCCAGAAAGCCCCGCCCACAAACAUACACUCCUGCUCGCCCGUAUCGUUUCAAUAAAAUUCAGAUAUAAUGCAGAUAAAUACUUUAAAUAAUUACAAAUGGAGCCCAGUCAACGUGAAAUUAAAAUGCAUUGGUGCUACUGUAGAUGCCAACAGACUACCAGCAAACACAAUGUUUGCAGGACCUCUAAAACUAGCAUAAAGUGACAUAAUCCAGGACCCGAGGUAAACAGUUUAGUGGUGCUACAACACGCAGCAGGUCCCGUUUGACAAGAAACACUUCUGUUACAGAUGCUUGGCUUACUUUGUUAAAGUAGUUUACCUGUCCAGCAGAAAGGUUACAGAGUCCGUAAGAUCCCGAAGCAUCCCAAUCGUUAAUGAUUCAUGAAGUUGACCCAGCUUUUUAGCUCUUGUCAAGUCUUCCUCCUUUUUAAGCGCCCGUUAUUCCACCAGAGUCUCCGGUAUUUACUUCAUUUUCUUGCUUGCGUUGGCAGUCGUGGCCAAAGGAGGAUUCAGACAGUUUUCUGUACUUUCUGGUUGGUUUCUACUGUCCGAUAUUGUAGCAUGCUAACUUUGUUUGGACUUGUGAACAACACAGGAGAGCAGCGUCUGCCUCACAACCAAUCAGCGCUAAGGAGCAGCGUCUUUUAUGUUAUGUUAUGUCUGUGUGUGUGACUACACAGGCAUAACAAAACAUCAGCUAUUGACUGAUAUUAAAAGCUUUUUUGUAUAUACACCACAAAAAAAAAAAAAAAAAAAAAAAAGAUCUUCUUUAACAGAAUCCUGCCUACCACACCUUUAACACCGGCCUUUUUUUUUCUUUUUCUUCUUUUUCUGGCUGAUUUUUACCCUGCAACAGCAUUGUAAGUAACAUCAGAAAAAAAAAAAUCUCAUUUUUCAAAGAUGCUCAGGUUGUGUUUUUUAAGUUAUAAAGUGACUUCAGAAUUGAUUUUGGUCUGUUAAAAAAAGGUGAAAAACUCUUGACAGUGGCUUUAAAGGGUCUGUCCAAAGUCCCGAUGUGUUUUUGUGCUGAUGAUGACAGAUUUCAAUGAGUCUUUUAUUGUAAUACCACAAAUUGGUCUGUUUUAUGCGAAACAUCAUUUAAUGAAUUUUCGUACCAUUUUGUCAGUAAUUAAUUUUUCUACUUUGGUCUCUGGUCUUUAUGUGUAACAAACAGUGUUUGUAAGCCUGUCAGGCUGGGUUCAUUGUCAAUGCAUGAUACAAUAAUGAAAACUCUAUGGAAACAGAUUUACCCUGAGUGUCUAUCUAUUAAUUUAAACUUUUGACUAUCAUAAUGCUAAUGAGGGUGGAAAUAAGAUAAAAACAUAUUAUUAUCACCGAAAUAAGUCUAUGUAAAAGAUCGUAUUUGAGGUCAAGUGUUUAGUAAGUCUCAUAGUGAGGGAUAAAAAGUGCUCUCUCCUUCCUCUGUCUCCUCUCUGAUUAAAGUCCUUCUGUGGAUUUUGAGAUGAGUUUCUUUGCCCCUCUUCAACCCUCCAUCUCUCACUCCACCCCAUCGGACCUUUACUCUUUCAAUCCCCCUCUUCACCCUGUCUGACCUGCACUUCGUUUUGUCACUCUUGCAUCCAACUUCGAGACUCUUCUCACUUUGGGGAAAACUCAAACGCCCUUUAGCAGCAAAAGUCAAAGACCUUUAUGUCUGAACACAGUGACAGGGGAUUGCUCUUUCAUUGAAACCUCAUUUUUCUUUCUUUCUUCUUUCUCUCUUUUCUCUGUUGCCCCCCAGGUGAGCGGGAUUAAUGCAUCGAUGAGCAGGAAACGUGAGCAGCGUGUGUUGUUCAUGGUGGUGAUUAUGGUGAUCUGCUAUUUGUUGUGCUGGCUGCCAUAUGGCAUCAUGGCCCUGCUCGCCACCUUCGGGCCGCCAGAUCUGGUCACGCCCGAGGCCAGCAUCAUCCCCUCUGUGCUGGCCAAGACGAGCACGGUCAUCAACCCCGUCAUCUAUGUCUUCAUGAAUAAACAGGUGAGAGAGGGAGGCGAGGGAGGGGAGUCUAUGCCUGAGGUCAUCCCCUUGUUAUCUUUCACUGUCACGGAGCAGAGGGCUGAGGUCGUCUCGCCUUCUGAGGCCGAUUGUCUGGAUUGUUUUCACGCUGGUUUGAUAUUAUGGAAAUGAGUCAUUGUUUGUAUUCCUAUCGGAUGUUAUCAGGGCGCCUUCUUGACACUGACUAAUCUAAAUUAUGUACUUAAUAGCUGCUUCUUCCACAUCUGAAUGCAGGUAUUUCUUUGCAUUUGGAGAAAAAAAGGCACAACCUUUCUCUUUAGCUUCACACUGAGACUAUAAUACAUCGCUCUUGGAGUGAUGGGUUUUCUGAAUAUGCCAAGAGUAUCAAAAACAUCACAGAAUCCCAUAAUAGGCAGUCUGAUUACACAAAUUCAAUAAGGAAGGACAACCUGAGUCCACCCUCACUCCAUCUUGUUGAUGUCAGUGUGUGGGUGCAUAUCAGGCCAUGUUCAACAAAUCUAAUAUUUUCUCUAAUCUCCUGACUCAGGCUGUUCAUGUGAUUUUGACUAAUUCCUGGUGCUUGAACUGGCUUUUCAAACCAGAGGAGAUGUAUGCGAUGUCCUGAAGGCACCCAUGGCCUGAAGUGUUAUAAUUAAACUAGCAGACGGUCCUAAAUGACCUUGGUCUGUGUCCACUUUAGAAAAUAUGAUGAAUCACUUUGAGAGUAAUUAUCUUUAAUUGAGAGGUCCUAUUCAGAGAUUGUUGUUGUGUCCAGGGACAAUUAUCAGGCUUAUUCACCCAACUAGUUUGUUAUCCUUCAUUAAAAUAUCCUGUGAGGACAUUAAAAAAACAGACACAAUGAGUCCAUGAUGCAUGCAUAAUUAUAUUUCACAUCUCAUAAACUUCUAUCAAUGUUAUUUCUGUCAUUUUCAACAUGAUUUGUGUUUGUCAGAUUCCUUUAUGUGUAAAGAGUAGACAUGCAUCAAAACAUUUGACCUGCCUUUUUUGCUCAUGAUAACAAAUAGUUUCAGUGCUUGAGCUGUUUUUCCCUUUACACAGAUAAAUUUAUCUCAUUAUGUAGAGUAUAAUGUAGAAAGCCAGAGGUUUUUCAUUAAGCAGGGGAGACGUACAGGAUGGCAUAAAGUUUUAAUGCAAGAUGAUUAAAAACAGAUAAAGCCCAAAACAGUCCCCUAGAUUUCAUUGCAACUGUAUCCUUAUUAGCCAUCAUGUAGGUUAAAUUCACUUUAAAUCUAACAUUUUUAUUCAAACCUUCUAGUUGGAAGCCUCUGGGCCAAAUCCAGCCUGCAGGCAACUUCCAAGUGGCCCAGGCCUGACCAGCAUACAUGGAUCCACUGUGUGAAAAAAAUGAUUUAACUGCACAUUCAGUGUGCAAAAAACUAGAUGUGAGUGAGCUAUCUUAGCUCAUUUCUGUCUCUGUUAAGAGUUACACAUGUAAAAUAUUAGCCAGAAAGGAGGUUCAUCAAAGUACAUGUAUUCAAAAUAUUCAGACUACACUUUGUACCCUGGCUUCAAAAAUUGUCGUUCACUCUUAAAUGAAAAAUAAAUGACAAAAAAAAAACAGCAGAUUAAUCCUGUCCGGGUUUUCCUGGCAGCUCCAAACACAAAACCAACAUGCUGUAUUAGUAACAAUAAACAAACAUAACAUUUAUAGAGACGCCUUUACAAUGGCAAAAAUUAUUUUAAGUGCUGCUGAAAAAUUCUUAGAUUCUUGAAGCCCCCAUUAGGGAACCUUAUGCCUUUGGCGUGGCAUAUUUCUCAGACUAUUCCAAAUUAUUGAUCAUUUUAACUAAUAAAACCUGAAACAGUAUUUAAGACUUUGGCAUAAAACAAAACUUCUUAUCUGAUUUGAAAGGUUCAUGUGAAUUAGUGAAUGACUGGUCCAACUGACAGAGAUCACAUGAUCUGGACCUGCACAGUCCUUAAUUUUGCUCGGGAAAUAGAGACACACAACAGCAUCUUUUGUGGUAGUUAGAUCAAUCAGAGCACAAUCAGGAGAGAGGAUUUAAAGCUCCAGUGAGGAUUUUUUGGAUGUUUAAGACAGAGGCUUAUGAUAUUAACAUGCCUCUACCACAUAUCAAAGCAGAACAAAACAUCAGGAAAGAGUGAGUAUUUCUAUACUUAUUUUCAUGUUGUGGCAGGAUGUGUGUCAGAAAAAGUUCAGUUUCCAUUUUAAGUUUUAUGUAGUAAAGGUCAGCAGGGACAAUUUUUCCAUGGCGGGCGCCAAAACUACCAAAACUAGGAGUUAAUCACAGAAGUUUUAAAACACUGAAUAACCACUAUACAGUACGAGCCAAGGAAAAACUGGAUGCAUCCAAAUGGAAUCUUUUACAAGUUUUCAGAGACUUUGGAUUUUUACUCUUCAACUCAGCAGAGGAAGAAAUGCUGCAACACUUGUGGCUGUCCAUCCACAUGCAAGAGGGAACACAGACAAACUUUUGGCCCUCAGAUACCAAACUUGACAGCGUUAGCCAUGCUUGUGCUUUUUGGCUGGAGGGCCAGAGAGACAGGAGACAGGAUGAAAGUCAACAGGCCGUCAGGGCUGGGAAGUGAGCUCCAACAUCAGACAUGUUACAUCAGUCAUUCCGCGUGUUGUGCCUCUGUUGCGCCAACAUGUGGGCAACCAUGUCUGAUUAUGGACCAGCUUUACAUACACACUAAAUUAUGGAUUAAAUAUGGGGGGACACAUGGCCCUCAACUCCAAAUAAUUAAUCACAGUGGACCUUACAGAAGUGUCAGAUUUAAUAAUUAAAUAAUUAAAUAAUUAAUCACAGUGGACCUUACAGAAGUGUCAGAUUUAUCAUGCAACGCUCAUAUGUCAGUGUCUAUUUUUUAUUUUUAUUUUUUUUAUUUUUUAUUGAACCGACAGACCCACAAUGUAAACAACAUGUUUUUGUUGUCAGCUUGUGUCUUUUGACUCAAAGUUUCAGGUUUAACCCCGACAGAGCUCAAAGUCAAAAGCCACACUUGAAAUAGAUGUGAGAUGCUCUUUCCUGAAAAUUGAAUUAGGCUAUUUCCAGCUCAGGCCUUUGGUGAAUUUAAAUCAGGUUUAAUGAGACACAUCGCCUCACCACUCGGAGUGCUGGUGUAGUUUUUGACCCUAAAGGAUAUGUUCAGAAGGCAGGUAUUGUUUAAUGGAUAAUUCAAGUUCCUUUUAUCACGGCUUUUCCGCCUGGUGCCUUUAUAUCACAGUGAAGGACUGCAUUUAAAUCACUUUGUCAACUUCAAAACUGUAACAUGCUGUUUUCUCCAGGCGCAGCUACCACGGUACUCAAAGAGAUUCUUUGAUAAAUGUUUGUUGAUGGAUUUCACCUUUAAACUGUCACUAAAAUCAAGCUUUAACUUCUCAUUGAGUUUUUAGCAUUGCUAUUCACAGAGGCAUGCUUACUUGCUGUCAUAGAGUCAUCUUCUACUUGAGCUUCUCAAGACUGAAUCUAGAUGUUUGUUGCAUAAUUUCUUUUUUGUUCCUUAACCUAAAAACUGCCUUACAGUUUAAAUAAACAACUUUUGGGGAAAUACAGUUACUCUGGUGUAAAGGUUGUAACAGUCCAAACUGGUGUUUUCGGCUGCAAUUAUGGUCCUAAAAAGACUGUAUCAAAGAGACCAACAGACACAAAGGUUGGCAGAGUGAGGGGAGUAAAGGGUUCAGGUUUGGAUUUUAAUUAUUUAAAAUGUAGGUAACAUACAAAAAAAUGAUGAGUAAAACUGAGUUUGUCAAUAUAAACUGCAACAAUAAGCAUGUAUUUGAGAUCGGUAAACUGAAACACAAAAAUGUUUGAUGGUUACAAUUUCUUUGAUGACUUGACCUCAGUGAACAUGGAGCCAACAUCUCAAAGUUAUUCAGUCAUCAUCUUUGGUGUGUAAUAAAAUGAGAAUAGAACUCAUAUAUAGCUCCCAGAAAAAGCAAUUUAAAACUUUUUGCUUGUAAAGAGAUCCCAGACAAAAGUCUCAAAUAUGACGUGUGUUGCCAUGAUUGUUACAUAUAUGGCAAAUACAGUACAUGCAUACAUUCCCAGGAUAUAUGAGAAUGUCGGUUUAGAAGAAAUAGCAACAUAAAAUUUUCAUAUUUACAUACAUGUACUACAUUUACUAUGAAUCAUACAUAUAUAUAUAUAUAUAUAUAUAUAUAUAUAUAUAUAUACAAAACAAUUUAUACAGUUUAAUUUUUGCUUUAUUCAAGUAAGAUAAAUGAUUGUCCCACUAUAUUCGUAAGUUUUCAAAAAAAUCUUCUAGUUCAUGAGUUGUGAUGUGUCCUAUGAAAUUUUCAGAAAUGGCAGUACCCAAGGAAACAUACAAAGCAUUGUCACUAACAGGGUCUGUAUUUGAGAGCAAAGCUGGCUAACGUGAGUAGGGGGGGCGGAGUUUGUACUUCAAAGUGUGAUUGACCUUAGCUCUGGAAAAAGUCACUAAGGCUCUUUAUUCAGUGUACCUACCCCCUCACAACAGUUACAGAUACAUUGUAGAAACACAUCAUUGUUUUUUUAGAAUGUUUUAUAAGCAUUGAAAAACUCCUUACAGGAGCUUUAAACCUUUGUCUAUGCAAGUUGUCUUAAGGAGAUUUAGAGUCUCGUUUUCAAGAUGAGUGGCAGGCACACAGCACAAAGGACCUAUUGUGGACAAACAAUACACAUUAAAUUACUGACAGAUCAGCUAUACAGAUACGAACAAUAGAGCCAGAAAGAAAUGUAACAAGCGUUGCCCUUAUGCAUAAUAUAACAAUAAAACAACAGGACUAUAGAAAGAAAUAAUUGAGAUGACAAAAAUAUGAAGUAUGAAGGAACUAAAAAUACUGCACUGUAUUAGACGGUGGAAAUUUUGUACUGUGUAUGUACUAUCAGUACUGCUUUGCUUGCAGGAUUUUCUAACAUCCAACUUAAAGAAGACCCCAUUAACAAAUAGCUGCUUUAACUAUGUGAUUUGUUUCUACCUAUAUCUUAAGUUUUCUGCUGACAUACAACUUUUGAGUGUUACUCCAGUUUUAUAGGAGACCAAAGGUGUCAGAGAAAAUAUAUGACCUUUAACAAGAUAUAAAGAACUUCUUAAAACAUGUGAAAUUACAAGAACACCAAAUACAUUAAUGUUGUACUUGGAUGCCUGGAUAUAAUUUCUUUAAGACAUUUAAUGCCUAUCUUUGGAUUCCUGAGUACAUUUUGGACGUAUAUUUAUGUGACUCUUGCCUCAGAUAACGCUUACAAUACUCUCCAUUUGAUACUAUGCAUUUACUCUAAAGAUUUAAGAUGUUUUGUUCCUCUGUAAAACACCCUUUAUUAUCCUGAGAGAAGAUAACUACAAUUCUUCCACUGGAGCAGACGAUAAAAGUACUCUCAAUGCAAUCUUAAUCAUCUCAUACUGUUACAUUAAAGGGAAGCACAAAAUGGUGCGUAAGCUUGGAGAUUUCUUUCUUUCGGUUUCAGCCAGAGAGAUUUUAUGGGCUAAACAGAGAACUAUUCACAGUGCUUAAUACCACAGAGCAUUUCUUAUUGGCAUUCAAAGCCACUCAAGUGUAAUAGUUUGCUUUGAAGUUUAACUUUCUCCACAGAGUAACUGUCAAGAGUUAUUUUUCAUAAGGCUGGAAAUCAACAGGAAAAAAAAAAAAAAAAAAAAAAAAAUUACACCCUGUCAUGUGGAGGCAGCUAAGCCUCCCGUCUGCUCCUCCUCACACUCCUUUCCUGCUCCAGACUUUGCUGGAGCUGACUGACCUUACAGGGACAUUUUAGCCCACACAUCAUCUCCUUCAUGACAGCGUGAGAGCGAAAAAGUGGGAGAGAGGGACACCAAAUGUCCUGUAUGUCUUUUUCAGUCUUCAAUUCCUCCCAGCCCGUUACUAUGGAAACUGUGAGUUGAGGCGAGUUGAAGACUAAAAAUGCUGUACAGAUACAAGUAGCAGCUGGUGUGUGUUUGUCCCAUCAACGAUCAGCAACAUGCACAGACACGAGGCCUGAGGGGGAAGUGACCAACCUGCACAAAAAUACUGAGGACUUAUGGGUAAGUUUACAUUGAUAUCUACCUUAUAUGUCUAUCCUGUGCUGUUAUGUUUGUAUGUAUUAAUGAUGGUUUUGUAAACUAAGAGCAAACUGGGGCUCUGUGUCAAAGAAGAACAAAGUUGACCUGUAAAAUUACAAAUGUUCAAUAAACUAAGAGUUUGUGGCCUUUUCAGUUAAUUUCUGUGUACUCUCACUCACAAAUAUACUGAUCAGAACAAAGACAGUGGUGUGAAUGAAGUUUUUACAGCUUUGUAGAGGUAAAUUCCAUGUGCGACAUACAAAAUUUGAGUUGUGUUGUGAGUAUCAAACAGUUCCUUCAGUACAUAACCCAAAAUCUAUGGAACUACACACAGAUCUGAUACCGGAGACCUAAACAACUGCUGCUUUGUCUGGCUAUAGAUUAUGUUUUGCCAGUGUUGUUUGAAAUAGUCCAUUCAGCCUCAUGCCAAGAGUUUGUCCUUGGAGCUGCAUUAUUUCAAAGGUUCUUAUACAAUGACCGAUAAAACACAUAUGUAAAAACACUGAAAAAAGCAGGAGCAUAUUCAAAAUCUGUUCCUCUUUGAGGAUUUUUGGUGUUAAGUAUUUCGUGUCUUUAUUUUGCAAUCAAAAAGUGAGAGAAACUGUCCUGCUGCAAAAAAGAAACAGAUUUUAUUUUGCAGAGUUGUCUACUGGUAAUGCAACAGCAACACCAACAGCGUACAACCUAUCGGCUGUCACUUCCAUCUACACUGGCCAAGCCAAAGGCACGUUGCAUACUUUACAAUCCCAUCCAAAACUGUUAUUCUGCUUCCAAAGGUUUUGCUUUUUUAUUUUUAACGAAACCCUUAUUUCAUACCUAACUGUAACAAAUGCAAAAAGCAGGAUGCUAUGAUAUAAUAACAUAUGACACUACAAUUAAAUUAACUAACUACAUUAACUACAAUUAAUAUGAUACAAUGCAGUACUGUCCAGUGUGACACACUAUGAUGGAUAUGAUAUGACAGUAUACUGUAUAAUAGAAGAUGAUAUGAUAUGAUUCAGUACUAUACCAUCCAGUAUGACAUGAUAUGAUACAAAAGGAUAUAUAUGGAAUAUCAUAUUAGACAAUAGGAUGCUAUAUGAUGCAUUAUUAAAGGAAUAUUAUGCAUUGUGAUAUAUGAUGAUACAAUAUGAUAUAGUAUAAUGCAAUAUAAUACAUUAUUAUGCAAUACCAUACAAUAUUAUACAACACAAUACAAUACUAUGAAAUAUGAUAUAAUAUGACACUAAAUGAUUCUUGAGAUGAGAUACGUUAUAACAGGUAUAAAAAACAAACAAACAAACAAAAAAAACAAUAGCAAUGGUCACAUUAAAUAAAGACACUAAAAAAACAACAAUAUCUGCAUUAGAGAAACAAACACUAAAGGAAACCACAAACAGCAUGAAUAACUAUAGAAAAGUUUGCUGUACAGCCAGUUUGGCUCAUAAACCUGUUCCAGAAAAGCAAUUUAAAAAGUUUUCCCCUUAAUGUGUUUUGUUUGAUUUAAUAAAGAUAAAAUGACCUCUUUUUGAAAGGUGAACCAAACUCUUAUUUUCAACCAAAACUUUGAGAUAAUCACACAUUAUGUUUAUUUGAAAUAAAAUUAAGAUCGCAGCCUUGCUCAUUCUAAUGAUUUAUUUUGGUUGUUCAGUGGAAAGUUUUGCUUUCAGACUUAUUUUAUUUUAUUGCAUAAAAAAUACACUAACAGUUCCAUACUUGGUGAAUACAAGGGAGAGAGAGAUGAAAUGAAAACCUUUCCCAUUCAGAAUAGUUUUUUAUUACCAGAAAUAUCAGUUUAUGUUCUUUACAGCCACUGACUGUCGAGCUUUGGAAACAAAAGCAAAUACCUAAAGAAAAUGUAUGACAUCAAUUUUUUUUUAAGAAGCAACAGAUUUUUUUGUUUUCUCCUAAAGGUUUAGACGACACAAUUUAGGCACCUUUCAGACCUGACACAUAAGCUACGCUAACCAUACAGAUUUAUUUCACUCUCCGAAGGUAAAAACACCUACAAGCACCCCUAAAAGUUACCAAUUUACAUGUUAAAGGUUAUUUGUAUAAUCUGCCUGAACUAUAAGUGUAAAAUGCCAUUUUGAAAUAUUACAGCAGGGUAUGUAUGAAACUGUUUCUUAGCCUAAGAUAAUGAUUUCCAUUUUUAUCUGCAAAACUAGCCCCACCAGCUUGAUCUUUGAGUUUAGUGGACAGAUAUAAGAUCAGUAUCAACGUUGUCAUCCAGCUACAUUCAAUUAAAGAACUAACACAUUUUACAAAAGUACAAAAUGCGUAAACUAUUCCCCAAAACUGACUUAAAAAACAGUCAAAAUUCACUCAAGUAUCUUCUAGUAAAGGGUAUUCUUUAGCCAUGGCAAACUUUAUUCAGACACUAGCAGACCUGUAGCUACUGCACACUCCAGCUGCAUCACCUCUAGUUUAAUAACUUGCUGCCAAGAGGAGCAGUCUCAUAAAUAACAUGUCAAAAAUAAAUCAGACAGGUGGUGUACAGUGACUUUUUCUCGUUUCAUUACAGGGAAUAUCUUAAUCAUGACUGACAGUUUGACAGGCUGUCUGAUUGUAUGAAUGAUCUACUACAUCACUGUUCAAAUAAUUAGGUUUGCUGAAGUUUAUUACAAAUGAGUGUUCCCAUUUACUUCUGACGUCCUAUUUUAUUAGGUUUAUGUCAGAGUUUAUUAGUUAGAGCUUCAGGCUGUCAGCUUUGUGAUGUAUAAAUACAACCUGGUUUCAUUAGGGGCACCUUAUCUGAUAUUUAUCCUGAAUGAACAUCACAAGAAUGUUUAUUAAAAUAAAACUAGCUUUCACUAUGUAAUUGUUACAGCAAUCUUAAUGUGGGUUUCUUGUUUUUGCCUUCCCUGUAUUGAUGGCCCUGUGACGUUCUCACAAUCUGUCUGAGAAGACACAAUGAUUUUAAAAUAACAUUUUCCUCCAUUGUGGUAUUUACUGAGUGGGGUUUGGCUUCAGAAAAGUGAGCAGGGAAAGUCACACCUUGUUGUUAGUAAAUACUCUUGGGGAAUUGUGAAGACUUCCAAUGACAGAUGAUAUAACCCAUUCAGUAAGUUCAAGGGGUUUUCUGGGGUCUCUAUUUGUUAGGGUGUGCCUAGAUAACCUUAGAGCGAGUAGAGGUAGAUCCAUUUUUAUGCAAGGGGGUAGCAGCUCUACUUAGACUUACCUGCAAAUGUUCAAACUCCUUUAUUACUCAGAGGCCAGAUGGACUUUUCACUGCUCAUGUAAAUUUGAGGUUUAAACAAACAGUCAGGGUCUCGUUUCUAGCUCCUCGGAGUAAGUUGUUCCAUAGUUUGACGCCAGAAUAGUGAGACAUCUCAUUCUACAGUAUUUUCUGUAAAUGGCAUUGAUCAAUCCACUGUGACUGCCAAGACAAGCCAACAAUAUCCUCAGUGGGAAUCCCAUUAUUGUGUGGCUGGGUCUUUGUGUAGGUGUUUAAGCCAGUCCAGCAUCACCUUAGAGAUAAUGUAUGGUUAAAGGGUGAUGAUGGGAAAUAGCACCCAGACAGGAAACCUGCUCAAACGGUUUAUUUACACAGCUGUAAAGAGUGGACCAUCAGAUUCAAUGGUUGGUAACAAUCAUCCUGAUCAGCCCGCUCCUCUUUUCUCUUUUUUUUCAAUGGUUCUUUUGAUGUUGGCAAAGAUUGAUUAAAUUAAAUUAGAUUAAAUUGUGCCUAAAUUCCUUUCCAUGGAUUUAUUUAUUAUGAAAUAGAUGUAGUUGCCUCUGCCAUCACUCUUGGUGUUCAGAGUGACUCUUAAGUUUUUAUCAAUUAGAAUCCAGUACUUUACACAGCCAGAUAAUAAAUCUAAAAGCAGGGUAUCAUGAAGUUCUGGUUCUUCAUUAGUUUCUAUAAUCCGUUUUCACUGAAGGAGUUUUCAUGAACGGCUGUCUGUGCAAGGCAAUGAAGCAGGGUUAUGAAAAAUGAAUUGGCCUCAGGACUAAAAUCCUCCCUAACAAGAACUCAUAACAAAGUUACACCCUGUCUUAUAAACUUCUGUUCCAUUUUAUUCAAAAUUCAGAACUGAUCAAGCUUAAAAUUACAUGAAAUAUUAAGGUUAUAAAAAGAUUAGUCAGCUCUUGUGAGAGACCUUGGCAGGCAAAGUAACUGUUGUUGUUUAUCGGACACAGGAACAACAUUGAAGGCUCCCUUUGUAGCCUCUACAUAACUAAACCUUAUUACUGGUUGUUUGCUGCAUGUAAGUCUGGUGUCUUGGUCAGGGUGGUGAUAGGAAGCAGUGACCAAAACUCAGGUGUUGGGCAUCUGAGGCAUUUUUUUUUUAUAUAUAUAUAUAUAUAUAUAAAGUUUUGCCCUUGUUGGGUUUCAGUCCUUAAACUAAUGCAAAGAAGAAACUGGAUUUAUUUGCUAAAAACAAGUUUGAUCUUUAAGACUGAUCAGUGAGAAAGUAUGAAGGCAGUGUCUUCCCCAAUCUCAGGGAUGAUAUGUUGCAGUAAAUCUAGGCUGUGAGACUGAUAGUAUAAGAAAUUGAAUGGUACACACAAGAUAAACACACCCCAAGCCUUUUCCUGAAUUGAGAGCGUGCCGGGAAAUCCCAAGAGGAGAUCAGCCCAUUGUCAUUCUGUUCACAUUUUCCCAAGUGGCACUCAUUAUUUUUCCUGCUAUGGCUCUCAGAUCAUUUCAUUUUGCUUGAUUUCUGUAGUCUGCACAGCACCUUACAGCAGAUGGGAGUUUACUGGAUCACAUUAAGUCACAGGGUCAUGGGAUGAAGUCCUGGGUUAACUGCAUUUAAUGCUUCCUGACACUGACCCUUUUCAUUUAGAUCAAAUAAACUGCAUUUAUGUUCUUAAGUGAACUCUGAUGAGAAGUCUCCUCAUAUACAGUCUAGUUGAAUCAUACCGCUCUGAACAAACAUCACAUACCAAAGAAAAAUAAUACAAUGGCAGUAAUAACUUUAUUUAUUUAACACCUUUAAGAAAGUUAACAAAGUGCUUUGGCUGACAAAACAGAGUAAAAAAAUCAUAACAGGAGAGGAAAAAAAGACCAUAAAAUCAUAGCAAAUACAAGGACAAACAAAACAGGAAAACAAGAUUUUAGAGACAUUAAAGAUUCCCAAAGGAGGGAAAUGAAGGAAAAAGGAAGCAAGUCAGUUUUCAGAAAUGAUUUAGAAGAUGUCACUGUUUCUGCAAAUAGAUAAAACACCGGUUGUGUAUUGAGUCACUCAGCUAAAGCAAUGACAGAUUCUUACAAGAAGACCUUGUUACAUUGGUCCUUGUGAACAUGAACGAUCAAACAUGUCAAUGGUCUUAUUCAUCCAUACAGGGUCAGUCACAAUCAGACAAAGGAUGAAAAAAUUGUUCUGCACAUACAAAACAUCUCCACACAGCCAGUUGAGUAUGAUAUAGUGGAUAGAGUGGGUACUAAAAAAGGACUAUCACCUAACAGGAAACUGUAAAACCUAAGCAGAGUAAAGCCAAGGGGGUGCUAAGAGAAAAGCACCAAAUGUUGACUAUGAUUUGACUAUGAUUUGAGCACCUGGGACUAGACUCAAAGAUUGGUGAUUCAACUAUCAUUUCACUGGUUAACCUCUAAUUAGGUGGCUAUACAUCCUCUUUUACCCGGACAUAUCCUCUUUUUGGGGGGCUGUCUGGGGGAGUUUAUAAAAUCCUUCAAAUGUCUGGGGUUUUGUACAGAAGUUUUGAGUUUGUGUCGUGUAAAAAACACUCGACCCCACCCGAAAAACUCUCAAAAUAUACUACGCGUGGCUCUGCCCUGCGUAGCAGAGUCCUCUUUUUGGGAGGAUUCAGAAUAUGGUCACCCUACCUCUAAAAUCAAAACUCUAUAUGUUUAAAUCUGAUAAGUACAAUGGCAACCAAACAAACCUAAUGAGACCGUGUAGUGAAACCUGUGCUUUGAUGCUACCAUUAGCACCAGCAAACCAAGCAGAUUCAAACAGAUAACACUUUCAUCCACAAUUAGGCUAUAUAUAAUCAGGCUUUGAUAGAAUCACAACAACUUUAGCCUCUUUUAUUGUAAAUGUUUAAAACCACCAGUGAUCAUUUUUAGUGAAAUUCAAUGAUCAGUAUGUAUCCAGUUACACCCUAAUUUUAUGUAUCAUUCCUAAAUCAGAUCACAGAUUUGUUUUUGAUUUUCUUUGUCAGUGAGAGAUUCUCAUGACUUGUAAUUGUCUGGGACUAUGCCUGCUGUUUGACCCUCAGGUUUGCUCAGUUUGUUGAAGAAACCAUCCAGAACUUUAUCAGUGCAAGAGUGUGACAGGACCCUUCCUGACUCAACUCAACCUUCCCUCAAAUAUGCUGUCAGUGCACUCGCUCUUUCAGUCCUCUGCCACGCUUUAUCUAUUUUUCUGUCAUUGCCUCCACCUUCCUCAGUAACUUGUUUGCACUAACUUCAACCUCCAUCUGUUAUAUUUUCUUCCCAUUCCUCUCUCUUUCCUCACCGUGCAACUCUUCAGUGUGUUGUUUGGACAGCUGAUGGAUCCAAAGCUCAGAGAGGUGCUGAACAUCCUGCCUCUUUACAUACCCCUGCUAGCCUUCACUCACUGAUGACCUGAAGGUUAUGAACAGACUGACGUUGGAGACAAAUGCAUUUCAAAGAUACGAUGUGAGCAGAAUUUUUGAUGACGUCCCGAGGCGUUUUUCUGUGUGUCUCUUCCUCUCUGCGUGUCUUUAUAUCAAGCUAACAUUUGACAGACAGCGAUGUGCAGGAAGAGUUCAAUGUCAAGUCAAAUGACUGUAAAAGUCUUCCCAGAUAAUUUUCUCGUGUUGACAAAAAUAUCUGGUUUUGUGAUUUAUUUUUAGGCCAGGAAUGAAAUCUAAUAAGCUAAAUUAUUCUGUAUUUCCCUUUUUUAGAUUCACAAAUGUCACAAGAAGACAUGCACCCCCUAAAAACCAUAUUUACUCAGCAAGGGACAUCAUGCUUGAGGUGUAAAGCUCAAAUGUUAUUAAGUCAUACUGCUUGUUCCAAGCUGUGUCUCAUAUCCACACUGAGAAUCUGAGUGUUUCUUAUUUCACUGUUUCCAGCUUGAUAUGUAACUACAACCCCAAUUUUACAAGAAUUGGGGUGCAAUGUAACAUGUGGACAGUUUGAAAAUCAUUUAAAGUCCUUAAACACCAAGUGCGAGUAGAAUCAUUCGCGUGAAUGAAUUACAUGUUAACCCUCCUAUUAUCCUCAAAUAUUACAAACACAUUUUACCCUUGGGGAUACUUGCCUCCAAAAAUUGAUUUGCAUAAAAUUGUUGACCAAGUUUUUGUGUCAGGCACUUUCAUAUGUUGAUUACAUACAUAACCCCUUGAUAAUGACAGCAAGAAGUUCAGAGGCAAGCUCCGGUUUAUUCUUACUCACUGUCCCCAACAUCGUAAGCUUCCUUUUGAGCAGUUCCUCACCCAGGGUAUAAGAUGUGAAAAAACGAUUACAUGUAAUAUUAUGCCCAUGCAGUCCUUCAGUCAUAUCAAGCACAACCCUUGUGCCCAUAUUUUUUUAUGGUGCUUUGCCAGGAGAUUUGCCCAUGUAAACCUGCAUAUUCCAGGCAAAGCUGGACUGUGCAUCACAUGCUGCCCAUAUUUUGAUGCCAUAUUUGGCAGGUUUGCUUGGCAUAUACUGGCAGAAUGGACAGUGGUGGUUCUAGACUAAAUUACUCCCCAUGCUAGAUGUUUCUCCUCUGAAGCUGCUCUCUGCCUCCGUCAUUGUUUACUUUACUCACGAAGCACUGAGCAAGAUCCGAGCGCUUUAUUCGCCUAUCAGAGGCAGACGGGUACGGUGAUUUGAUUCACCACGACUCCAGAAAUGAUUAAAAAACUACAAAAUGACGUCUCCGCGCUUCCGGCUUAAGAGUAGCAAUGCGCAGCCGCACUACCGGCUUGGAAAACUGAUAUGCUGACAUGCGUACACAGAGCAGAGCUGUCCCCUGACAGCUCCCCGCCUCGUCUCAUACAGUCUGUCAGCCUCUGUGCAGCACCUUCGCAGCAAGCAGGGGCGCCAAUUUGACAACAAGAGUUAAUAAAAAAAUGCUUUGCAGUUCAGAUUUAUUACUAUUAUCUUUUAUUUUAUUUUUUUGAAAGUGCUCGUGCCGCCCCCCAUGAGUCAUGACACAAAUGCCGCCCUGGGCGGCUGCCCUGUUCGCCCGUGCCUAGAACCACUACUGAGAAUGGACAGCGCCCACAAAACGCAACCAAACACUCAUCUAUAGUCACAUAGGGGCCUGGAUUGUAAAGCAGGGGUAAACGUGGCACCCAGCUGUCUUACACAUCCCUUAUUGCUGCAAGUCCGGCCCUGCCUUGUUUGUUUGUCAUCAAAAUGUAUGACAUGGGACAAAACUUGGAAUGUCUUCAGAGACAUGGUGGCUGGAAAUAUUGCCCUUCUAGUCUCAGCGUUCCAAAGACUUGCUGUUGCCACACCUUUAGAUUUAUAGACUCCUGCCAAAAUGAGCAAGCCAAUGUAGGCCUCCAAGUCAACUACAUCCAGAUCUUUCCAACUGUCCCAAUACACACGCUUCCCCUCUAAAUUUGUCAUCCCAAGUACAAUAUUUUCAAUUGAUGGUGUUAUGAAGCGCUCUAAUGAUGACUUGAUGUCGUCAACAUGGCUGACUGCAUACCUUGUGGGACCUGGAACUAUUUUGAUAACAUCUGUUGUGCUAAGUCAACCCUGCUGUUUUAGUUGGGAAAGGGACCAUCUUAUCUUUCCAUUUUUGGAAGUGAUUGGUGGUUGAGAGACAACAGGAGGGUCAACACUCUCAUUCUAAUCAGAUGAAAAAGCCUCUAAAUCAGGGUCCUCCUCAACACAAUCCUCUGUCACAGAAACAUUCUCCUUUAUGUCAGUUUCACCAUCAAAGAGCUGUUCCAAAACCUUGUUGAAAUGAAACCUUUUCCCAAAGGACAUUGUCAAUUGAGGGAGCAUGCAGAUUGCAGUAUACACAGAGCACAAUGAGGAAUGAUUUGGGCAGAGGGACACUUUGCAAGCUUUUACAUGCUUUGCCCCUCGCCCCCUUUGUAUGAACUACCAGUGUCCUUGUGGGAAUACCCCACUCUCCACCGCACAGGAAAUAUCAGAGUUCUCGAGGGAGAACCCCCCCCUCACACUUGUAUCACCUCAAAAGUAUCAACUUAAAAAAUCAACUAUAUAUUUUUGGAUGGUAAACACUGAUUGGGGUCAAAUUGACCCCAAGGAUAAUAGGAGGGUCAAGAAAAUGCAAAGACGAGAUUUGACCAUUCUACUACUCUGGCGGCACGAGUGACGAGAAUUGGGCAGAAGCUGAAAAUGUCUCAACUUGAGCGGAUAUUCAUGUCGCGAUAACUUAUCAGCACGAAGGUUGCCGGGUGACGUAUGAAAACAGAGGGUUGUUCACUGGUAUCUAUCAUGGAGGACAAACUGAUUGUGUCGGUGUGCGGGUGCACUGAAUUACAUGAUACCUUUUCGUUCAAUUACCGGAACCGGAUUAAAAAGGAGCUCGCUUGGAGGCAAGUGAGUGAGGAGGUCUGAUUACCUGGUAAAUUGUAAGAACCUUUGUCUAUCACUUGAUUCCGCUGGUUGAAUUGGCAGGGAUUACCAUUGAAAUUACCAUUGACGCGCUACUGCAGUAAGUAAAUACUAUUCAUUCACGCGUCUACAUACGCGCAAAUUAAACAAGUAGAUGAUUUUACUUGCGCUCGGUGUGAGCACCCUAUUACUGUUUUCUUGACAGAAUUUGCUCCUUUAAAGUCUGACCUCAGCAACACGAUUAGAAGAAAAGCGGGUCAGGGACGAUAAAACUGAAUAAGUUUUCUCGUGUAAGAAGAGAAGAAAAUUAAAAAUUAAAAACACCCAAUAAAUGAGGGUAAUUUGCAACAGGUUUUUAACAUGACCAGGUAUAAAAGGGGGAACUUCAUAGUGGCUGGGUCUCUAAGAAUAUUCUAGGAAAAAAGGGAUCAGAAGUAAUCCUCCCCUGGUGACUCUACAUUAAAAGAAAAAGGUACGACUUUUUAAUGGAAAUCACUUCAUAGGUUUAAAAUCACAUAUAAAAACCAUUGUUUAGUAACAGUUUGUUGCUGCAUCCACGAAUGUAAAUUUGUGGAUACUGUUUUUGGAUCUCUUUUCUAACCCAAUGCUGUGAAAGACUUUCAUCAUAUUUUGCACUCAUGAGAAUGUAAAUAACCCUAACUGCACCAUGCAAGGAGGACACCAUGCUUAAACAGGACCAAUUUAGAAACUGAUACACUGAGGUAAAGUGGAAAUGGAAUUGGAGCAACAUAUGCUGCCAUUCAGACAAUGCCUUUAAAGUAACACUGGAGCUCAACAAAACUCUGAUGAACAAGGUACAAUGGGCUAGGUAAUUGCUGGUAAAAAAGGUGAGUUUUAUUCAUAAAUGGGGCAAAAAAAGUCGCUGACAUUAUUGUUUUUGCAGAUGGAAAUGGACAAAAAAUGUGGACAGUAUAGUAUCAAUUAUUGAGUUUCUCUGACUCGUCACUGUCAGAGUCUGUGACAUAUUUUUUUUUCCUGUCUAUCAGUCCUUAUACACUGUCAUAUCUGUCAUAUCUCAUACUGUAUUCUGUGAAGUGUUUUCUUUAGUGCUCUGUUAAAUCAAUGGAAAAAAAAAAAAAACAUACUGUUGCGAUGGAGUGUUGACCAAUCGGAAGCUUAGCACAGCCAUGAAAACACCUUCAUAGGUAUUUUCAUCUUUGAUGAGACUAUGCUGGUUGGAACUGCUGUUACUAAAACAACAAAAAUGUGCCAAUUUACUUUUCAACAUUUAGACCAAAUCUGUAAGUUUUAACGCAGUUUUCUCUGUGUGUGUUGUUGUAAUAUUUUCUGAUCAACCUAUUCACCCAUUUAAUAUGUAAUUUGUCCAGCUCCCUAUGUGUAGGCUUUUUCUGUUCUCAAUUGGAAUACUUGUAAUAAGUGUAUGUUACUGUUUUUGAAUCUCUUUUCUAACCCAAUGCUGUGAAAGACUUUCAUCAUAUUUUGCACUCAUGAGAAAAUGUAGUAGACUAUAAGUAUACCUGAAAUUGAAACAGUAUACUAAGUAUACUACGUUUACUUAAGAGCUGCAUCUCAACUGGAGCUGUGGAAGAAGACCUAAAAUGGUUUUAAUUGUGGUCCAGCACUUGUCAGAGUUGGGAAUAUUUCCAGGUUAAGGUUAGAAAUGUCUAGAAUUUUAAGCACAGCCAAAUACCCUGAAUGCAUUGUUAUGCUCUGAACCUGCAGCCUGGGCCCUCAAUUAUUCAGAAUCUCUCCAUCUGUCCAUCAGCAGAUCCCCGAACUUUGAGCUGGGCAGCACAGGGGCUCUGUUAUGUGCAGAGGUUGGUGUAAAACAGGGAGAUCUUAAUGAAAUCACAAUAAUCCUGAGACUUUCAGGUCUGAGUCUUCAAUUGGAAAGACUUUCCAGGGGUCCAUUCACUAUUUAUUACACCUUGACAGAUAGUGUAUACAUUUCAUUGCAUUUCCUUUGUACCUCAGAGACAGACAGCCCUUUCUCUCUGUUCUGAUCUGUUUCUCAGUACAUUUGAGAAUACAGUAUAUGUGGAGGUGCAGCUUGAGUGAAAUAUCACUCUGAGAGAAAUGGUUGAUGGUAAUACUCAAGUUGUCUGAACAUGAUUUAAAUCAUUGUCAAAUUAAAUCCUGUACAGUAAAAUUUGAAACAAUAAAACCUCCUUUGUGGCUGUUAAUCGUUAUAAUAAACUCUCUUAAUCUCAGUCAAUCUUACUGCUGAGGAGGAGUCACAGUUUAGGAGGUCAUUACAGCUCAUCAUUGAGCUAAUUAAAGUAGUGACACUGACAUCCCAUCAUUUUAUUGAUGGUUCUUGACUCGGAUAACAAGCCACUGAAUCGGAACGGAGCUAAAAGGUCAUUUUCAUUCGUAAAAUCAUACAAUCAUUGAAUUUGGCUGUCUCAUUUCCAAGUUAUGUUUGUUUUUGUCCAGUCUGGAGGUUGGUUUUUUAAAAGAUGGGAAGCUAAACAGAUUCUUUGUGUUAUCAUAAAAGUCAGGUUUCAUUCAAUCCAGUGGUAAAGCUGAUAAAAAUUAUAAGCUACCGUUAGAUAUUACGCUCAUCCUCAUAAAAUGUGUAAAGCUGAUGUGAUCAGAAUUAACUAAGGACCUUGUGUCACAGUCUGCUCCAGCCUUUCCCCAUGGACUCAGUAUUUUUCCACUGCCCUGCUCACACCACACCCACUCCCUGAUUACCACACCCACUCUCAGUCACUGAUCACACACCUGCCUUCACUCAGUAAUCACACACCUGCCCUCACUCACUUAUCAGCGCCCCUGCCUUCUGCUCAGUAUAUAUUCUCCAGCCUCACACUCACUCAGUGCCAGAUUGUUCUUUGCCAUGCGAGACUUUCCGGCGUUCUUCUGUCUGGCUUCCUGAUGCCGACCCUGCCUGUCUAUGACCUGCCUGCUUUGUCUGCCUCCUGGUAAAUUCCCUCAGCCUUUUGUUCCUGACCACGAGUUCUGCCUGUCCCCCUUUGGAUUGUCUGCCUGGUCUGCUUGCCUCCCGGUUUCUGAACUUCUACCUGCCCCGACCAAGCCACCUGCCCAGCCACUGAACUGUCUAUGUGCCAAAUUCCUGACAAUAAAGCUAUCGACUAAACAUCGAUUCUGUGCCUUGUUUGUACUGCAUUUGGGUUCCUACAAUACCCGUUACACCUUGAUAUUUUCUACACAAAAAUACAAACACCCGUAAAUAUUAAAAAAGAUACUUCAAACUUGAUUUGAAAGAAAAAAUGACAUAAUAAAUACAAAAAAACAAACUCAGUAUUUUUACUCCAGUAUUUAGCAGUUUACUUUAAGCUGUACGCCAUAAUUAUCUAAUCUACAAUACAAAAGUGCUGGGUUUUGACACCAAGGUACAAGCAGUAGGUCUUCUAUAAAUCCUGGUUGUUUCAAGGUGGGUCUCUAUAGAUCGGAUUUGGUUGUCCAGCACAUCUCUCAUAUAAGCGACUGGAAUGAAAUAUGGGGAAUUCAGAGAACAAAUCACCACAGUGGUGUUUUCCAAGGUCACCUUUUGCUAGUGCGCCACUGUCCAGUUAGACGCUGCAUGAGCACCCUGACCUGUUUGCAGCUACACAACCUCAUAUGCAACAAGCUGUGAUGCACCGAGGGUUCUGACAGUUCUCUAUUAGAACCAGAGGUAGGCGCUAUAAAUUAAAAAUGUAACUCAAUCAACCAUUGGUCUGUUAGCAAAGGCCUUCAUUUACAGUGAAUCUCCUAACAAAUGGUUCAACAUUUAUGUUAAAACCUGUUGAAACUCUAAACCCCUCUUGCUGUAAAGGUCUUGAUAAUCCAAGUCAAGUAAAAGAUUUAAACCAAACAUAUCCCAUCUACAAAGAUCCAUCCAAAGGUUGCAUGCUCUUGCUCUAGCUGUCUGUGAUCCAUCUUACCAUAAAAGGGCAGGGUUUUGAACCGUCCUCUGCUAAAAACAAACUUAAUGAUACUUUUCGUGAUGGGAAUUUUGGGCUAGUAUAUUGGCAAAAACCUCCCUGGCAUGAGGACAAUAUCAAUGUCUUUAUGAGCUGACUACAAGGCCAGGGUUUUGAACUCUUGUUUCUAGGAAGGUCCUUAAAUGGUUGAGGUUUACCUUGUCAGCUUUCCUUGCUACUCUGAAACUUUACAAAGUUGGAGAUCACAUCCAUAGACUGUAUAUAAGAUGGACAACCUGGUUCCGCCUUCCGCCUGUAUACGGAUUUGAAGCCAAAAAGCUCUUGGUAAUUCUGGGUUUUUCUCCACUUCCUUGAAACCAGAGCUGCGCAGUAGCGAUGUAAUUCCAGGCUGUACAGGGCCUCAUAGUGGCAUUAAGAAAACCAGAGGACGACGCCAACCAUCCACACUUGAUAUGUAAAGCUCACCUAUAGGGUCUAUUUCCACUUCUGUCCUUUUCUACACUCAGUCUGAGUUUUCUGAUUUUCUUGUGGAUUACAGUACAGGACGAGUAUUUCUGAACUCACUGGAUAUCAGCUGACGAAGCUCAAGCCUCCGGGGGGCAUCAGCUUGUAUUUUGGGAUUUGGGUGUAGCUAGUAGAUUUGUAAAUAAUAAAUGAGAUAUCUAAGCCUGGACUUCCUCCUCAAUGUCAUGGUUAUUUUUAACAGGAAGAAUACAUACAUUCUUAGCAUCCUUAAUUACCCAAGAACUUGAGAUGCAAGAGAAGAGUUUCACCUAUCUAUGGUUACAUUAAAAAAAAGAAGAAAAAAAUAGCAUUUUAGCUAAUCUUACAAACAGAUAUCUGCUUUAGAGUGCAGACUCUGGAAAGUGACAUAUGCUUUCUGGUGUUGGAAGUGUUCUGGUUCCUGUUUGGUCCAGGCAGUUUUGUCUGUCUGCAUUUCCCCUAGCACUGGUUGUAUGCAAUAAAACUCUCCAUAUGGUGAUUAAGAGUUGACAAAUGCUAAUUUCAAAAUCCAGUCUUGUUUCACAAGUUAAUAGUUGUAAUGCAUACUGUAGCCCAGGCCAGCUAUCCUUUAUUGCUUACUGCUGUCUGCACCACAUAAGCACAGAAUAGAUGGCCUUCUCUGACAGAGGCUAAUAGGUCCUCAGAUGUUAGUGCCAUUGCAAAUAUUGGAUUGACAUUAUGGUUGAGUGUCAGUACUGUUUGUUAACAUUAAGUGAACAACUAAAGAAUAUACUACAAAUGUGGAGAGUCAAACUAAAUGUUGUUAAUAUGGAUGUGUUGCAAAAUUGACCAUGAGUUGUUAAAGAAAGACAAAACUGUGCAGGAUGAAUCCAGAGAGAGCCAGAACAUCAGUGAGGUCGAGCUAUUAUGCCCAAGAGUGUCAGUCCCAGGUGUGCUGAAUCUGGCUGGUUUCAGCAAUCAUGCUCAUCAGACACCCUUGGGCAUAAGGGAGACACAAUGACUGAUAAGCCAAGUCUGCAGAGGUCAGACAAAGAACGAAACAUUAGCCAAUGGGUUCAGAGAUAGCUGUCUGGCCGGUGUUUUGGCUCACACAUGGACUGUUCUCUUUCAUGCAACCAAAGCCUGUGUGAUUGUGAUUACUUAAUAACACUUUUUAAAAAGGGUAAAAAUCCAAUGGAAACCAACAAACCUGAUAUAACACCGCCCCAAACUAACAGAUUCUGCAUUCAAAGUCAGACGUCUGUUUGUGGAGAUAGCCUGAUGAUGGACAGAUGAUGUCUUCAUGAUCUUUAUGGACACAGAAAUUGUCUCAGGCCAUAAGAGCAGUUACAAUGUUAUUGUUCAAAUCAUGUAUUACACCUACAGCUAUCUAGGCUAUGAAAAAUCUUUGUGAAAAAAUGCAGAGGUGAUUUAGCCAGAGGGCUGCUUCAGUGGAGUAACACAGGGACAAGUAAGGGUUAAGAUGGACCCUUCACUCAUCUCACCUGAAGAGGUUCACAUUCUCAUAACCUUCUGUUCUGAUUUACAUUAAACUGAACAUUUACCCCUGAGGGUAAUGUUAGACAAUGGGAACAGGACUUGUGUGGGAAUAUUUGUGUUGGUAUUUCUGUUCCCAUUUGGCUCUUCUUAUUGGAGCUCAAACACAAGAAAUGCACGUCUUAACACUGUUACUCUUUUAUCACAACCUUAUCACCAUCAGGCAGCUUUUGUUUUAGGUUACUUUGGAGUGAUCCGCAACUUGGAGACCAGGGGCCUCAUGUAUCAAUACUUGCGUGGAACUCAUACCAGAAACGAGCGCACGCAAGGUCCGUCACGCUGAAAAAAAUCUGUAUGUAUCAAUGUGUGCGGGCGCCGAAAUCCACGUGUGUUUCCUUGAUAAAUCCCAAUCAGCGUGGAAUUGAGCGCAGAUGUCAGAGUGACUGGGCCCGUCCCCGUUACGCCCUCCUAUAAAUAUGCAGAUUUAUUUAAAUAGGGUCUCCCUGUCCUCGCACGCAGACAAAAUGACAAGAAAAACUAAAUGUACGGCGUGCGAGGUGGAGGUGCUGGUGGCGGAGGUGGAGGAGCGACAGCGUGUUUUGUUUGGCAGCCUGUCCAGUGGCGUCAGUGCAAAACAAAAACGCUUGGAGUGGGAGAAAGUUUGCGAGAGGGUGAAUGCGGUGGGUUCCGAGACACGCACCCCCGCGGAGAUUGAAAAAAAGUGGUCGGACCUCAAGGUGGAGGUCAAGCGGCGUACAGCUGCCCUCCGGAGGAAUACCGGCCAGACAGGUGGGGGUCCGGGGGAGGAGACCCUCACACCGUUUGAGCAGCGGGUGGUGGCGAUUAUUAUUACAGGGUAAGUGGCGUGUCACACAAAUGUCCACAUGCUUUGUCAUCCCACUGAGCAAAAGACGUAUAUUAGACGUCUAGUCUAAGUUUAUACUUCAUUUCAACGUCGGGAUUCAGUCUAUUUUUAGACGUGAUUUAUACUUCGCCCUUAACUUCAUUUUUCGAUAACUUUUUAUGCAAUAAACAACUGUAAUGUGCAUAACUGACCUCGAAAUCCUGGAUUACAUUACCUAUGAUACCGUGGAGAGAGAUGUAAACGCAACAGAUACACAGAAGCAGGAAUUGAAAUGAACAAAUAUUUUUAUUGUGUCACAGAAAUCAAUAUGUCGGCCGUGUCGCCGGCUUGCGGAACCCCGGCCCGCGGCAGCCCGUCCGCCGGCUCGGAGUCGUCGGCCAGGACCAGCGGCAUUCGGGCCACCCCGAGCGGUGGAGCGUCCACCAGCCGCGGCGCUUCCGCUGGACCACCCGGACGCAGUGGAAGGGUCCUCGCGGAGGGGGUCCUGCAAUCGCAGGAAGAAAUCAUCAGGGGGAUCGCGGGGAUCAACGAGCGGCUGGACCGGCUCGUAAAUGUCCUCGAGCGUCUGGUGGAGAAAAUAAAUUAAUUUGGCUCAUUGAACUGUGUAUUCACUUCUUACCCAUUCACACUGUGGCGAUGAGAUUCUCCCGCGCGAGGACGGCGGCCCGGCAGGGAUCAGCUCGCAUCCCUCCGUCUGCUGCUGGUUCGUCAUGUGGGGCGACGUGCUGCUCGGCCACGGGGAUGUGGUGCACGCUUGUCACAUAGUGAGUCACCAAACACCGCCACACAGCGUCGCCAAAGUGCGAAUCACAGUCAACGCAAGUAUCAGCUCAACGCCAAUUUCUACACCACCUCCUGACUUUGCGUUGAUUAGCACUGGAACCGACGCUCGUUUCGCGAUGAUAAAUCUGGACGUGUGCGCCGAUUUUGGCGUACGCAAGGUUUUCUUGCGCCGCAAGCGUUGAUACAUGAGGCCCCUGCUCUGCUGUUGUUGCCUGGAUUGCAGGCCAGGAUCUUGCUCCCAUUUACUCUGUUAUAGAGUAUGCUUAGGGACUAGUGGCUACUCAGACUGCUCUCUCUCAUCUAGGUCACAAAUCACAGAUUUGCAUUAGGUCAUAUUUCUCGAUGCUGGGCUGAUAUACCUUAAUAGUGUAAUUUGGGGUUUGUCUUAACCCACUGUUCUGGGCAGGCUUUGUAGUUUGCAUCCCAUGCUGUGACCUGGAAGCCAAAUUGCAUAAAUGGAAUAAAUAAAGGAAGCUGGGUAGCCUAGUGCGCAAACCUCAACAAGAGCAGAUAAAGCAAAGCUAGUAAGGAUUACAAAGUAGUUGUAUUAUACCUGUAAAAAGAGCUUUAAAGUUGUACAUGUUUUCACCAUUCAACACGCGACCAGGUGGUCUGCUCCUUACUUGUUUCCCGAUUGUUUUAGUUCGUGCCAUAGUUGGUCAACCAAGAGACAGUCAGUGGCCCUCAUUUAUCAAUCUUGCAUAGAACUGAGGGCAGGAUUCAUCGUACGAUAGGACACGUGAAAGGGUUUGUAUCUGACCAAUCCCAGCGUACAAAUGAUUGGGUCUUAAUAAAUGCGGUGGCUGAAAUCCAUCUUCAUUUACAUGUCUCGCCCUUGAAUAUUUGCGGUUCAGAAGCCUCGUCCACUGACGUCAAACAUGACAGAGGAGAAAUAUUAGAAAGAUGCAAAACUUUUUCGACCUGAAAGUGGAUAUCCUCAUGUCUGGAAACUAACAAGGAUUUGCUCUUUGGGGGCAUCAAAAACUGGUGUAAAAGAAGUCCAGAAAAACCCUAUCUCGAGCAAGAUUACCAUGGCUGUGAACAGUGCUGCAGCAGAAUAGCGGACAGUAGCAGAAGUUUGAAUAAAUCAUUAGUCAAACUAUUAUUGAAAGUAUUUAGCUUUAACUUUUUGCUCUUUUUGUAAUGUAGAGCGGACUGGAGAGUCUGAGAGAGGCUUAACAAAAAUAAUUAUUGUCAUCGUCUAAGGGUGUGUUGCUGCCCCUGAGGCAUAUUUUUAUGGACUUUUAUUGAAUUUUAUUGAACUGAUUAAAUAGCAAGAGCACUUUCUAAACUUAUACUUUACUUGUCAGAAUCCAUUGAUAAGGUCCUGUCUCCUACGUACAGCACCUUUUGUGCAGUCUCUCCUCAUUAUUGUUCUCCUGGCAUCGGGUCCUUAUGUUGCACCACCACAUCAAACGGCCCUCCAUUUGCCAGUGCAAUGUUGUGCAAAACUGUACUGGCCUAAAUGAUGUGCCACACCUUUUCAGGAGUGUACAACAACAUUCCUGCCGCUGGGCCAAGACAGAGCUACCUGCCUUCCUGCUACCGGCGUGUCUGGGUGUGUGUUAAAACAGCGCUCAAGCUCUCAGGCAUUGUUUGCCAGCAGGGUUAUCAAAUAGGCCUGUUUACUAAGGACAUAACAAUUUUAUUUUAUUUUAUUUAUGUAUUAAUCUUUGAUUAAAUCUGGCUGCUCGUGCUUAAUGACAGGUUUGAGGUUUAAUUAUUUUGAGACAGACAUUUGCUGCACUGCAAAUCUGCACUUACUCAAACUUGUGUACACAAUUUGAGACCAGUCGUGAGAUUUGAUUGUAUCGAACGCUCAUGUCCAAAUUGAUAAAUGCCGAUCCUUGCGUAGAAAUGGUCGUAUUGACAGUUUUCUGCCGUAUGUUCGUUUGAUAAAUGAGAGCAAGUAUGUUUAUGUUUUUCAAUAAAAUGGUUUUAUUGACUAAAACUGGACCUUAAAGAACAAUCAGUCCAACUGGAAUUGCACAAACUUAAACUUCUCAUGGUCUCAUGAGUAACAGUAACUUCUCAUGAGUUACAUACCUGGUUAAUGCAGUUUGGGAUUCAUUUUCUCUGCCAUGCUCUGAGCAGAAAGUUGAAUAGCAUGAUUGCAUUGCCAGGUAGAAAACAAAACCAAGACAGACAAAGAAAGGACGUAAAAAUGAUGGGACAGUAUAAUACUAAAUACCUCAAUUGGUUGAAAGCCUGUAGAUGGUAGUAAUGAGCUGAAAGGAUGCACUACCCACCGUGGCAGAGGUGGACACGCUUCUGUCAAUAAGUUGAUUCUUUUCAGUGUUUCCAAAUUGGGACAGGUACAAUUGUUAACUCAAUUGACUGAACUAUGACUGUAGCUCAUCUUAAAUGGGCAUGUAAACAUACGAGACAAAUAUGACCAAAGUUAUUGUUUCAUUUUUGCUUCCUUUGGUGUCGCUGCCUUUUUUGCCAUUGAGUGAAGUAGACAGAAGUCCAGAGUAUUAACCGUAUUUUUUAUUCAUUUUUUUCUGUUGUUUUUUCAAUGUAUCAUGUUUUUUUUUUUUUUUUGCCUUUAUCCAGCUCUGACUUGUCCUGUAAAAACUUUCCAACCAAUAAAACCAAAACAUCGACAACACAAAUGUUAAACGUUAAAUAAUCUCUAUCAGUAUCAUUAAGAUGAUGUAGAUUUUAGAUAACCAAAGGUUAAAUACAAGACUUGUAGCUCCUCACUGAUCAUGAAAAAGACUGGAUUAAAAAAUAAUAAUAAUAAAUACACCUCUUCAUGACCUCCAAAAGUGAAUUAGACCAUUCAAUUUGGAUUAUUUAUUUAUAAAUUGUGGAGUCUGAAACUGCUAUCAGUGGGUAGAGGUCAGUUAAAAUCUUUGGCUAUAAACCUGAGAAACAGCACUAUUGAACACUUUAUAUGAUGAGUUACAUAUUUAAGUAUUAAAAUGUCACAAUCCCACCUCCGUGAGUGUUGUUUCUGUUAAUUGUAUCAAGCUUAGGUAGUUUUUUAGUUUGCCUGUGUAUUUUGUGUUUCCCCCUCCCCCAGUGAACACAAAGGCAGCACAACUGUGUGGCCACUAAUCAUGGAGCACCUGCUGAGUGCAGCUGAUGCAGAUCAGUAAUCAGCAGGUUAUAUAGGUGGGAAGCUGGCAGCAGCAUGUUGCCAGAACAUCAUUGUUCUUUGUCCUGUGAAGAAGUCCCUGUUUUUAUCCUUAGCCUGACCUGUGAAUUAGAUUUAGAGACAUUCAUUCUCCCAGCAUUUUAGUUUAGUGUCAUUUUUCUCUCAGAGAGAAUGACUUUGAGUUGUUUAGAGUUUGUGUUUUCAGUCAGUUUUGAACUUAGUUGUGUUUGUUUGCAAGUCUGCUUCCAGGUCUUCCAGGCAUCAUUAAGGGCGGACAGCAGUUUGAGAACAUUCAGCAAUUAUAUUUGUAGCGAUUUGAAUUCAAAAUAAAUGUCCUAAAAUAAUAGAAUAUUAUUUAUGCAAUAGUUCUUCCCCAUGCCCGCCCGUCUGGCAGCGAAUUAAACUUAACUUGAUCUUAAGAGCGAGCUAGAUCUAAUUUACUCACUCACUAUGAUUAAAGCCGUUUAUAAAAUCACAUACGACCACAUUUCACUUCAUUGUUUCUUAUGAGCAGAUGCAUUAGACCAUAAUAUUCAACCAAAAGAAACUUUGAUCAGCCGUUUUCUUGAUAAUCUAUAACCAGAGGAUUAACGACUCUUUGAAAGUUAGAGGGGGACAGAAAAUCAAAUUAUCUAUUCGAACAGAAACACCAUCAAGCAUAAGAAACACAUACGGGAUGAUACUUAACAAUAUAACCUUGUCAAUCGAUACUUCGUAAAUGAUUAACAUAUAUAUUCGGGUGAGGUAGAUAAAACAUAGCAUUUAUACAUUCAAACACUCUUAACUCGAGUAUAAAAGAGUUUCCAGUUACUACUUCUAAAAUUGCUAACCUAUCUUGAGAAUACCAUUUACUAAACUACGAAGUAUAUAAAAGAAAUGCACAUAACUAAAUUCAAUGAAUACAUUUUUGGUUCUGACCAAACCAUAUUCAGACAACACCACUAGGAGGAACUCUUGGUCCAUGGAAAACCUGGAAUAAAUUUGUGAAGUUAACAGUUUGGCUUGUAGACAUGCUAGACAAAUGGGACAAAGACUGUUUCAUUGAUGAUGUGGUGUACAGAUAGAAAAUCAUGGUGAAGUGUCCAUUAACCCUUGUACCUUCUUUCCUCAGAAUCCCUAAUCUGGUAUUAGUGGCACGGAACUGCCACUGUCACUUAGUGGCCUGUAAAAUCAUCUAUAAAUGAAAAGUUGCCCUUUUUUUAUCAUGGCUGUCAUCAGUGACUUCUGCUCUAACCACUCAAAAGAAAAAAUCACUCAGUUUCAAACUUUUAACCCUUUUAAUUUAAGUCUAAACACACCGUAAAAAAUGCUCAAAAUUUUAAAAAGUGGUAAAAAAUAAUAAGAGUAUUGCAAAAUCAAAUUUCUAUGUGCAAGAUUAUCAGAACCUAUGAGUGGUAUAAGUAUGUGUAAAAUUAGUUUUAGUUGCAGUUUCAGUUUUUGUGUCACAGCAGAAAAUUAAAAAAAAACGACUAAUCUGGCAUUAGUGGCACGGAACUGCCACUGUCACUUAGUGGCCUAUUAAAUCAUCUAUAAAUGAAAAGUUGCCCUUUUUUUAUUAUGGCUGUCAUCAGUGACUUCUCAAGAUCAUGCGCGUGCACAAACAUUUGCACACGAACACACACGACCAUGCACACAUGGAAAACACUAACACAUGAAAAAAAAUACAUGCACACCUGAUUUAUUCACUUCUACAGUCCACUUUUGUUUUUUUUGCAAAAAAUGGCCUCUCACUGAAGGCCAAUAACUGAUAUGAAAACAAAUGAAAUUUCAGCAUUCAUGAUUUGAAAAAGUUGGAUUGGAAAUAGACUCAAGAUAAAAUGCAAAAAAAUGGGGGGUAAAAUCUGAUUUGAACUCUUGUGGCAGUAUAUUACAAACAGGUAGCAGAUUUUCCUUCCAAAAGACUGCAUCUAUCAUAGGCUGUAGUUUACGGGUGUGUCAAACUGACCAAAAUGGUAAAAAAAACAAAAAAACACCAGAAUAACAAAUUUGAGACAGUUUCAUGCCCAAAUAAAGUAAAAUGGUAAAAAUAAAAUAAAAAAUUGCUUCCUUUUAUUAGUGAUAAAGUUAUGUGCAUUUUUUGAUUUUUGAAUAUUGUAAUUUUUGCCAAAUUCCCAUAAGGAAUAAUGGGGUUUUGACCACCUGGCUAGAUCAGCCUCUAUUAUUCAUGAAAAAAAAGGUGCACCUUGUGGCUGAAAGUGCACAGUGCCUCUUUAAUGUCUUCUGAAAAGGGGGAAAACAGUCUUUGCUGAAAUUCAUUUUUUCCCACUGAUAUGGGUAUAUGUAAAAGACAAGUGGUUUCCCAUUGGAAUGCAUGGGGCACUUGUGUGGCGCUAAGGCAAGAUUAAGCAUAUUUGAAAAAAAAACACAUAACCAUAGGGUUUUUUUUCUUCAAUUUCACGUAUAUCAUGCCUCAUCACAAAAUACACAUUUUCUAGGAAUUUCUUUGCAAGGGCAUUAAUAGAAAAAAAGUUGUAGCAUCAAAGACAAGGCCUCACCCCUCCAGAAACCUUAAGAAGGUACAAGGGUUAAACCUUUUCCCUAUACUUGUCCUCCACCAUGGCUUUCAAAGCCUAACGGAAACAAGCGAAUGCUGUCAGAUUGGCAAAUAUGAGGAAAUGAGGAAAAAUGCCUCAUGAUCACAUACGCACCUGCCAUGUGGGGAGAACAUAGCCAGGUUUCAAAGCUUGAGCAAGCUUUUAGAACCUUUUGUCCUCCACAAUAGUGAAGGGCUGGGAAUUCUCAACAACCAUGGUGGCCAAGGCCUCAUCCACCUCACUCCUCCCUACUGAAAGAGAAUGCUAUAUUUUGUUAUAGAUGUCAUUAAUUAGCCACAUUUAAUGUACAAGUUAAUUUUGACUAAUAAAAACAAAGCCUACCAUGUUAUUUUAUGUUUGCAUACUGUCAUAUCAUUACCUAAAAUGCCUUACCUGAGCUUGGUCGACCCUGGCUGUCUCCCUGUUCUCAUGCAAGGCCUGAUAAUGCCUCAGCAUAGAUGAGGUGUUGUUGUUGUAUCCCAUUUCCUUGGCACAAAAUAGACACUUCACCUAUUAAAAUGAGAGGACAGACAUACCAGUCACAUGGUACGGCUGACUAACGAGGCUCUGGAUGUCAUCACAUACAUCACCAACACAAGCUUCAAUACCCGCUUCACCAAAGAUUUCCUGCAUUACUCGACACACCCAUCGAGGCCUUGACACUGAAGGAGCCAUCACUAGUAUUCAGAACCAAUUUUGACUCGCACUAUCAAGACUGUCACAGUCAAGAGUGAAAAUAAAAGGACUUAAAGCGCUCAAAUGCAGAACAAAAAAAUAUAUAUACAUUUAAAAAAUAAAUAAAUAAGGAGCAAUAAAAACUUACUUUCAAAAUAGUCCAACCAAAAGAAACCCCAAAGGCAAAAACACAAGGAGCAAAAUCCAAGGAACAAAAAAACAAAAACACAAAAUCCAACAAAAGACACAGAGGAAAAUAUUCCAUGGCAUGCUUGCAUGCAGACUUACAACACACCACACUAUGAACCAACAGAGCAACAGGGGAAGACAAGGACUAUAUAUACACAGGGAAACAAGCAACGAGAGGCAGGUGAGGCACUAAGACACAGGUGCAGACAAUCACAGAGGAGGGAAAACUGAGGAAGUAAAACAAGACGGGGAAUAAGCUACUACAAAAUAAAACAGGAAACACUGAAAUCUAAUAGAGAAUAGAACUCUGAGAACAUGAGGGAAACCGGGUCACACACAAACUGAAAACUCACAAGACAGGACUACAGGGGAACAGGAACCUUGGGGAGCAGAAACACUAGGGAAAAUCACGAAGAAAAUACACUUGGAUAAUGAAAACCAGGGGAAAACUAAAUACCAGAACAUAUCAUGGCACACACAAAGUGUCCUGGACAUGUCAAAAGCAUCCUGUAGGCGACAGAGAGCCUGAUGUUGAGCAGGAGCAGAGCAGUAAAAGACACUGUCAUCAGCAUAUAAAUGAACAUUUACAUUGGGAACAUUUUCGACAACAUCAAUCAACAAAGAAACAAAAGUUCCUGCUUAAAUUCCUCACUGGAGCUUUACAAGAAAAAACUUAACAUACUCAGUCUCUUUCUGUCUCUCUCAUGUCAUCCCCACGAAAGCAAAAGUACACAUCCAAUCAGAAACAGAGUAAUAGUUCACAGUGUUGAUUGAAGAUGUAAUUAGUUUAGUUUAAUACACUUUUGAAACUUUACUUAUAAUUUGUGCCCUCGACAUAUUGUUCCACAUGAAAGGCAGGCGACACAAUUACAGGAAUGAAAGAAAAGCACUGUGGGUACAGAUGAGGGAACAGAGGGAGAAGAGGAGUCUGAUCGCUCAUAAUUAUCUGUAAUUUGCCUAAAGGUUCACCAGAGAGAGGGGCAGAUAUAAAUUAUGAUUGAAAUUAACUUCCCAUUAGAAACUUUAUUGAAAAAUAUGAUGCUGAGUGUUUUUAAUGUAACACGUAUACUCAUUCAGACCCAUGUAAUUAGAAGGGUCACCAUCAUAUUACAGCAAUAAUCUGAUCAGUCUUUAUCAUUUCAUCCUUGGCAGCCUCCUGUCUUGUCUUCAGUGCAGUUCUCUCCUGAUCACGUGUUUUUCUUCUGUGCUUGCUCCAGUUCUAUAGAUGUUUUCAAGCCCUGCUGCGCUGUGAGACUCCUCGACGAGGCUCCAGCGUAAAGAGCUCCUCCAAGGUUGCCACCAAGGCCAUGAAGGGCGUAGCAGUCACCAGCCCCAGACGCACCAACGACUUCCUAUUUAUGGUAGCCUCACUGGGUCAACCGGCCACCACCAUUCCCCAGCUGGGACCCUCUUAUGAACCCACUAUUGAUGUCACCAGACCGCCGUCUUCAGACAUAAACAAACCUGUCAUCGUAUCACUCGUGACCCACUUUGAUGGCUGAUUGUUGGCUACUGGAUGAACUCUCUACACCCCCUGCCAGGAAACCAUUAAUAAUGAGAGAGGCUGUGUUACCAGGGCUCGGAGAGCCGCAGCCUGCCAGUCCAAGUGGAUUUAACACAGCUGUUGCGUCAGCUCAGCUCUGACUGGAUGAAGGGCCAGUAACAAAGGCAAACUCUCAGAUUGUCUUUUGACAGUCAGUGUGAGCAGAAACCAGCGGUAGAAGCUAACAGUCUGUGUUUUCCUGCAGAUACAAGCGCUUGUCCGUCUUUCUAGGAAUGAACAUAUAAAAAAAAUGUUCUUUACACAGUUUGAAUUAAACACAGUCAGACUGUUAUGGAGAUAGAGGAGGAAUAAAGGAAUCAUUUAUUUUUGUGCAAUGUCUUCAGUUAGGUAUUCAUUCAUAAACCCUUUUCAUUAAGAGGUGUUCAGGGAGCCUAAAGAAGGAUUAAAUGUAUUUUUGUACUGAACAGUUACUGAUUGGCAAAACAAAAGCAGGUUGAAGAACUGAUGAGGUGAAUAAGCUAAAACACUUUGAUGUUUCUUUGGAGAUCAAAUGGACAAGAAUUGACAAACAGGAAUGCACUGAAAAGGAUUUAGAGUGAGACUCAUUUAAGCUAUUAGACCCUGCCAGUGUUUUUAAUUUAUCGCAUCACUCGUCACUUUGAAAUGUAAAUAUAGUUUAACAUUGGGCAUUUUUGUAGGCUUUUUUAGGGAUAUGUAGCAUCGGUAGCACCCUAGCAUCCUAAAUAUUUUCAGGAAUUGUGAAUUUAAGG